GUGUCAUUCCCGGACUGCGUGCGGUGGACCACCAUCGAAUUUGACCCCCAGUGUGGCACGGCCCAGCCAGAGGAUGUCCUCCGCCUGCUCAUCCCCAGCCGCUCGCUCCACCUGUCCAGCCUGGGCUCCAAGCCCCUGGCCCACGACACCAUCAACACCUGGGUGGAGCUCAAGAAGAUCUCCGGCUCCAAUGGCUGGCCCACCACCGUCCUAGUGCUGCCAGGUAAGAUAAGAUGUCCAACUCUUCACCUCCUGUCAGAUGAAACUCUUUGACACAAUGUUUAUUUAUUUUUAAGCUUUGAUCCUUGUUAGAUGUGUAAUUAUUGUUCUGUGGCUAAUGCUGAGUGGGUAAAACUGGUUGUAAUGACUUAGUUUCAAACAGAUUUGCCUGUUGGGUGAUGCUUUUUUGUUUCAGUAGGAAGGCAUUUCAUUUGACUAGCUAACUAAAAUGACAAGCAAGGACAAAAAUCAUCUGAACCAAUCAAAUGUUAGCUUAUUGAUCGAUUUGGGACAGCUCAAUCUCUUCAAUGGACAGCUCUGCUGAACCACCUGCAUUAAUUAAUCUCAGCUAAUCUACAUUAAAGUAGUCUCCCUGUCCUCCCUGCUGUCAAUAUCACUGUAUCACCCAUGUGUUCUUCCUCUGGGAUUCCAGGAAAUGAGGCCCUGUUCUCCUUGGAAACGGCCUCUGACUACGUAAAAGACGAGAAGGCUUGUUUCUAUGGCUUCAAGUGUGUUGCCGUGGGAUACGAAUUCAACCCUGGACCAGAUGAGGUAAGGGGGAACUAGUUUUUGCAUGUUAAAGGGGUAGUUUACCCCAAAACAAGAUUUGCCAACUUUUCUUAUUCUUGUACUGUCUCAGAAGAUCUCCGGCUCAGGCUCUCCGGCUCAGAAAACAUUUUUUUUUUACAACAAAUUAUACAUUUAGAUAUGCUGUUGGAAAAUCUUGAAUUGAUGAUUAUUGAUAAUAAUUCGUAAUGACUGUCGAGCUUGGCCUCUAUCCCAGGCCUUGAUUUCCACAACUCAUCGUGUCCUGAUCCCUUCACCCCUCUCGAGCUGUCCGAGUGAUUUGACGAGAAGCCCAUCAAGCUUGUAUGCGUCUCGAAGAGGGCAAGAGACCCAUGCUUUCCUGAGCAGCAGAGAAAGUUCCCUAAUAAAUACAUAAACUUUAUUAAUAACGUUCACACAAUGAUUCAGCCCCGUAGCCUACAACAAGGAAAAAUAUGUUUCCUUUACAAAACACAGCUUGCUUUGAAGCUUGAAUUAGGAUAGUGAAAGACAUUGCAAGUGCUACAUAUUCAGUUAUUGGUAUAGAUUUACAUGCGUGUUUAUCUGGUUGCUUCAGCAUUUAAACACAGCUCGCAGCUGCAACUUUGACACUGUUGAACUGCAUGUCUGAGUGUGCCGAGUGGACAGGGGGAAAGGAGAGAGGAGACAAAGAUGGUAGCCAUUCAUGUGCUCUUCUCGCUAGAGCACUCAAAAUGCAGUGAAUUUAUCCCUUGCUUGCUAUGAAGUUACAAUCACUGUAGACACUUGUGAAAAAAGGAAUCCACAGAUGAAUCUUUAAAUAAGUUUCAGAUCCGAGCGGUCAUGAAGAAGGAAAUCGUGAAAUGUUGUCAAUUAUUGCUUUAUCUGAGAGUAUUAAGUCAGUUGAUGGAAUGCAUAUAUAAAAACUGAAAUUGGGUAAUAUUCCUCUUUAAGUCAAAUGUUAAAAAUACUGGUUGAAGUAUGGAUACGUUUCCCUGUAAAAUUCAAACCUUAACUUAUUAUACUGUAUUCACUGAGGCACCCCACUGUGUGUGUGUGUCAGUGUUAAUUUCAUCAACAAAAAUAGUGACUAUAAUGUUUGUCAAACAUCAAUUUUUCUGUGGCCAUUGACUAUAAAUGACUAAAUAGACCUAGAAAAAAGAUUUUUCAUUUCAGUUGACUAAAACAAGACGAGACAAAAUCAUCUCUGACAAAAAUCUGACAACUAAAUGGACUGGACAAGAGUUUUUGGAGAGAUUGAAAGCUUUUCAGUGACGAGCAUAAUAUUAGCAGCAAGGAUGCGCAGCGCAGUUCUGUUUAGCAAUGGGAAGGGACACGUCAUUAUUCAAAUUACAAAAAUGUUAUUAAGGCUUAAUGAUAUUUUAGUCAAAAUGACUCGACUAAAUCUGAAAAAGAGGGCCAAAAUUAACACUGGUGUGUGUGUGUUUCAGGGUAUUAUCCAGCUGGAGAAGGAGUUGGCGUACUUGGGCAGUUUGUGUGCUGCUGCUCUCAUGAAGAAGGAUCUGGCUCUGCCUAUAGGUGAGGGAGAUCAUACAAGAACAUACAGGUAGAUGGUAGAACUGAUAGGGAACACAGGUGAAAAGAUAUUGAACAUAUAUCGACUCAUAUUCUUUCAACACCAAGUACCAGGUGCUUAGUUCUCAUUAUUGAAGUUUACCAUCUUUUUUCAUGCUCAGCUAAAGUGCAAAUAUAUGGUCAAUAUAUUGGCACCCUUGCACUUUACAAUGGAGUGCAAUGGAGCAGAAUGUUGUUAUUUUUUCUCUUUUCAAAACUGGUUAAUAAUUUAGUCCAGGACAAUUUGUGACUUUAAAGGGAAAAAUCUGUGCAGUUUUAAAUCAAACAAAUACACGUGUGAACACCAAAUGUUAUUUUUUUCAAUUUCAUCUUAUUUUAGAAGAAAUUGUGAAUCGUGCAAGGGUGCCAAUAUAUUUGACCGCAACUGUAUGUACGUAUAUGAUAAGUGCAUGUAAGAUUAUAAUUUGCACCAAAUGGCAUAUCCUAUUUUAUACUCUGUACUUUUUUUCCAGGGAAUGAACUUGAGGAGGACCUUGAGAUUCUUGAAGAGGCCUCUCUCCAGGUAUUCUGAUGUCAUUGAACCUUUUAUAAAAAUCACAUUGCGACAUAAUAACUAAAGCUGUCAAGGGUGUAACCACAUAUGAAAAAGACAGCCAGCACUCAAAAACGUAUCAGAAGUCACAAUGGACGCAUUUCUGCCAUCUCGCCUUCGUCAGCAUGUAACCAUGACAUACUUCCAUCUCCACCCCCUCUCCUUCCCCCCUUAACUCCCCCCCUCUCCCCACAGGUGUGUAAGGCCCACUCAGGUAUCUUGGGCAAGGGGCUGGCCCUGUCCCACUCCCCCACCAUCCUGGAGGCUCUGGAGGGCAACCUGCCCCUGCACCUGCAGACCAACGAGCACUCCUUCCUGGAGGACUUCAUCACCUGUGUGCAGAACUCCAGCGGAGGACGCCUGGCCAGGUGAGAGAGAGGAAGAGUGCAUGUAGACACAAAAAAACGUAGGCCCGGACACACAUUCCUACAUGCACACUAAGCAUGGAUGUACACAAACACACACUACUGUGAAACAAAUAUCAGCUCAAUGCUUUUUAAAUUUCUUCGGCUCUUGGCCAGGUCGUCAAUAAAUGGAUGAACAAAUGACCCCCCCCCUUUCCUCCCUACAGGUGGCUGCAGCCAGACUCGUACGCGGACCCCCAGAAGACGUCUCUGAUUCUGAACAAGGACGACAUCCGCUGCGGCUGGCCCACCACAGUGGCCGUCCAGACCAAAGACCAGUACGGAGAUGUGGUGCACGUGCCGAACAUGAAGGUCAGAGUUUUUAAUUUUUUCGAUUCUUACCUCAUGUAAUAUGAGGCCUACAUCAUCACAUGAUUGUCUGUGGUGACAGUGAUCAUACACUUAUGUUUGCCGCACACUACCUAUUCAGACUGUUAGCUAACCUGCUGUUCAGGCUUGGCGAGAAAGCUAGCGACCAAGUCACUUGAAAUUUGCAUUAACCUUACACUCAUGGAAAUUGGCAUAUAUGGAUAGGGACAAAUGUAAAUGUUUCUAACAGAAGAACUAUAGAAAGCAUAUGCAUGACCAUGGUAGCAACUGAAAGAGAACACUGGAGAUAAUGGGGAAAUUAUCUGACCGAAGGUGAGGACAGAACAGUUCACCUGACACAAGACUGAAUCCAAACAUUAUGCUGUUGAUUUUAUGUGCAUUUUACAUUUGCUGUACUUUACACAGCAUUUGUCAAUAACUAAAUCUGAAAAUAUUCUAGAUACAUUCAGUAACAUAAUAAGGAUAUUCAUUGACAUUUUGGAGUAGGCGCAAGGUAAGAAAAAACAAUUCCAAGGCUUUGAGCGAGAGGUCUAACUGGUGUAUCCAAGUGGCCACACACCUCUCCAAACCGUGCACAGUUCUUAAGUAAUUUCAAUGCACUUUUAUGACUCAAAGAAAUUACCUUACUUUUACAUUUUAGUCAUUUAGCAGACACUCUUAUCCAGAGCGACUUACAGGAGCAAUUAUAAGUGCCUUGCUCAAGGGCACAUCGACAGAGUUUUCACCUAGUCUGCUCUGGGAUUCAAACCAGCGACCAUUCGGUUACUGGCCCAAUGCUCUUAACCGCUAGGCUACCUGCUGCCCUCCAAAAACGCAAUCCAAAAACGAUCCAUGUAUAUCACAAUCUGGGUCAGGUGGGCAUCAUUUAAUAAUAAUAAUAAUAAUAUGCCAUUUAGCAGACGCUUUUAUCCAAAGCGACUUACAGUCAUGCGUGCAUACAUUUGAAAGCUUAUUCUAUUGCCAACAUGACUAGAUAUGUUAUAAAAUAUGAUCUUAGUGUAAGGCUUUCAAAAGGCACUUCAGACAAACAGAUUGUAAUUUUGGUGGGCAUAGACUGGAGUCAUGAGUGCAUUCAAAUGUGUGUUCCGCGGCUUAUUUUCUAAAAAAUACGACAAACAGGCUCAUUCUGUUCAGGACAACCCAGGGUAUAACGCAUCCUUGUAACUGGAUCAGACAUAGCGAUCAUAAAUGUUGAUACUGUAAAUUACAUGAGUUUUCAAAUAUAGAAAUGUGAAGUGCACAUUUGGACUGGUAUGACAUCAAAGCGGUAUUUAUUAUAAUCGUCAACAUCUAUUAUUAUUAUUUAUUAUAAUCGUCUCAUCUGUCAGAACACAUCAACUCCUCUCGAUUUACAGCAUUUCCCUCAUUCAGACAACAACAAAUGUGCAAAAGUACCCCCAUAAUUUUAUUUUUAUUAUCUUUAACUCUGCAUUGUUGGAAAAGGACCCAUAAGUAAGCUGUUAGUCUACACCUGUUUUUUACGAAGCAUGUGACAUAACAUUGGAUUUGAUUUGGGGCAUCUUGUCGCGCGCGGUGCUCAAGUUUUAUAACGGCUGUCAGUCAAAACCCAUACAGCGCUGUGAGGCGGAGAAACCUGAGCUCUGACGACAUGUAAAGCAUGUUACUGUACAGCCACUGCAUUCCAAUUUAGGCGCUGAUCAAUGACAUGACGGGCUGUGAGUGGAAAGGUUAACUUAGGACAUUUUCAACUCUGGUCACGAGCUCGCUAGUUGCCAACCGUUAAGUUGCUGAGUGUCCCCUUGUGUCCAUCGGAAAAUGACUGGGUGCUGAUAGACUCAGCAAAUUUGAACCCACUGAUAGACUCAGCAAAUUUGAACCCCAAAUUUGAACCCAAUGUUAGUACAUUUUCAAGGUGAACAUAAAACAAAUAGUAUAUCUUAGCUAAUGUUUGCAAACUGUAUGCCUUUUUGAACGUUUCCCAUGUCUCUCCCUCUCCUCUUCCCAGGUGGAGGUGAAGGCGGUGCCCGUCUCCCAGAAGAAGUCCAUGCAGCAGGAGAGCAUGAGGAAGCUGCAGCGUCUCCCAGGCAGCGCCAACCCCUCCUCCUCGGGCACAGCUGACCUUACCUUCGGGGGCCUGCCCAUGCCCAAGCUGGAGGCCACCUAUGAGCCCAUGAUCGUCAAGGAGGCGCGCUACAUUGCCAUCACAAUGAUGAAGGUUAGGGAACCACAAACCUGGGACCAUAGAGAUAAAAAUAUUUUUAGGCCUCCCGAGUGGCGCAGCGGUCUAAGCACUGCAGCGUCACUACAGACCCGGGUUCGAUCACGGGCUGUGUCGCAGCCGGCCGUGACCAGGAGACCCAUGAGGCGGCGCACAAUUGGCCCAGCGUCGUCCGGGUUAGGGGAGGGUUUGGCCGCCAGUUAUGCAGCGUUUCCUCCGACACAUUGGUGCGGCUGGCUUCCGGGUUAAGCGAACAGUGUGUCAAGAAGCAGUGCGACUUGGCAGGGUUGUGUUUCGGAGGACGCAUGGCUCUCGACCUUCGCCUCUCCCGAGUCUGUAGGGAGUUGCAGCGAUAGGACAAGACUGUAACUUCCAAUUGGGGAGUAAUAUAUAUAUAUAUAUACAGUGAGGGAAAAAAGUAUUUGAUCCCCUGCUGAUUUUGUACGUUUGCCCACUGAUAAAGAAAUGAUCAGUCUAUAAUUUUUAUGGUAGGUUUAUUUAAACAGUGAGAGACAGAAUAACUACAAAAAAAUCCAGAAAAACACAUGUCAAAAAUGUUAUAAAUUGAUUUGCAUUUUAAUGAGGGAAAUAAUUAUUUGACCCCCUCUCAAUCAGAAAGAUUUCUGUCUCCCAGGUGUCUUUUAUACAGGUAACGAGCUGAGAUUAGGAGCACACUCUUAAAGGGGGUGCUCCUAAUCUCAGUUUGUUACCUGUAUAAAAGACACCUGUCCACAGAAGCAAUCAAUCAAUCAGAUUCCAAACUCUCCACCAUGGCCAAGACCAAAGAGCUCUCCAAGGAUGUCAGGGACAAGAUUGUAGACCUACACAAGGCUGGAAUGGGCUACAAGACCAUCGCCAAGCAGCUUGGUGAGAAGGUGACAACAGUUGGUGCGAUUAUUCGCAAAUGGAAGAAACACAAAUUAACUGUCAAUCUCCCUUGUCCUGGGGCUCCAUGCAAGAUCUCACCUUGUGGAGUUGCAAUGAUCAUGAGAACGGUGAGGAAUCAGCCCAGAACUACACGGGAGGAUCUUGUCAAUGAUCUCAAGGCAGCUGGGACCAUAGUCACCAAGAAAACAAUUGGUAACACAGUACGCCGUGAAGGACUGAAAUCCUGCAGCGCCCGCAAGGUCCCCCUGCUCAAGAAAGCACAUAUACAAGCCUGUCUGAAGUUUGCCAAUGAACAUCUGAAUGAUUCGGAGGAGAACUGGGUGAAAGUGUUGUGGUCAGAUGAGACCAAAAUCGAGCUCUUUGGCAUCAACUCAACUCGCCGUGUUUGGAGGAGGAGAAAUGAUGCCUAUGACCCCAAGAACACCAUCCCCACCGUCAAACAGGUGGAAACAUUAUGCUUUGGGGGUGUUUUUCUGCUAAGGGGACAGGACAACUUCACCGCAUCAAAGGGACGAUGGACGGGGCCAUGUACCGUCAAAUCUUGGGUGAGAACCUCCUUCCCUCAGCCAGGGCAUUGAAAAUGGGUCGUGGAUGGGUAUUCCAGCAUGACAAUGACCCAAAACACACGGCCAAGGCAACAAAGGAGUGGCUCAAGAAGAAGCACAUUAAGGUCCUGGAGUGGCCUAGCCAGUCUCCAGACCUUAAUCCCAUAGAAAAUCUGUGGAGGGAGCUGAAGGUUCGAGUUGCCAAACGUCAGGCUCGAAACCUUAAUGACUUGGAGAAGAUCUGCAAAGAGGAGUGGGACAAAAUCCAUCCUGAGAUGUGUGCAAACCUGGUGGCCAACUACAAGAAACGUCUGACCUCUGUGAUUGCCAAUAAGGGUUUUGCCACCAAGUACUAAGUCAUGUUUUGCAGAGGGGUCAAAUACUUAUUUCCUAAAAUGCAAAUCAAUUUAUAACAUUUUUGACAUGCGUUUUUCUGGGUUUUUUGGUUGUUAUUCUGUCUCUCACUGUUCAAAUAAACCUACCAUUAAAAUUAUAGACUGAUGAUGUCUUUGUCAGUGGGCAAACAUACAAAAUCAGCAGGGGAUCAAAUACUUUUUUCCCUCAGUGCCUUGCAAAAGUAUAGAAAAUUGAGCUUUUUGGCCAUCAAGGAAAACGCUAUGUCUGGUGCAAACACAACACCUCUCAUCACCCCGAGAACACCAUCCCCACAGUGAAGCAUGGUGGUGGCAGCAUCAUGCUGUGGAGUGUUGUUCAUCGGCAGGGACUGGGAAGCUGGUCAGAAUUGAAGGAAUUGAUGGAUGGUGCUAAAUACAGGGAAUUCUUGAGGGAAACCUGUUUCAGUCUUCCAGAGAUUUGAGACUGGGACGGAGGUUCACCUUCCAGCAGGACAAUGACCCUAAGCAUACUGCUAAAGCAACACUUGAGUGGUUUAAGGGGAAACAUUUAAAUGUCUUGGAAUGGCCUAGUCAAAGCCCAGACCUCAAUCAAAUUGAGAAUAUGUGGUAUGACUUAGAUUGCUGUACACCAGCGGAACCCAUCCAACUUGCAUCUUCAAAGUGGUAGGCAUGUUGUGUAAAUCAAAUGAUACAAACCCCCCAAAAAUCAAUUUUAAUUCCAGGUUGUAAGGCAACAAAAUAGGAAAAAUGCCAAGGGGGGUGAAUAAUUUCGCAAGCCACUGUAUAUACAAUAACAUUACAAAUAUAUAGAUAUAUAUCAGCUUGUAAGUAAAGAAUACUGGUUUAUUUCUACCUGGGAUGCGUUUCAUGCCAAGAAGAUUCCAAGUACCCUUCUCUCUGCCCCCGUUCUCUCCCCUUCACAGAUCAGAUAGAUCUGGAUGGAAAAGCAACAUGGCAGAACCUUGAAAAAUGUGUUUGUUUCACAUGAUUUGUGUUUUGCUUUUCAUGGUUUGUGUUUGCUUUUUAAUGUAUUGUGUAAUUGAUGUAUGUAUAUAUAUAUUUAUAGUGUAAUUGUUGUUAACUGAUGUGUUCGUGCAGGGCUCAUCUGCAAAAGAGACCGUGGUCUCAGCAUGAUUCCCUGGUUAAAUAAAAAACAUAAAACAAAAGGUGUUGCUCACCUGACCCAUGUUUCCUUGUGAAAUUAUACAGAGAAAUUGUUUCUUUUUUGAGAGCGUAACCUAGCUGUAUUAUGUUUUUUGACACCAUGUUUAUCCUCUCUUUGUCCAGGCCUAUGAGAAUUACUCGUUUGAGGAGCUUCGCUUUGCUUCACCCACGCCAAAGAGGUAAGAGAUGAGAUCAAGUUCAAUCAAGUGCAGCAAAAGUAAUUGAAUGAGAACAAACACUAUUUGAACCCAGGUUUGAUGACAAAAUGUACUUUAACUCUACCCACGUACAAAUUACCUCAACUACCUCAACUAGCCGGUGCCCCCGCUCAUUGACUCUGCACCGGUACCCCCCCUGUAUAUAGCCUCCCUACUGUUAUUUUAUUUUACUUCUGCUCUUUUUUUCUCAACACUUUAUUUUUUAUUUUUAUUUAUUACUUUUUUUAUUAAACUAAAUGCAUUGUUGGUUAAGGGCUGUAAGUAAGCAUUUCACAGUAAUGUCUACACCUGUUGUAUUCGGCGCAUGUGGCAAGUAACAUUUUAUUUUAUUUGAAAAUUGAAUGAGAAAUGUUUUCAUCCCUGUUUCUCUCCACUGCCAGGCCCAGUGAGAACAUGUUGAUUCGGGCCAACAUAGACGGGACGUACAGUGCCAACUGGACCCCCGGAGCUGUGGGCUUCUACACCAUCCACGUCACCAUCGACGGCAUCGAGAUCGGUAACGCAGAACAGGGUUGGGUUCACUUAUUUCUAUUUAAUCAUUUCAUUGUAGUAAGUGAACAGAGAUUCCAAUUCCCAUGUUCCUGUUUUGAAAUUGGACUAGAGCUCAAGUCAGCUCAACAUACAGUGGGGGAAAAAAGUAUUUAGUCAGCCACCAAUUGUGCAAGUUCUCCCACUUAAAAAGAUGAGAGAGGCCUGUAAUUUUCAUCAUAGGUACACGUCAACUAUGACUGACAAAAUGAGGGAAAAAAAUCCUGAAAAUUACAUUGUAGGAUUUUUGAUGAAUUUAUUUGCAAAUUAUGGUGGAAAAUAAGUAUUUGGUCACCUACAAACAAGCAAGAUUUCUGGCUCUCACAGACCUGUAACUUCUUCUUUAAGAGGCUCCUCUGUCCUCCACUCGUUACCUGUAUUAAUGGCACCUGUUUGAACUUGUUAUCAGUAUAAAAGACACCUGUCCACAACCUCAAACAGUCACACUCCAAACUCCACUAUGGCCAAGACCAAAGAGCUGUCAAAGGACACCAAAAACAAAAUUGUAGACCUGCACCAGGCUGGGAAGACUGAAUCUGCAAUAGGUAAGCAGCUUGGUUUGAAGAAAUCAACUGUGGGAGCAAUUAUUAGGAAAUGGAAGACAUACAAGACCACUGAUAAUCUCCCUCGAUCUGGGGCUCCACGCAAGAUCUCACCCCGUGGGGUCAAAAUGAUCACAAGAACGGUGAGCAAAAAUCCCAGAACCACACGGGGGGACCUAGUGAAUGACCUGCAGAGAGCUGGGACCAAAGUAACAAAGCCUACCAUCAGUAACACACUACGCCGCCAGGGACUCAAAUCCUGCAGUGCCAGACGUGUCCCCCUGCUUAAGCCAGUACAUGUCCAGGCCCGUCUGAAGUUUGCUAGAGUGCAUUUGGAUGAUCCAGAAGAGGAUUGGGAGAAUGUCAUAUGGUCAGAUGAAACCAAAAUAUAACUUUUUGGUAAAAACUCAACUCGUCGUGUUUGGAGGACAAAGAAUGCUGAGUUGCAUCCAAAGAACACCAUGCCUACUGUGAAGCAUGGGGGUGGAAACAUCAUGCUUUGGGGCUGUUUUUCUGCAAAGGGACCAGGACGACUGAUCCGUGUAAAGGAAAGAAUGAAUGGGGCCAUGUAUCGUGAGAUUUUGAGUGAAAACCUCCUUCCAUCAGCAAGGGCAUUGAAGAUUAAACGUGGCUGGGUCUUUCAGCAUGACAAUGAUCCCAAACACACUGCCCGGGCAACGAAGGAGUGGCUUCGUAAGAAGCAUUUCAAGGUCCUGGAGUGGCCUAGCCAGUCUCCAGAUCUCAACCCCAUAGAAAAUCUUUGGAGGGAGUUGAAAGUCCGUGUUGCCCAGCGACAGCCCCAAAACAUCACUGCUCUAGAGGAGAUCUGCAUGGAGGAAUGGGCCAAAAUACCAGCAACAGUGUGUGAAAACCUUGUGAAUACUUACAGAAAACGUUUGACCUGUGUCAUUGCCAACAAAGGGUAUAUAAGAAAGUAUUGAGAAACUUUUGUUAUUGACCAAAUACUUAUUUUCCACCAUAAUUUGCAAAUAAAUUCAUUAAAAAUCCUACAAUGUGGUUUUCUUGAUUUUUUUUUCUCAUUUUGUCUGUCAUAGUUGACGUGUACCUAUGAUGAAAAUUACAGGCUUCUCAUCUUUUUAAGUGGGAGAACUUGCACAAUUGGUGGCUGACUAAAUACUUUUUCCCCCACUGUAACUUGUGUUGAUGUGUUAUUUAUUUGUGUCUGUUCAUUUAAAGUUUGGCACAGCACAAGCCCUCCAAAAAAUGUAUGUUGGUAUUGUGGUUAGUCUAUGAUUAGAGAAACUAACUGUAUUAGCUAGGAAAUCUAUUAAACAUAUGUUAGUUAUUAAAGUUAAUAUAAAUUAAAGUUAUCUGCUAGCUGAGUGUGGACUGUGUGCAUGUUUAACCCACUAGAUGCUGGUCUGGAGGUGGAGGUGAAAGACCCUCCUAAAGGCAUGAUUCCACCUGGCACACAGAUGGUUAAACCCAAGGCCGAGCCCCAACCUAGCAAGGUGAGACCCACACACCUGACCACACACACACACACCUGAGAACACACACUCAUCUGAGAACAGACACGUGCCUAAACCAAAAUACCUGAAAACACUCCGUCACAGCCAGUUGUGUGUUCAUUCACUGUUUGUAUCUGGUUGUUUACUCCAGCUGUUGUUGCAAGUGUCUGGAUGGAAUCCAUAGGAAUAUUUAUUUAACGUCUUGUUCAUGCUCAUUCCAACUGAAGCUUAUCUGUGUAGACAUUUAUCAUGAAGAACAUUGCAACAUGAGGAGUGUUGUAUGUUUUAAUGCUGUGAAUAUUUCCACUGUCACGAACCAAGUUCUGUAUCAUUGUUUUUGUGGCUGACUAUAAUUAAACUGAAAAUGGGGAAACAAGCAACAAACUGCACAUUUCCACUCAGCUCUUUGUAUCUCCCUUCUGAACUUGUGUACAGUGGAUCAUAUCUAACGCCGAUAAGAGAACUGGGUGGAUGGUAGGGUUUCUUACUGUUUUUCAAGUCAUCCUUGGGUUUGCACUGGAUAUGUCCAACCAGCACUGUUCAGAACGGAGUACUUCUACACUUUCUCCCACUGUUUGUGUGUGUGUGUGUGUGUGUGUGUACACUUUGUGCGGUGCCUUCAUUGCCUUUACGAUUAUGUCAGUGUCUCUGCAGUGUCCUCCUCCCCUCUGCUGCCUCUUUUUCACUUUCCCCUCCUGAGGCUCCUACGGCUUACUGUCUUCCUGUCUCCUCUGCUUCUCUCAGGUCCGCAAAUUUGUGUCCAAGGACAGCGCAGGCCUCCGUGUGCGUAGUCACCCUUCCCUGCAGAGCGAACAGAUAGGCAUAGUGCAAGUCAAUGGCACCAUCACUUUCAUUGAUGAGGUAAACUGCUCUAGACCAGGCGAUUUGAUCGUGUUGUAGCAUUAGAUUCUCUUUCUUUUCUUUGACCUUUUCUUUGUUUGUCUUCUGUUUUUUCCUUAAUUCCUCUUUUAAUUUGACUGAAUCCUAGCUUGAGAUCCAGGUGUGUAACCUUAAAGGUUUGCAACAUUACAGAAACAUUCCCAAAAGUUCCUCCAACCUUCUGGGAACUUUGGGAAAGUUUCCGGGAUUUUGCAACCCUAACCUCAGACUUUCACGCAGGUCAUACGUUAUGGUCAGUGGGGGAUUUCAGUGGAAAUCUGAGAUAUAUGCGCAGAUCACAAGUCAGGAUUCAGUCCUCGCAAUCUACAGAGUAAAUGUGUAUGACUGUUUUGAGUACAGUAAAACUGUGCAGUGUGUCUACCUCUUUCUAGUGAUUGCUGCUUCUCAUUUGUUACUUUUGCCUUUGUGUUGCUUCAUACACAUGCAAGACACUCCGAGGCUGCAGUGAGGAAAAACAUCAACAUUAUGGCAGAGCAUGUUGCGUACAGAAUUUCGUCCUCCAUUUUAGCCUAUGAAAGCGUUUCAUAGUUUUCAUCAAACCUCUUCUCAAACAUCGUCUCGAACCUUGGCAAAAAGCAGACACCGUCCAAACCAAUACUAGAGCGAGUCACAGCAUUCUCCUAAGUGAUGUUACUCUCAGUUCAGUGGGUUUUCACAAAGCAUGCUACCAAGCAUGAACCAUUUAUUUUAGGACAGGUUUUAAAUCUGGGUUUUACAUUGUUCUUCUCCACUCGGUAUAGGUAACUCUGCCUUCCUUUUUGUUGAAUCUGGGUUUCUGGAGCCAUUCAGCCCAGUUGACUACCCUAUUAUUCGGCCUCCCUCUCUCUCCCGCUGCAGCCUCGCGUAAGGUGUUCUUAUUGCCUGGGGGACUCCGCCACCCCUCUUUCCGUUUCCAUAGUGACAUGAGGGGGACAUGGCUGUGCUCUCUGCCCUCUGUUGCUUGUUUUCCCAUAGAUCCACAAUGAUGAUGGUGUUUGGCUCAGGCUGAAUGAUGAGACAGUAAAGAAGUAUGUGCCCAACAUGAAUGGGUACACUGAAGCCUGGUGCCUCUCUUUUAACCAGCACGUGGGCAGGAGCCUGCUGGUCCCAGCCAACGUAAGUAAAGUGACGAUCAGUCAGUCAGUCAGUCAGUCAGUCAGUCUGUAGGAUAGCAGGGUAGUCUACCCCUCUAUGCUGCUCAUUUGGGGAAAACAUCACAGAUCAGUGCUUCCACCAUUCAUGUGUAACUCAAUUGGAACCCCCCAACUCAAUGGGAUUGAUUUGAUGUAUGAUGAUGGUUGUAUAGAAGUUUGAAGAUUCCCCCUUUAUCUACUACCUACCUACACUGUGUCUAGUGAUAUUGGAUGGUAUCCGUUCCCCAAAUGUCUACAAGCAUGAAGGAUCGAGAACCUCCUUUAAGAGUUCGAAAGGACUUAAGUGUGUUGUUGCAUGAGGUGUCCAAAUGGACGUCACUGCCAUGUCAUGAGCCCUCACUAACAGACAUUCACGCAGCAUAAGGGCAACGUGCAUGUCUUAACUCAUCUCUCAGGGGAUGAAAGAUAUUUACUUUAGUGUGACUAGAAUCGUGUUCGGUUGGACUCUCGAAAAACCCUCACAUGAUCAGUUAAUGUUUAAUGCAUUGAAGGCAUCCCCAAUGCCUGAAUUGACCAAAAAGAGAGAGGUAGUAGAUGAGCAAUUUCAGUGUGUUUAGUUUGAGGGUCUUUAGCUGCACUAUCUGCGAUUCUCUUCACCUCUUCCUCAUUGCUUUUUCUUGCCCAUGCUUCAUAAGCACAGGCACCUCAGAGCAAGACGAAAAAAGCUAUUCUCUCUAAAGAGUUUUCACAUAAAUUUGCUCCAUGGAACAAACAACCUCCAAAAUCUAAAGGCCGGUUUCAUAGACUCAGACGAAGCCUAGUCCUGGCCUAAAAAUGUUAUUUUUCAAUGAUGCGUUCUUUUUAGUCCAGGACUAGGCUUAAUCUGGGUCCGGGAAACUGGCCCUGUCUAAUCAGGGACUUCAUGCGUGGAUAGAUUUAGAAAUGUUAACGUUCAUUAAUUAAAAGUCAUUGCCUACGUAUUCACAUUUAAAUGGAGGUUUUCUGUCAUGAGGCAAUCAUUGGUCCCCAACACAGCUUCAUGUAGAAAUUGUGCUUCUACCACUCCACAAUUCCACCUAUGAGGCUUCUAAGGUUCACAGAGGCUUCUAUGUAAAGGGCGUUGUCGAAAACAGCAUGACACACUACAUCCUAUGUGUGGAAGAUUUUUUGGGACGUUUUUUUCUUCUUCUUGAAAGUGAUUUUUUCUCAAUAUAUUUGAUUGUUUCACCAUUGCUGUAACCCAAAGUGGGUUUAAAAAUUCCACCCCAACCCCUUCCCACCCAAAAUAACAAAAUGUCUCCGUUCCGAAUCCUUCACAACAUCUUGCCAUUCCUUCACAAUUGUUUGUGUACAAGGCCUAUCUGGUACAUUUUACAUUUUAGUCAUUUAGCAGACGCUCUUAUCCAGGGUUAAGUGCCUUGCUCAAGGGCACAUCGACAGAUUUUUCACCUAGUCGGCUCGGGGAUUAGAACCAGCGACCUUUCGGUUACUGGCACUACGCUCUGUACCCCCGUCAAAAUUGGUGACAGCCCACUCUUCUCAAGUUCAAAUUACAAAAUAACUUAUACACGGACAAAAUUGCAAAAAAAUACAAUAAAAUAAUGAUUUCUCCCAACAACAAAAAAAGACCUCAGCGCUUUUUCUCUCUUUCUCACGCUUAAAUGAAUCCUCUGCCGUUUCUUGACUUGCACUUACGAUUUGUUGCUCAGAGUGUCUUUAACGCUAGCCAAGGAGUCAGGGAUAUCGGCUUUUUGUCGUGGACCCCCUUAACUAUAUUCCCACAGGUGAGUUGUGUGAAGGAGAGAUGUGUAUGGCUUGGCUGCUCUGUUACUUUUUCAUCCAUCUGUUAUUUCUACGUGUCCUAUUGAAACCCCCUCCCCCCCCCUGUGAAGUUCUAGAAUUUGAGUUAUAGUCAACUUUGAGUUUUAUCGUCAGGGACAUGAGUUUUUAACCACAGUUGCAUGAUGAGUAGUUUAAUAUAAGAACACUGUCGUUCUACCUCAAUUCCCCUUUAGGAAUCAACUAUUCAUUCAAGGUCCAUUUGUUAUGUUGUCUGUCCCGUCAUAACUUUGUUCCCAUUUCACAUGAAAUUCAAGCUAUUGAGUGAAAUUGACAUUUGUGUGUUGCAUGAGGGUUAAUAACAAUGACACCAAUACGUUACAUGUUGAAAGGGUAGAUGACAUGUAGCCUACUGUAUGUGUCUAGUGCUGUGAUUACAUUUAUAAUUUACAUUUGACAUUUUAGUCAUUUAGCAGACUCUCUUAUCCAGAGCGACUUACAGUAGUGAGUGGAUCAUUUUUGGUACUUUUUCCCGUACUAACAUGCAUCUCCCUUGUUAGUAGAAGUCUACCCAUAACCACACAUCUAUCCACCAUGAUAAUGUUCUUGAACCGGACCAUUUAUUUUCUGGCGUAUCAUCUAUUUUAGAGUGACAUUGAUGCAACAAUGUACUGAAUUCAUAUAGCAAAUCAAAUUCAUAGUGUUCUGAGUUUUAAAUCUUCAGGUUUACUUUCACUGUACUUUUCACACAUGUUCACAAUGUUUGUGGUUAAGUAAAUGUACAAUUGAAACAUAUUUCAAGCCUGUACAGUAUGAAGUGAUACAUUAUUUUUGUUGAGGGAGGGAAUUGACAGGCGUCACACUUUUUGAGAACUUUGUGGCAUUCAGGUGUUGCCAAUGAAGACUGUCUUCUUGUCCACUUGAUGCCAUUGAGGCAGUAUCAGCCCAACAACCACCUGUGCACUUGAUGCUCAUAGGGUGUCCUCGAAAAUGUGAUAGUCAUUGCUGCGACAUUGAAGUAAACUUUAGGCUCUAGGCUUAUGUCAACAUUUGUUAGAGAGAGUGUAUCCUACUGGUUUUGUUGAACUGAUAGCUCUUUGGACAGUACUGUAAAACUGUAACAGCUAUGAUGGAACUUUGAUCAUUUGAUAACCUGAAACACUAGUCACGCUAUAUUCUCUCUCAUAAGACACACACACACACACACAGUUGUCAGGAAUCAGGAUGAAAGUAUGACAUCACAUUAGACAAAUCCAUCACUACUCUUCCAUUGACUGUGGUCUUCUAACCUAGCCUGAUUGGUAUUAACGCCUGUCAAUUCCCUCUUGCAGGAGGCCAGAGGCCAAUCGGAGCAGAGUGUUAAGGAGGUGAGCUCCAGUGGCCGCCCCUCCUAUGAGGCCCCCUCAAUGCGGGAGCAGGACAGGGCGGGGCAGGGCGGCGGCCCUGGGCUUUAUAAGGUAGUGAAGACUGGUCCCUCGGGUCACAACAUCAGAAGCUGCCCAAACCUUAGGGGUAUCCCCAUUGGAAUGUUAGUACUUGGGAACACGGUCAAGGCAGUAGGCGAGGUACGCACCCCCCCCCCCCAAAACCCUGAAAAUGACAAAUGUGAUGUCUUAAAUGACUUAUUGUGGCUGCCGUUAAAUUCUAAUAAAUUAAUCUAGAUGACUUAGUUACUGUUUUGUAGUUCUUAUACUUUUUUUUUUUUUUUGCACUCCUCUACUUUGAUCUCUCUUUGCAAAACAGACAGACGUCAUUGUAAUGUCGUUUGUUUCCUCCCCCUUUUGCUUGUAAAUUGACUUGUUUUGGAUGUAUGUACUUUGCCAUUGAAAGGGUGAAUACAUGAGAUGCCUCUGGGUGUGGGUGUGUGCUCUGUCCUUUCUUUCGAUGUGUGGAGGCUCUUUUCUUUUAUGAACACUCCAAUGGCUACAGCAUUUUUUAUUUGUUUCCUUUUGCAUUUAUGCAUUUGAGUUCAUUUUAAUAUAUACUGAACAAAAAUAUUAACGCAACAUGCAGAAUGUCAAUGGUUUUACUAAGUUACUGUAAGGAAAUCAGUCAAUUGAAAUAAAUACAUUAGGCCCUAAUCUAUGGAUUUCAGAUGACUGGGCAGGGGCGCAGCCAUGGGUGGGCCUGGGAGGGCAUAGGCCCACCCAGUUGGGAGCCAGGCCCAGCCAAUCAGAAUGAGUUUUUCCUCACAAAAGGGCUUUAUUACAUACAGAAAUAUUCCUCAGUUUCAUCAGCUCUCCGGGUGGCUGGUCUCAGACGAAGAAGACUGAUUUGGAGGUCCUGGGCUGGCGUGGUUACACGUGGUCUGCAGUUGUGAGGCCGGUUGGACAUACUGCCAAAUUCUCUAAAAUUACAUUGGAGGCAUCUUAUGGUAGAGAAAUCAACAUUUAAUUAUCUGGAAACAGCUCUGGGGGACAUUCCUGCAGGCAGCAUGCCAAUUGCACGCUCCCUCAAAACUUGAGACAUCUGUGGCAUUGUGUUGUGUGACAAAACAGCACAUUUUAGAGUUUUUUUAUUGUCCCCAGUACAAGGUGCACCUAAUGAUCAUGCUGUUUAAUCAGCUUCUUGAUAUGCCACACCUGUCGGGUGGAUGGAUUAUCUUGGCAAAGGAGAAAUGCUCACUAACAGGGAUGUAAACAAAUUUGUGCACAAAAUAAGGUUUUUGUGUGUGUGUGUGGAACAUUUCUGAGAUAUUUCAGCUCAUGAAACAUGGGACCAACAUUUCAUGUUUAUAUUUUUGUUCAGUAUAGUUUAAAUAAACUAUCUUAGUUUAUUUAUAAUUUGAAACUGAUUCAAUAUUUUCUGAGGUUUGCGAAAAAUAUAUAUAUCCUUCACUAUUUUCUAACAUUGGAUUCUUGAAAUGCUGAAGCCAUGCUGUACCUCAGAUUAAUCUUCUCCCCUCUUACACCUUCUGUCCUCUUUUUUGUUUCUUUGUGCACAUUUUUAUACUCUCUAAAAUUCCUUUACCCGGAAGUGCCUAUUUUUUCUCGCCACAGAUUUUGAUAGUCUCUAAAACUCCUUGACCCGGAAGUGCUGAAUGGUGCCUACUUCCUGCUUGACCUCUGAUUGGGGGAUGUGGUGUUGUCAUGCUGUUACUAGAAUGCUCUCUCUGAACCAAUGGCUCUCUGGCUCUUUCUCAUUUAAUCUUUCCUCGAUUCCCCACGUCCUAUCUCCUCGUCUCCUUCUCAACACGCAUAUGAAAAGAAGGUCUGAGGGGAGGAACCUUGGACCUCCUCCUCCGGUAGGGUAGAGAAGGUGGCAAGGAGAUAUUAGGCUACGAGGAAUCAUAUAAAUACUCACUAAGUCUCUCUCUCUAUACGCAGUGCAACCUCUGCAUUUAUUAACAUUUCCACUUUCCAUCUGUGUCCGUCUGUCUAAAGUGAUGAUUUUUCAGGACCUUUAGAAAACCAAGACAAACAUGCAUUUACCUUUCAAUAUGAUUCACUUUUAGAGUAAGUUGUUUAAUUAAUUCUCUUUAGCCAGUGAUCUCUGCAAAAUGCUGCUUUUAUGAGAAACAUUAUAGCUACAAUGCCAUAUGGAAUUACUCUGUAGGAAUGAUGUACAUUUUGUAUAGGGGGAUGGGAUAAUAUUUGAGAGAAUGGUGCUGUGUGUGUACGUUUGUGUGCGUGUGAGGACUGUAGCAUUUGUGUGUGUGCGUGUAUAGGGAUAAAGAGCGUUGUGUUGUGCGUCAGGUGGUAAACACGGAUGGGACGUGGGUGCAGCUGGACAAAAACAGCGUGGUGGAGUUCUGCGAGAGCGACGAAGGAGAGGCCUGGUCUCUGGCCCGAGACCGUGGGGGAAACCAGUACCUACGCCACGAGGAAGGUAAGAGCCUUUUUACUUAACUUACUGCUUUUACUCCUGUGUCCUUUUUUAUUUAUUUAUCAGAGCCUGUAUUAGACUUGGUUGUAUACCGUAAAUACCAUAUACCGGGGUAUAAUUUAUUUUGCCACAGCAUGAUUUUCAAUACCGUCCAUAAAAAUUUAAAUAAACUUAUUUUUUGGGGUCAGGGCCCCCCUCGCGGGAGCUGCAGGGGUGUGUGCUAUGCCACUGCUUAUAACUAACUAUAAGUUAACUAUCUAACUAAGUGCCAAUUUAAUUAUCUCCAGCUCAGGGCUCCAGCUAUGUAUUUGGUUUUCUAACUUGAUAGCUAAGUCACUAGCUUGCAAGUAGGGAUGCACAUUUCUGUCAAUUUUACUGCCGACUAACUGACCCUCAUUAACCGGUCAACAAAUGGUAAAAAAAAUUCCAAACAUUAAACGUGUGACCAACAGAAAAUACUAUCAGAGAUCUGUACAUAUAAUGACGGUUAUGUUUCCGCCCUAACAAUGGGAGUCGUCCCAAGGCAGGAAGGCAGGCGACAAGCUUAGGCCCAAAAAAAGCCCAUAGAAACUCAUUGGGCUUAUUUUGGACAUUUUGGGGAGAGUUAAUCCUCUCGCUUCACCUCUUCCUCUUUGAUACUAUGCAUGCAUACAAGGACCGGACAUUUUCAUUAAGAGCUUAAUGGAAACAGACUUGCUAUUGUUGCAUAUCGUCUUACAGUCAAAAGGCGAUAGCCUAUUAUUGAACAUGCAACUCCUGUAAUGAAGCAGAUAAUAAAACGUCAGUUUCAAACAUUUUCCAAAAUGUAAAUCGCGGAUAACACCGUUCUAAACAGCGCACCUAAUGCGAGUAGUUCCAUAUGUGACAGAGAUGAAAAUAUCUGUUAGAAACUUAGAAAGAGGGGAAAUCUAAUAGCAACAGCUAUGAUGGGUUUCUAAUAUGACUAGGAUUGUGCCUUUGGCUUCUGGACAACAAAGUAAAUUAUAUGAAAAGCAGUAGAACAGGAGAGAAAUGCUGGUUUAUUGGCAUGAGGAAGUCUUUAUAAAAUAAUUGCCUCCACGUUUCUAUGGCUGGAUUUCCGCAAGGCUACUUUGAAGCAAGGUAAGAAAUGCCUCAUUAUUUGAAGUCAAGUAAAAACGUUCAGGUUUCAAACAAUUAUACUUCCUAAAGCUCACAUUGCAAAGUGGUAGGGGACGUGCUGAUAGUCAACGGUAGGCAGGCUAUAGCCUAUGCACUCGAACUGUGAAUUGGAGGCGCGCUUUAAUUACGAGCUGAGAUUGAGAAAUAUAAAUAGCUAAUUCUAAUCGUGGCCACCAAUGUUUUUAACACGCAAUUGCAUUUACAAUUGUUAUUUGUUGCGCAAUGAUUGGGCUUACAGGUUUCACUCCAGUAGCCUACAGGCUCUUUGAAGAGCUAAGUUACUCUCCUGCUGUCUGACAGGCGGUAGGCUAUUCCGCUCCUCAAACUAGGCUCUCUCUGUAUGCUGCGCAUGAUAAAUAAAAUGCAUGAUGACUAACAAAAAUACAUUUGUAUUUGUAUAAAACUGCGAGUAGCCUUUUUAAGAUUGUUGUAUAACUUUAUGAGCUGGGUUGUCGGCCCUUGCAAUUAGAAAUGUUUGUUCAUGCUUCUUAGCAUUUAGCUAGUGUCCGCAGUGGAAUUUCCCUAAAAAUUGUUAGCUUUUGUUAGCAUUUUUUCAAUACAGUCAAAUAAUGUGAAUAUAUAUAUAUAUAUAUAUAUAUAUAUAUAUAUAUUAUUAUAUAUAUAUAUAUAUAUAUAUAUAUAUAUAUAUAUAUAUAUUAUUAUAUAUAUUUACAUUUGGAAAGAAAUAGUGCUCCUUGUGUGCACUGCCGGUAAUACCGUAUACCCCUGUAUGCUAUAGGAACGGUAUGAAAAUCUGGAUACUGCCCAACCCUAGCCCGUAUUCACAAAGUGUCUCGGAGUACGAGUGCAGAUCUAGGAUCAGAUCCACCCCCCCCCCCCCUUCCAUGUAGUCUUAUCUGAAAGGCAAAACUGGUCCGGGAUCAGCACUCCUACUCUGAGACGCUCUUUGAAUAUGGGCCCAGAGGUCUCCUCUAUGAAAGAAGGUGGAAUUUACCUGGUAUCUGGACAGAUCCUAAUUCUUUAGGCUGAACCAGCACUUGAGAUAAUACCUGUAAAUUGAACUUUGGUGUAAAUCAAGUCAAAUGGGAGAGUUGACCUAAAGAAAAUUGACCUCCCGAGUGGCGCAGUGGUCUAAGGCACUGUAUCGCAGUGCUAGCUGUGCCACUAGAGAUCCUGGUUCGUAUCCAGGCUCUGCUGUAGCCGGCCGCAACCGGGAGACCAAUGGGGCGGCGCACAAUUGGCCCAGCGUCGUCCAGGGUAGGGGAGGGAAUGGCCAGCAGGGAGGUAGCUCAGUUGGUAGAGCAUGGUGUUUGCAACACCAGGGUUGUGGGUUCGAUUCCCACGGAGGGCCAGUAUGAAAAUAAAAAAGAAUAAUGUAUGCACUAACUGUAAGUCGCUCUGGAUAAGAGCGUCUGCUAAAUGACGUUAAAUAAAAAUAAAAUAUAAUAUAUAUAUAUAUAUAUAUAUAUAAUUGAGUUGAGCAUUUCGAUCUCAAGUUGGGAUUGGGUUCUCGCAGAUCUAACUCAUCUUAGUUUUUAAGGUUAUUCUUAAAGUUACUGUCAGUGUCCAGUGUUUCCAGAUUUGUAUUAAAUAUGCAAUAUGAGUAAAAUAGUUUUUAAAAUAAAUAUGUUAAAAAGCUUUUCUGUGGGUUAAUGGUGUUCUGCGUACCCCAACAACAGUAUGGUGUGGUAAACAGCUGAUUAGCCAGCUUAGCCAAUGAGACGUCUCGGACAAAAACGAUACGUCAUGUUAUGUGAGGAAAUAGCAAGCAUUUUUUUUAACUGUCUGUUUGAGAUAAGGUUAUUUGUUUCUCACAUUUUUGCUUUGGCCACAAAUACGAGUAUAUGAAGAGUCUACAACAUUAUUUGGGUAUGAGUUAACAGAAUAUAUGAACUUUUAAAAGUGAGAUUUUCACUGGACAGUAACUUUAACGAAUCUAACAUGGAUUUGAAUGGAUGUUUUGGUUGCUGUUGUUGGUGGAGCUAACGUGGUCCAGCUCUGUCUCCUCUCCCAACAGAACAAACCCUCCUGGAACACAGGGCCCAAACCCCCCCACCUAGCCCCUUCUCUGUCCAGGCCUUCAACAGGGCUACUGCAGCCAAUGGGGCACAGGGCUUCGACUAUGGUAUCUCAAACAACAAAGGUGAGGCCAGCCGGGGGACGUGGCUUGGUGGCUGGGCGGGAGAGGGACGCCUACACAGUUAAAUAUGUACCUGGGGCUUGGUAGCUACAGCUGCUUCUGCUUUAGGUCGUGGUUAUGAGGCACAAAACGUAAGAAAAUGGGCAAGUAGUGUAUCUAUUCCAGUAGGAAAUACUAGUUUUCGUUGUCUGUUGCAAAGUGUUUUAAAACAUGGUCUGUUGUGCCACCAAAUGAACAAAACCCAGAUGUAGCUACCAAGGUGCCUCACACGUAGGCACCUAGCAACUGUCAUCCUCAGGCACUUGGCUAGUCAGGAUGAGUUAGAAUCACAACCAGGAGAAUGAAAAAUUGACAAACUUAAGCUAGCCUUACUUUGCUACUCUCCUUAUCCCUCCUUCUAUGAUAAGUUGUCUGACUAGUAAUAUUCUGACUUGAUAUACUCAUGACAUUGCCUAUGCAAGUCAGAUUAUUGGAGACACUCAGAUGUAUUUAUUUAUUUAUUUAACCUUUAUUUAACCAGGUAAGACCCAUUGAGGUUAAAAAUAUAUUUUGCGAGGGUGACCUGGCAUGAAGGCAAAACAGGGAAAUAGCAGCGUGUACAUCAAAUAUUACAGAAAAAUACAAAAUACACACAAAAGACAGUGUCACAAGUUACAGAUACCAUUGAAGAUUAGGGGUUCAUUGUGCUAGUUGUAGUUAUGCAUGCAUAUCUCAAGUGAGGAUGUCAAAAAUAUUUUUCUCAUUUCGCAUUGGAGUAGUUUCCUUUUCCUGACAAACCUUGCUGAUUUAUUCAUCAAUUAACCCACUUGUUGAAAUCAUGUCUUCAGUGCCUUAUUUUAACAACCAUGAUACAUUUUCACUUUGGGUACAAAACGUAUGAUUCACUGUGACUAGGGAACUGCUGAAGAGAUGCACAAGUCUCCACAUACAGUUGCUCUUCAUCAGUUCUUCUCCCACUGUCAUUCUGCAUCCACUGUGUCUUUUACUUCCUGUUUACUUCCUGCUUCUUGUCUCACAACUCCUGUGGGCUUCCUGGGUUCUCUUGGUCUUGCUUUUAGCUUCCCAAAUCAGGGGUGGCAUAUUGAUUUUAAUUAACAUGUAGAGUGUUGGCUUCAGAAUAUCUCUCUAGUUUUGUAGUUUUGGGGAAAUAGUGGAGACCAUAGCAUUAGCAAAAUCUUAAAGGUAUUGUUCACUUUUUAGAAGUUUAGCUUAUUUUCGACAUACCUGUCAUGUAAUCAGACUUGUCUAUGCUUGAGUAAAAAAGCUACUAGCGGUGUAUCUUUAUGAAGGCAAAUGUAUUGCUAGCUUGACGUUGCUUCACAUUACAAGCCACAUGAGAGAGCGAGAGAUGCUUUCCUCAUGAACACCUAAAUUCCCACAGGCCCUCAUUAGCAUAUGGCCAAUCAGGAUGCAAUAUGCAAUUUUUUCAGUAUUUUGUUCUUGUUUGCUUUGACUUAUAGUUCCAGUCUUUGAGGUUUAACUAUUGCUCGCCCAGACCUUGUUCUGGGUGUAGCAGGUACAUCUGUGAUGACCUAGGGUGUUGGUGUUUCUGGCAGGUCGGAGUGGUGAAGACACUUGAAUCUUCUCCUGAGUAGCGUUGUUGUUUUCAGGUCCAUCCAUAGGGAUGAGGUGAUGUCUUUAAAAAAUAUAUUUUACAAUUAUUAUUAUACUUUUUUUUUUGGGGGGGGGGUUAUUUUACCCCCUUUUUCUCCCCAAUUUCGUGGUAUCCAAUUGGUAGUUACAGUUUUGUCCCAUCGCUGCAACUCCCGUACGGACAUGGGAGAGGCGAAAGUCGAGAGUCGUGCGUCCUCCGAAACACAACCCAACCGAGCCACACUGCUUCUUGACACAGUGCACGCUUAACGCAGAAGCCAGCCGCACCAAUGUGUCGGAGGAAACACCGUACACCUGGCGACGAGGCAGCCAGCAGGUCACUACUAGCAGGUAGGUGGUGCUUUUCAGAGUGAACAAGUCCGCUCCCAGUCUUUGCCAGGGUCUCUCUGGAAGUUGUGAUGAUAUGAGUGGUUCUGUGUGGUUUGUGCGCUCUUUGAUGCAUGUCCUGCAGUUAAGCACAAGGCCAGGCAACCACACAGCCUGUUGUGCGCGUGUUCUGCACUUGACCACACCUUGAUGACCCUCGUGCAGCUUGGUGAGGACAUCAUUUCGUAAGGCUGAUGGAAUGACAAGUCUUGUUACUUUCAACAGGAGACCGUCGUGCACUGUGAGAAAAGCACAUUCUGCCCAAUACAGUUUCAGUGGUCCUUCACAUCCUUCCUGACACAUUGUCAUUACUUUUGAGCAAACACUGUCUGCUUUGAGUUGUUCUCUCAGAUUGCCCAUGUAGGAAACACUCACUGGAAGCUGUUCCACGAUGGCGUCCACAUAGAUAUUUGUGCUCUCCAUGAGCUCCUUUUCUGCAGCAGUAGCUUUGGCUAUGACUGCUGCAUGUGACAGCGUGUCUGCAGUCCACAGAUUCUUUCCAGGGACAUGAGCAAUCGUGUAGGAGUAUCUCAUAAGUCUCAUCCUGAAGCGCUGGAUUUGUGGGGGAAGGGUGUCCAAGGGUUGGUUCCCCAGAAAGCUCAGGAGAGGUUUGUGAUCAGUUUCCAACUAAAAGUGUUGACCAAUAAGAAAGUCUCUGAAUCUUCCACAUGCCGAUGUCAGCCCCAGAGCUUCUUUUUCCACUUAAGCGUAUCUCUGCUUGGUCUUUGUGAGAGACCAAGAAGUUUAGGCAACAGGUCUUCAUUCCUCGCACUUCUUCUGCAGCAGCACUCCUCCUAGUCCAUAGGAAGACGUAUCGGCUUACACAUCUCUUUGUUUGGGUCGUACAGGGUUAACACGGGUGUGGAUGUCAGCUCCCCCUUCAGCUCUUCGAAGGCUCUGGCUUGGUCGGCCCCCCAGUACCAGUGGUUUUUCUUUGAGUAGGUCUCUGAGAGGUUUGUCCUUUUCAGCUGAGGGAUGAACUUUCCUAGAUGGUUCACCAUACCUAGGAAACUCUGCAGCUCGCUGACGUUGGAUGGCUCUGCCAGCUCCUUGACAGCCUCUGUCUUUGUCACUUCCUGCUUUGACAGGUCACAUUUGUCCAUGUUCAGAGUUAAGCCGGAUUUUUCCAUCUUCUGAAAUGCGGCAUGAAGUCUUGCAUCAUGCUCCUCCUGUGUUUGGCCCCAGACUAACACAUUAUCCAUGUGACAGACCACACCUUCCAGGCCUUCAGUGACCUCUGUCACAAUUCUGUUCUGGAAGUGUUCAGGCGCUGAAGCGAUGCCGAAAAGCAGGUGGUUGAAGUAGUAACGAAAGGUGUGAUGAAGGUUGUUAGCUUAACUGACUCCUCAGCUAGCGGGAUCUGCCAGAAGCACAUGUUCGCAUCGACCUUGCUGAAGAUCUUCGCCACAGCUAUUGAGCCAAGGAUUUGUUCGACAGUGGGAAGUAUGUAUUUUUCUCUACACACUGACUCGUUGAGACGAGUGAAAUCGACAUGUACGCACAUCUCCGUUCUUCUUGGGACAACCACCAUGCUGGCGCACCAGUCCGUGGGCUCCUCCACUCUGGUGACAACCUUGAACCCUUGCCUGCGCUGUAGCUCUUUCUUGACUUUUGGCAGCAAUGUCAGAGGAAUCCGUCAUGGAGUGAGUAGGGCUCUGCGCCGGGUUUCAGCUUGAUGGUAUAUGGUUGUUGUACUGUGCCAAGACCGCUGCACAGCUUUGGAUGGCUUUCUUUCAGUGUCUGUAAAUCAGUGCUGUCAAGUCGAUCAACUAGCUCAAGCUUUGUGAUAGCUGGUCUGCCUAGUAAAGCUGUGUGUAGAUCUCUGAUGACAUACACAUCCUCCAGUGUCACCUUUUCUCCCUUUUGUAGAACCACACUUGCAACGCUCUUCCUGGUCCUAGCAGAGGUUUUGUUGAUUUUUGCAGAGCUGGCUUGCUGGUUCCUGCAAAAAUGUGAUUGAACACGUUGUCUUGGAUAACAGUCACAUCGGCACCAGUGUCUAUUUUGAAUUUCACAUUUCUGUCCAUCCAUGGGUCACCUCCUGCUGUUAUUGUUCCUUGGAAAAUGCUAUCAUCCUCUUUUUGAACCUUGUUUACAGGGUCACACACUACUUCAUUAGCUGCACACUUUUGCCACAGUUUCGACACUGACUGCUUUUUGUCAUUAGCAUUACCAUGGCUAGCUUUCUCACGCUGGAAUAUCUGUUUCCACUGAUACUGGCUGCCUUUCUGCAUAACUCUAUCCACUGAGCAUGCCUCUUUCGUUGUUAUUGUUUCACCUCGCAGGCAACUUUGUUGCUUUUUCACUUCAGUUUGCGUGAGAUCUUUAUCUAGCUGCAUCCGUUCUGACAGACGCAUGUCUGCUAAUCCAACGGAUAGCCUGCCUCUAAUUAGCUCAUCAUGCAAAAGGCCAUAGUUGCAAUGCUCUGCUAGGGCAUAUAAGGCUGUGACAAAAUAAUCCACUGUUUCAUUUUCCCCCUGUCCUCCACAUGUUAAAACGGGCUCUUUCAUAGAUCAAGUUAUUUUUCACAAUAAAGAAUGCAUGAAAUCCGUCUCUUACUUGUCCAUACUGUUGUUGCUCGAGUUAAUUUAGGUUUAGACCCCAGAAAACGUCAUCUGCUUCAUCGCACAUACAGUACAUGAAUGUUUACCUGGUUCUCCUCUGUUGUUGUGUGAAGAUGACUCACCUGACAAAAGCGCUCAAACCUCCUAAUCCAUUUGGUCCAUUCUUGCGGUUUACAAAAAUCAAACAGCUCCGGCGGCUGUAUGCUAAAUGUAGCACUUGGGCCUGCAUUCGCGAGUAUCUGUGCCCCUCCCGCUGCACCUUGCAUGGGCGGCUGGCCUCUUCCUCCAUCCACUGCUGCCGGUGGCUGCUGAUUAGCCGCCUCCAUUUUCUUCCCAAAACGUUUCAACCCGUUGAGCUAAACUCUGUUGGUAAAUACACUCGUUCUAGUCCAUUUCUCACACAGUGUCGUGUAAUCAGACUUGUCUAUAUGUGAGUAAAAUAACUACUUACGGUGUAUCUUUAUGAAGGCACAUUUAUUGGUAGCUUGACGUUGCUUCACAUUACAAGCCACGUGAGAGAGCGAGAGAUGCUUUCCUCAUGAACACCUAAAUUCCCACAGGCCCUCAUUAGCAUAUGGCCAAUAAGGAUGCAAUAUGCAAAGUACACCACAAUACCUAGGGUGUUAUCAUUUUGUCCAAACCCUUUAAAAAUUAGUUAGCUGAUCAGAAUGAGUCCUAAAUCUUCUGGCUAGCAUUUUUGGAGAAUGUAGCAAUACUAGUGGAAACAGAUUGUAUCAGUUAGCGGUGCACUCAAAAGCAUGGGAAAGCGGGGUAGUGGCCCAAAACAGCACUCUUUCCCCAUACUGGAUCAAGUUGACCCUCAAGGCCACAGGGGCUGUCAAUAAACACUAACUCGAUGUCCAUGUUUUUGUUCUGCAUGUCUCAUUGUAUUUCAUGGUGUGUGUAUGUCAUAUCUAACAUCACUGCUAUGUUCAGGCAUAAUGUGUCUCAGACUGUGUGCAUGGGCCAGUCAGUGUGCUUCUGCCAGGUCAGGUGGGACCUGGAAUCUCUUCCCAACACAAGUUCCCCCCCAACGAAAAAGGGUGUCCUGCCAAAUCGGAAUCACCGCCCACAGCUUCCUAUUGGCUCAUCGGAUUCCUUUCCUCUCCAAAUUCCCUCCAACUUUUUCUCAGGUUUUUUCUUAGCUGAUAAAUUAAUCAGUAGAAUAGAUCUGAAUAAAGGGGCUGGACUUUCAGAACUUGCUUACCAUUUACUUAGUACCAUUUACGUUUUUAGAGAUACUGCAGUACAUAUAGUACAAACAGUGUUAUUUUCCCUAUUUGGGUUCCACACUUUGUCCCAAGUGACACAAACCCGGCCCAGCCAAUCGCCAUUACUGUCCCAAAACCCCACUCUGUGACAUCACCCAUGACCACAUGUCACUUUAGUUUUCCCCCUCCUGUCCAGAAACUCUCACCUCACCCACCCCCCCUACACCCCCCACCCCCUUCCACCUCUCCGGCAUUAUCUGUGUGGGAGAUGAUUGAUCAAUCAAUGGACACUUUAAUGGUUACUGUUUAAUGGAUUCAUUGAUUGAUUGAUACCCCCCCUUUUGGAAUCCUAUAAGACCAUAGUGUAAGCUAAGCUGUAGUCCCCCCCCCCCCCCCCCCCCCCUUCCCCUUGUCUUCCGUUAUUUGCAGGUGACCAACGGUUGACUGCCAUACUGAAUAGUGCCAUUCAGUCUGGGCCCUUCCUCCCUCCAGCCGCUCCUCCCUCCUCUUCCUCCGUAUUUGAGCAAGCCGCCCAACCUCCCUCCUCCCAUGUCCACAGCCCAUUUGUGUUUGGACAAUGCCCCAGGUCCCAAGUGUCUCAGCCGCAGCCACAGCUUCCGAGUAAGUCUGUCCGUCUGUAUGACAGUGUCGGCGCUUGCUUGCACAGGUGCUGCCUGGUCCCAUCUUAAUUCCUCCUUAGCUUAUCACUCUUUUGUUUGCGAUUUUUUUUUACUUUACAUACAUAUUUGUUUAGCUUAUUUCUGUUUUUGGGGGGGGGGCAUCGGGGGACUGAUGACACCAUAACAUUGCUGUUAUGUUCUGACUGGUGCUUACGGUACUUUGCCUAGUAAUGUAGCUGCUUGCUUUUUGUUUAUAUACCAGUGACCUUUCUCUCCUCUUCAUCUUCAUCCCUGAUUUAAACCGAGACUCAGCGAUAUGACGUGAUCACGAGCAGCAGUCUGCCCAGAGAUAUUGUCAAGAGAGUGAGGCAAAAGACUGCAUUCGACAUCACCCAUACAGAUACUGGCAUCUGCGCAUUUGUACAUAGGUUUGCUUUUAUCUCCUACAAUUGAAUAGCUGCCUGACGACAAAUGUUGACUAGUGCAGCCUCUGCCUUCGCACGGUCUUUGUUUGUGUCAGAAGUCACCCUGCUCCUCUUGGUAAACGCAUAUCACUGAUUCUACUUUUAAACAUCAGCUCUGCAGCUCCCAUUCCUGCUAAGUGCUCCCGUUGCAAAUGUAGACUACCUUAGUGUAAAUAAUCCGAUAUGAAUUUAGGAAGCAUCAUUUUGUGUACUUAUUACUGUAUUCGUUUACUACAAGCUUUCAUUUUUUACAUUUCUGAAUAUCUAAAAAGGUCCUGGGCAGGUACACUAAACUCAAUUCCUAGAGAAUGUGUAAAUAUGACCAAACUUACUAACCUUAACUCACAGCACCUGUGGUGCAUAAAUCAGAGACAAUCUCAUGGUCACGUUAGUGGAUAUGCUCCCAACUAUUAGGUUUCAAUAAAGUAUGACCUGUAGCAAUACGUUUCCGUUCACUCCAUUUUCUCAGCCCCUGGCUCAAACUCAUGUCUCCCAGCCCUAGUUCAUGCAUCUCUUACUACCCGCUUUCUGUUCUCUUAUAGCUGUCUGUUCUCCAUAUGUCUGUUGGUCUGACUCUCCAUCUUUUGCACUCUCAAUGGCCAUCCUCUAUCUCUCCACCUCUCUCCUUCUUUCUCUCACUCCUUUUCUCUCUCAAUCCCUCUCUCCCUCCUUCUCUUUCUCUCACUCCUUCUCUCUCUCAAUCCCUCUCUCUCCCUCCUUCUCUUUCUCUCACUCCUUCUCUCUCUCAAUCCCUCUCUCCCUCCUUCUCUUUCUCUCACUCCUUCUCUCUCUCAAUCCCUCUCUCUCCCUCCUUCUCUUUCUCUCACUCCUUCUCUCUCAAUCCCUCUCUCUCCCUCCUUCUCUUUCGCUCACUCCUUCUCUCUCUCAAUCCCUCUCUCUCCCUCCUUCUCUUUCGCUCACUCCUUCUCUCUCUCAAUCCCUCUCUCUCCCUCCUUCUCUUUCGCUCACUCCUUCUCUCUCUCAAUCCCUCUCUCUCCCUCCUUCUCUUUCUCUCACUCCUUCUCUCUCUCAAUCCCUCUCUCUCCCUCCUUCUCUUUCUCUCCCUCCUUCUCUCUCUCAAUCCCUCUCUCUCCCUCCUUCUCUUUCUCUCUGUGGUGUGUUUCCUUACCUGUACACUCUACUCUUCUUAUCUCUGUGAUGGUGUCCCUGCAUUCAUGCCCUGUGUUUUGCUUACCUGCCACUGUUUUCCGCUGUAGAUGGUUCUUCAUCACGCAACCUUGCAUCUUCUCACGAGCGUGUGCACAAAAGCAGUGCGUCCGCGGCUGGGCAUGGUUCUGCUCUCUCAUCUCUUGCUCUCAGGCAAAAGGGUGGGUAACAUACAGAAUGCAUGCCUCCUUCAGACUGAAAUGUGGGUGUCAGUUACUGAGUCAGUUAAUGCCGAACAACAGGAUAAAUAGGAUUAUCAAGAGUAAAACACAAGUAAAUAGAUAAUUUGUUCUAAACUGAACACUAGUUACAAUUAUCAGAAGGAAUAGGGGAGAUGCUUAUUCACAUAGAGGUUAGGGGUGGGACUAAUGUCCCUAGAAAGGAUCCAUUCUAAAGACCAUUUAUAUAUUACCUAGUCUAGGGGACAGUGCUGGGCUGCAUGGGCUUCUUCUCAUCAGUUGCAACAUGAUCCGUUAGCUACCCUUGUCUGUGUAAGGGGCCUUCAGACAUGCAUAGGUAGAUUAAUAAUUAAUAAGAAUUUGUUCUUAACUGACUUGCCUAGUUAAAUAAAGGUAAAAUAAAUAAAUAAAUUAAUGUCAAGGCUCUUCUAGAAUGAUCUAUGUCCUCUGCUCUAAUGCUGUCACUUUACUCAAAUGUAUUGGUCCACAACUUUCCACCGUCUAAGGGAGGUUUCUUAUUGACUCAAAAAUAAUUAUUUCAUUUUUUUAUGUUAAUAUAUUUUCUUCAAAUUUUUUUCCAGACUUCUACUGUUGUUUCUCUUCUUUCCUCCCCUUCAUCCCAUUUUUUUCUUCCCUUUCAUAAUCCUUUUUGUUGACCCUUAGAUGUUGAGUAUCGUACUCGGAUGUGCUGCCUUUUACAGUAAACCUCUGAGUUAUAGUAUAACUGUUUCUAUGUUGUGGCUGGCUACUAGGUAACUCAGGGGCGCGCCCCAUGUCCCCGGCCUCCAAACAACGACAGGAAAGUCGCUCCCCAAAACAGGAGGGGCGCGGCUGUCGCACCUCAGACCAGUCCAAAAGCAAAGAUCUGCCGUCCAGCGAGGCAUUGAUCCUGCGGUCGGACACCGCCAAGCUGCGAUCGGACUCCCAUAGCCGCUCCCACUCGCCCAACCACAACACCCUGCAGGCACUGAAGGCCGACGGGCGUGAUCGUAACUCCUCCGGCCUGCGCGCUGAGUCGCCUAACCCUGGCUCCCGCUCCUCCUCGCCCAAGCAGAAGGGCCUUUCCUCCUCCUCAGGGAGGUCUAGCCCCUCCAGCACCUCCUCACCACGCUCCUCCUCCACCCAGCACGACAAGAACUUUGCUCAGGACAAGAACCAACCAGUUGACAAGAACAUGCCACAAGACAAGAACCAACCCAAUGACCAGAACCUCCCACCCAAAGUCAGCCCCUCCUCCAAGGAUCGGCUGGACCCGCCCAGAGAAAGGUCCAAGUCGGACUCGUACACCCUGGACCCGGACACCCUGAGGAAGAAGAAAGUCCCUCUCACCUCGGAGCCCCUAAGGGGAAGGUCCACCUCGCCCAAACCCAAACUACCACCCAAGGAAGGGAGCAGUAAAGGAGGUGACAGGAACUCAGAGAACCGCACCCCGUCGCCCCAUGUGACCCAGGAGAACCUCCAUAGUGAGGUGGUGGAGGUGUGUACGUCUAGUGCUCUUCUUUCCAAUGAUGAUGAGGGAAACAACGAAAAUGCGGAGGUGAGCAACGCAGAGGAGGGCUCCUCAAAGGUGCACUUCAGCAUCGGCAAGGCACCCGUCAAGGAGGAGCUGGAGAGCAGCCGCUUGUCGCCCAAAGUCAGCCGCAAGACCUCCAGCCGCCACGUGCGCCCCAAGAAGGACAAGUCGGGCCCGCUCUUCAAGGGCGAGAGCUCGUCGAGGCUCGCCGAGCCCGCCAAGCAGGCUAUGUCGCCCUCAGUUGCAGAGUGUGCCCGGGCGGUCUUCGCCGCGUUCCUCUGGCACGAGGGUAUCGUCCACGACGCCAUGGCCUGCUCCUCGUUCCUCAAGUUCAACCCAGAACGGACCAAGGAGCACGCGCCCAUCCGCAGCUCGCUGGGUGGACAGGGCGGCCAAGAGGAGAAGGAAAGCAAGCUGAAGAACCGCCACUCACUGGAGAUAUCCUCGGCCCUCAAUAUGUUCAACAUUGCCCCACAUGGGCCAGACAUCUCCAAGAUGGGCAGCAUCAACAAGAACAAGGUCCUGUCAAUGCUCAAAGAGCCUCCGCUGCCCGAAAAGUGCGAGGACGGCAAGGGGGAGCACGUCUCCUUCGAGGUGACCUCUCACCCUGCCAUGAGGGCUAAGUCCAUCCUGCCGCUCACCCUCCAGCACCUCGUUGCAUUCUGGGAGGACAUCUCCAUGGCGACCAUCAAGGCAGCCACCCAGAACAUGAUUUUCCCCAGCCCGGGCUCCAGCGCCAUCCUGAAGAAAAAGGAGAACGAGAAGGACAGUAAGAAGUCCAAGAAAGAGAAGAAGAAAAGAGAGAAAGUGGAGGUGCGUCCCAGGGGGAACCUGUUUGGGGAGAUGGCCCAGCUGGCCAUGGGGGGACCGGAGAAGGACACCAUCUGUGAGCUGUGUGGGGAGUCGCACCCCUACCCUGUCACCUACCACAUGAGGCAGGCCCACCCAGGUAAGACCAACAAUGUUCUGUUUGCCUUUAUUCCAUACGUUCAGAAAUACACAUACCAUAUCACUGUGAGAGGUUAGCCUACCUCUCACAUAUAAAAGUCAGACUUGAAAGUCCUAUAUUUUGUUUAUUACAUUUGUGGACGAAAAGAACGCUUUAAAGCGGAACAUUUCUUCAUACCGAGGCAGAUGGUGGCUAACCCCAUUAAACCAUUUGCACUGUAUCUCUGCUAAUACGGCAGCACAACUCAAUAUGAUCUUAGCAUAGAGAUACAUGUAUAUUAAUAUGUUAUAUUUUAGUCUGUGGAUUUUAGCUUAAUUUGUUGUGUUUUGUCUUGGGCAGGUUGCGGUCGUUAUGCGGGAGGCCAGGGCUAUAACAGCAUCGGCCACUUCUGCGGGGGCUGGGCGGGGAACUGUGGAGACGGCGGGAUCGGAGGAAGCACCUGGUACCUGGUGUGUGACCGCUGCAGGGAGAAGUACCUGAGAGAGAAGCAGACUGCAGCCAGGGAAAAGGUACUGUACUUUUCUACGCAUCAAUCAAUUGUUGUUUUGUACUGUAUCUUUACACAUUAAAUUCUUCAAGUUCAAAUGGAAACUUAACAAACAGAUACUUGGAUAGUUAACAAUCAGGAUUUAACACUAACAUAUUAUGCUCAUUGUACUAAUUUCUCACUGUAAUAGUCACAGUUCAGAGGAUAACCUUUCGCAACCAUAUGGUUUCAUAAACAACCUUGGUAACAUGCUUGCGACACUCUUACAAUGCAUUAUAACGGCAUCAUAAUGCAUUAUGCCUACAAGUAGAGGUCUGCGCGGGACUGAUUUAUUCAUCCCACCUGCACCCGCAGCAUUUCAUACCACACCCGCCCACACCCACUGGCUUUCUGUCCAACUCCCACCCGCUACCGCAAGAACUGGACCCGAAACCAACCGCAGUCUCGCUAUGUUAUUUUAGGCGUAUGCGACGCAGCUCACUUCCCAGCCAUGGUCGCAGCAAUUUUGCGGCCUAUAGGCAAUUUCAAAAUGACCUAAGAAAUGCCUUUAAUUACCAGAGAUUCUCACGUGUAUUACUGGGCUAUAUCAGCUAAUAGGCUAGAUGUAGUUUAAAGAGAGCUGAGUUUGAGAGACUGGCACUUUCUUUUGAGCUAUGUUUUAUAGCCUACCUUUUAGGAGUGGGAGGAUUUUCAGAGGGAGACAAAUAUGAUUGAUCAAUAUUUAUUUCUAGGUAAUGUAGUAAACUAUAGCCUAAUCAUAUUUAGGAAGUACAUUUCCUUGGAAAGAUAACUGCCCCCGUGCUUCUACACCCAUGCAUAGGCAACCUACUCUAUUUCAUUGAGACCACACAUAUACUAGGCGCACUUGAUCUCGCACCCCCAACUAGGAGAGGAGGUAGGCUGCUUAACAUGAAGCAGCGAAUUCUGAGUGUGUGGAUAAUGCAACAAAGAUGUGUUUUUAAUACAAUAGGGAGGCUAACGCAUAAAAAACAGAAAGAACGGCCGUUUCCAAAUAAUCUGCGGGACAACCAAAAUAUUUUCAUCCCAAAGAUCUGACCGCACGCUUCCAACCGAAGCUCUACAUUUAUAUUUUAUUCAUUUAGCAGACGCUCUUAUCCAGAGCGAUUUACAGGAGCAAUUAAGGUUAAGUGCCUUGCUCAUGGACAGGUUGACAGAUUUUUCACCUAGCCAGCUUGGGGAUUCGAACCAGCGACCUUUCGAUAACUGGCCCAACGCCCUUAAACGCUAGGCUACCUGCCCCCACCUCUAACCCACCCGUGACCUCUAACCUCCCUCCCUACCCAUCCAGGUGAAGCAGUCGAGGAAGAAGCCCCUGCAGGUGAAGACGCCGCGGGCGCUUCCCACCAUGGAGGCCCACCAGGUGAUCCGUGCCAACGCCCUGUUCCUGCUGUCCCUAAGCAGUGCCGCCGAGCCCAGCCUGCUGUGCCACCACCCGCCUCGCCCGCUCCACUCCACACUGCCCAGCCUCAAGGAGGGCGUCUCGGACGAGAUGCCCAACAAGAUCGGCUGCCUCUACCUGCAGACGCUAGCCAGGUAAAUGAUGGAUAGCUAUUAUGAUGAUGAUCAAAAUUAAAAGAACGGGAGAGACUGGGAGGGAACAAAUUAAAGGUGAUCUCCUUUUAUUUUUGCCUCCCAAACAGUCUCCUUCUCUUUUGGUUUUAUGCCCUUUGGGACGGCAUUACACUUGAAGCGCUGUGGCCACUUUAAUUGAAGCGAUGAUGAUCAUACAUUUUGGUUGUGUAUAAUGUCUUACCCAUAUCCCGUGAACAUGUUACACAGUGAAAACCAUCAUGGAAUUCUUAACAUUUAUUUGCUAGGAGGUAGCAUCCACAUACAGUGGGGAAAAAAAGUAUUUAGUCAGCCACCAAUUGUGCAAGUUCUCCCACUUAAAAAGAUGAGAGAGGCCUGUAAUUUUCAUCAUAGGUACACGUCAACUAUGACAGACAAAUUGAGAUUUUCUUUCUCCAGAAAAUCACAUUGUAUGAUUUUUAAUGAAUUUAUUUGCAAAUUAUGGUGGAAAAUAAGUAUUUGGUCACCUACAAACAAGCAAGAUUUCUGGCUCUCACAGACCUGUAACUUCUUCUUUAAGAGGCUCCUCUGUCCUCCACUCAUUACCUGUAUUAAUGGCACCUGUUUGAACUUGUUAUCAGUAUAAAAGACACCUGUCCACAACCUCAAACAGUCACAUUCCAAACUCCACUAUGGCCAAGAACAAAGAGCUGUCAAAGGACACCAGAAACAACAUUGUAGACCUGCACCAGGCUGGGAAGACUGAAUCUGCAAUAGGUAAGCAGCUUGGUUUGAAGAAAUCAACUGUGGGAGCAAUUAUUAGGAAAUGGAAGACAUAUAAGACCACUGAUAAUCUCCCUCGAUCUGGGGCUCCACGCAAGAUCUCACCCCGUGGGGUCAAAAUGAUCACAAGAACGGUGAGCAAAAAUCCCAGAACCACACAGGGGGACCUAGUGAAUGACCUGCAGAGAGCUGGGACCAAAGUAACAAAGCCUACCAUCAGUAACACACUACGCCGCCAGGGACUCAAAUCCUGCAGUGCCAGACGUGUCCCCCUGCUUAAGCCAGUACAUGUCCAGGCCCGUCUGAAGUUUGCUAGAGUGCAUUUGGAUGAUCCAGAAGAGGAUUGGGAGAAUGUCAUAUGGUCAGAUGAAACCAAAAUAUAACUUUUUGGUAAAAACUCAACACGUCGUGUUUGGAGGACAAAGAAUGCUGAGUUGCAUCCAAAGAACACCAUACCUACUGUGAAGCAUGGGGGUGGAAACAUCAUGCUUUGGGGCUGUUUUUCUGCAAAGGGACCAGGACGACUGAUCCGUGUAAAGGAAAGAAUGAAUGGGGCCAUGUAUCGUGAGAUUUUGAGUGAAAACCUCCUUCCAUCAGCAAGGGCAUUGAAGAUGAAACGUGGCUGGGUCUUUCAGCAUGACAAUGAUCCCAAACACACCGCCCGGGCAACGAAGGAGUGGCUUCGUAAGAAGCAUUUCAAGGUCCUGGAGUGGCCUAGCCAGUCUCCAGAUCUCAACCCCAUAGAAAAUCUUUGGAGGGAGUUGAAAGUCUGUGUUGCCCAGCGACAGCCCCAAAACAUCACUGCUCUAGAGGAGAUCUGCAUGGAGGAAUGGGCCAAAAUACCAGCAACAGUGUGUGAAAACCUUGUGAAGACUUACAGAAAACGUUUGACCUGUGUCAUUGCCAACAAAGGGUAUAUAACAAAGUAUUGAGAAACUUUUGUUAUUGACCAAAUACUUAUUUUCCACCAUAAUUAGCAAAUAAAUUCAUUAAAAAUCCUACACUGUGAUUUUCUGGAUUUUUUUUCUUCUCAUUUUGUCUGUCAUAGUUGACGUGUACCUAUGAUGAAAAUUACAGGCCUCUCUCAUCUUUUUAAGUGGGAGAACUUGCACAAUUGGUGGCUGACUAAAUACUUUUUUCCCCACUGUAACCUAAACACUAAAUCCUUUAACUACAUAUGAUACAUGUAUGUAAAUCUGUCUCCCCUCUUCCAGGCAACACACAGAGAACUUUGGUGCGUACCAGGAUGACAACCUGUUCCAGGACGAGAUGAGGUACCUGCGCUCCACGUCUGUCCCUGCGCCCUACAUCUCAGUCACCCCCGACGCCUGCCCCAACGUGUUCGAGGAGCCCGAGAGCAACAUGAAGUCCAUGCCCCCCAGGUAACACACGCACCUCUUUUUGAGAGUAGAGAUGUGCAGACUGUGAUUAUGUCUAUGUGUGUACUGUAUGUGGGUGUAGUGUGUGUCAUAUCUGUGCGUGUGUGUGUGAGAGAGACUCGUACCAGUGUGGUAUGUGUGUGUGUUCUUCUGUGAGUGUGUGUGUUGUGUAUAUAUGUGUCAUGGAUGACAGAAACAGAUGGUCAACAUUUAUUUGUUGUAUCUCUUGCAGUCUGGAGACCAGCCCAAUCACAGACAGUGACUUGUCUAAGCGGACGGUGUUCCAGAGGUCCUACUCUGUGGUGGCAUCUGAGUAUGACAAGCAGCAUUCAGCCUCCCCGGCCAGGGUCAAAGCCGUGCCCAGACGCAGAGUCCACAGUGGGGAUGCAGGUGGGUAAACCUACCCCUGAACCACCAGACCAGAGGACUUUGAUCCUAUUUACUAGUAUAGUCCGUUAUACUAAGGGGUUUGGAUGUAGAGAAAAGUCAUUUUACACUUCACCAUUAACCCAUGUACCUGGUGUUUACUACAAAAUGAUUAUGGUAAUGGUCAUUACAUGAUGAAAACAUUGAAGUAUAACUCUUUUUUUAGUUUUCAUAUGAUUCAUUAAUUCUUAGAAAAUGUCAGCUGGAAUAGGGCUGCAAAUUACUAAGUGUUAACAAUCACCAUGACAUUUGUAAUACCGUAUUUAAUAUGUACACUACCGUUCAAAAGUUUGGGUCACUUAGAAAUGUCCUUGUUUUCCAUGAAAACAUACAUGAAAUUAGUUUGAAUAGGAAAUAUAGCAAAAUGCAUAGGAAAUGUAGUCAUUGACAAGGUUAGAAAUAAUGAUUUUUAAUAGAAAUAAUAAUUGUGUCCUUCAAACUUUGCUUUUGUCAAAGAAUCCUCCAUUUGCAGCAAUUACAGCCUUGCAGACCUUUGGCAUUCUAGUUGUCAAUUUGUUGAGGUAAUCUGAAGAGAUUUCACCCCAUGCUUCCUGAAGCACCUCCCACAAGUUGGAUUGGCUUGAUGGGCACUUCUUACAUACCAUACGGUCAAGCUGCUCCCACAACAGCUCAAUAGGGUUGAGAUCCGGUGACUGUGCUGGCCACUCCAUUAUAGACAGAAUACCAGCUCACUGCUUCUUCCCUAAAUAGUUAUUGCAUAGUUUGGAGCUGUGCUUUGGGUCAUUGUCCUGUUGUAGGAGGAAAUUGACUCCAAUCAAGUGCCGUCCACAGGGUAUGGCAUGGCGUUGCAAAAUGGAGUGAUAGCCUUCCUUCUUCAAGAUCCCUUUUACCCUGUACAAAUAUCCCACUUUACCACCACCAAAGCACCCCCAGACCAUCACAUUGCCUCCACCAUGCUUGACAGAUGGCAUCAAGCACUCCUCCAGCAUCUUUUCAUUUGGUCUGCGUCUCACAAAUGUUCUUCUUUGUGAUCCGAAACACCUCAAACUUCGAUUAUUCUGUCCAUAACUUUUUACCCAUCUUAAUCUUUCCUUUUUAAUGGCCAGUCUGAGAUAUGGCUUUUUCUUUGCAACUCUGCCUAGAAGGUCAGCAUCCCGGAGUCGCCUCUUCACUGUUGACGUUGAGACUGGUGUUUUGCGGGUACUAUUUAAUGAAGCUGCCAUUUGAGGGACCUGUGAGGCAUCUGUUUCUCAAACAAGACACACUAAUGUAUUUGUCCUCUUGCUCAGUUGUGCACCUGGGCCUCCCACUCCUCUUUCUAUUCUGGUUAGAGCCAGUUUGCGCUGUUCUGAGAAAGGAGUAGUACACAGCGUUGUAAGAGAUCUUCAGUUUCUUGGCAAUUUCUCGCAUGGAAUAGCCUUCAUUUCUCAGAACAAGAAUAGACUGACGAGUUUCAGAAGAAAGUUCUUUGUUUCUGGCCAUUUUGAUCCUGUAAUCGAAUCCACAAUUGCUGAUGCUCCAGAUACUCAACUAGUCUUAGGAAGGCCAGUUUUAUUGCUUCUUUAAUCAGCACAACAGUUUUCAGCUGUGCUAACAUAAUUGCUAACAUAAAGGGUUUACUAAUGAUCAAUUAGCCUUUUUAAAAUGAUAAACUUGGAUUAGCAAACACAACGUGCCAUUGGAACACAGGACUGAUGGUUGCUGAUAAUGGGCCUCUGUACGCCUAUGUAGAUAUUCCAUUAAAAAUCAGCCGUUUCCAGCUACAAUAGCCAUUUACAACAUUAACAAUGUCUACACUGUAUUUCUGGUCAAUUUGAUGUUAUUUUAAUGGACAAAAAAAUUGCUUUACUUUCGAAAAAAAUGACAUUUCUAAGUAACCCCAAACUUUUGAACGGUAGUGUAUGUAAUAUGUAUUUAUUGUUUUGUUAUUUAUAUCAUCUUUAUACAAUGGGUGGGUCAAAUCCUGAAUGCUGAUUGGUUAAAACCGCAUUCCAGCCGGUGUCUAUUCCACAAGUUACCACCGGCUAAAUCUAUGACCUUAAAAUGCCUAUUUACUCUGUUCCAUCUGACUGUGCAAUCCACUGUCUCAUCAGCCCAGCCAGGCUAUUUAUAAACUUGAUCUCCACUAUAAAAAGCAUCUAGACAUUAUCUCACAUUUCUUUUAGAAUAACAUUUAGUUUUCAACAGCGGCGAUUUGUCUAAACCUUACUGUCUGUCUAUCUGACAUUUGCAACAUUGUUUCAAUAUUCAAAUUCGAUCUCCAGCUGUCCCAUGGUAAUGAAUUUUUAUGGAUAUAUAAAAAGGUAAAACGAAACUAAGUGCAGCUAGUUUGCAGUCUUUCCAGCUUGUUUUAGCUGUGUUGUUGGCUAGCUCCUCUGAACAACAGUGUCCUGACGAGAGAGCACAUUUUCUAUGCCAGGCGAAAUCGCGCCUCAUUAGCAUGUCACUAGAAAACAGCUUAAACAAAUGCAAAUGCAGCUAAUUUGCUGUUAUUCUGGCUGCACUUUUUGACGUGACUGUAAGUUAGCCGUAGUUGGCUAGCUAGCAAGCAAGGGAUAAGAACGUUGCCAGCCAUUAUGGCAAUGGAACAUUUAGAACGAACGACUGGGUCGCGUCCAUAGAUACAGAACAAAAAGACUGAACGACCAGCCGGCUUGGGUAGCAACCCUAGAUUUGUGUCGGGACUAUAUCUUGUGAAAGGAUGAAAUAAUUAAUCAAAAUAACGUUGUCAAUGUCAAUCAUUAUUUGAAUAUGCUGGUAACCCAUUGUAUAAAAGUGAUAAUGCCCUCGUAACCGGUGUUUGGAGGAUAUAUUGGCAAGGUUUGUCGGCCCUCGACUUCGUCACGGGCCUAACAACACCUGUGCCAAUAUAUCCUCCAAACACCGGCUUCUCGGGCAUUAUCACUUAAUUGUAACACUGUCCCCUCCUCCAGAAGUGGGUUCCUCUCUGCUGCGCCACCCGUCCCCGGAGCUGUCCCGUCUCAUCUCUGCCCAUGGAUCCCUCAGUAAGGGCGAGAGGAACUUCCAGUGGCCCGUCCUGGCCUUCGUCAUCCAGCACCACGACUUGGAGGGUCUGGAGGUGGCCAUGAAGCAUGCCCUCCGCAAGUCCGCCUGCAGGGUCUUCGCCAUGGAGGUACGUCCAUCAAAGAUACUCCUGCACAUGGUGUACAUUAAGUAUUUCCCAUAGGAAAAUGUAUCAUGCUUACUCUAGCUGGGCAUUUGCAGUUGUAUACCACAAUUCAAUAGUUAGCCCUGUAAUGUCAAAUGCUAACGUGAUUAGCCAAUUGCAAACAUCCUCUUUGAGGUGUCAGUGGUAGUCGCUAGACGGCCCUGUUAGAAAGGACAGAAGUGUAGGCAAUAUCUGAGAUGAUAAACUGAUUAGAAAGUGUAUUUUUCUGAAGUAGUAGUGCUAGGGUUAAGAUUAGGUUAAGGUUAGGUUAGUGGUUUGGAAAGCACUGUACCUUUUUCCUAAAAAGUAUCGCUCUCCCCUCUGAUGAUUUUCAAACAGGUUAUUUUUGUCAACAUUGUAGGUUUUUGUUUUUGUUGUGAAAUGAAAAGGACUGAGGUCUGAAAGCCACCAUCUAACCCCUCUCCCCCUCCUCAGGCAUUCAACUGGCUGCUGUGUAACGUGAUCCAGACCACUUCGCUGCACGACAUCCUGUGGCACUUUGUCGCCUCCCUCACCCCAUCACCCUUUGAACCCGAGGAAGAGGAGGAGGAAGAAAAUAAAGCCCAUGGGAACAAGGAAAUUGUGAUGGAGCAGGUGAUGUUUGAUUAAGAAACCAGGACCUGGGUGGUGUGAGUGGGGGGGCUUGCGAAACAGGUCUCUUGCAAAAUAGAUUAUCUCAAUGAGACAAACCUGGAUACAUAAAGGUUUUUAUUUGAGGUACCGGUACAAACAUUUUCUAUAUUCAGACAAUAUCAAUGUAUGUCUGAAGUCAUUGCAUCCUUAAUAUGUGUGUUUUUAUAAACUUUUCCAUUAUGUUUUCUUCGUACACACAGGAGAGGGACCUUGGAGUGUGUGAGCACCCACUCUCUGACAUUGUGAUCGCCGGGGAGGCCGCCCACCCGCUCCCCCACACCUUCCACCGCCUCCUCCAGACUAUCUCCGACCUCAUGAUGUCACUUCCUAGUGGCAGCUCCCUGCAGCAGAUGGCCCUCAGGUACGGUGGCCCUGUUGCUCAAAGUUCACCUACGCUUUAAACUUCAGCUAAAUAAUGUUAACCAUACACUUGGAACAGAGCAUAUUAUCUUGCAAUAAGACUAAAGCUAAGGGUCAAAUACUUUUCUGUAUAUAUGAAUAGGCCAUAUAAUGUUAACUUUACCAAAGGUUACAUGUGUUGUGACUGAGUGUGUGACAGAGAAAAUUGUUUUUUGUGUCAUUUAGAGGGACAAUGCGUGCAUUUUAGCGUUUGAGUUACUUUUCAAAAGUUGCUAAAAGUUCCCAAAAUCUUUUUAAAAGUAGCUACAUUUGUUGCCAGGGUAGUCUGAAAAGUUGCUAAAUCUACCAACAAAAUUGCUAAGUUGGCAUCACUGGUUGCUAUAGACCAAGUGCUAACAGUCACUAUCUGGAUAAUAUGUGUGAAAUGCUUGAUAAUGAAUGUGAUAUCAACAGAGAGGUAUAUUUUCUGGGUGACCUAAAUAUUGUGACUGGCUUUCAUCAAGCUGUCCAAUCAAGAAAAAGCUUGAAACUGUAACCAGUGCCUGCAACCUGGUUCAGGUUAUCAGUCAACCUACCAGGGUAUUUACAAAAAUAACAGGAAUUAAUCAUCCACUUGUAUAGACCACAUAUUUACUAAUGCUGCAGAAAUCUGCUCUAAAGCAGUAUCUACACCCAUUGGAUUUAGUAAUAAAUAAUAGCCAUAUCUAGGAAAACCAAAGUUCCAAAGACUGGACCUAAAAUAGUGUAUAAGCGAUCAUACAAGAGGUUUUGCAAUGAUUCCUAUGUUGAAGAUUUGGAAAAUAUUUGUUGGUCUGAUGUGUGUAAUAAGGAAUAUACUGACGCUGCACUUCCGGUUACUGACAGGCAUGCGCCCAUAAAGAAACUGACUGUUAAAACUGUCAAAUCCCCAUGGAUGAAUUGAAAAACUGUAUGGCUGAGAGGGAUGAGGCUAAGGGAACGGCAAAUAAGUCUCGCAACACAGCAGAUUGGUAAACAUACAGUAGAAAUUGCAUAACUAAACUACACAAAAAGAAACAACUAUACUAUGGAACAAAGUUACACAAUAUAAAUAAUUAUAGUUAAAAAGCUCUGGAGUACCUUUAAUGAAAUUCUAGGCAGAAAAGCUAACUCGGCUCCAUCCUUCAUUGAGGCUAAUGGCUCAUUCAUAACAAAACCCUUUGAUAUUGCACACCACAAGAUUAGCAAAUUUAGUCAUGACAUGCAAACAACAAAUGCUGAGCCUUCAUAUGCAUGCAUAACGGAUUCAAUAAUGAAGGACAAUUCCGCAAAGUUAGUGUGAAGGAGGUGAUAAAUUAUUGCUAUGUAUAAAUAAGGACAAACCACCUGGAACCGACGACAUGGAUGGUAAAUUACUGAGGUUGGUGGCGUAAUACAUUGCGGCUCCUAUUUGCCACAUCUUCAAUCUAAGCCUAGAGUGUGCCCUAGGCCUGGAGGGAGGCAAAGGUCAUUCCACUGCCCCAAAAUAGCAAAGCACACUUUUAAUGGUUCAAACAGCAGUUCUAAGCUGACAUAUGGAAUUGUUUUAAGAUGGUCAUAACAUGGAUAAUUUAGCUAUUUGAUUUUGAAUUUUAGGACUCCAUUAAGUAUCAGAAAAAAAUGUAAUAGAAAUAUUUGAUAAAAUAUUGAAUUUGACCUUUACUACUAUAGCCCAUAGAAACGCAUUGAAUAACACAUUCGUAAAUUGAAAAAAAAAAGCCAGUCAAAAAAUAAAUCAUAAGGAAUAAGGUUUUGAAGUGUUCGUCCUAUAUCUAGGAGAUAUGACAGCUCGGGAAAUAUAUACACUACCGUUCAAAAGUUUGGGGUCACUUAGAAAUGUUAUUGUUUUCGAAAGAAAAGCAAUUUUUUUGUCCAUUAAAAUUACAUCAAAUUGAUCAGAAAUACAGUGUAGACAUUGUUAAUGUUGUAAAUGGCUAUUGUAGCUGGAAACGGCUGAUUUUUUAUGGAAAAUCUACAUAGGCGUACAGAGGCCCAUUAUCAGCAACCAUCAGUCCUGUGUUCCAAUGGCACGUUGUGUUUUCUAAUCCAAGUUUAUCAUUUUAUAAGGCUAAUUGAUCAUUAGAAAACCCUUUUGCAAUUAUGUUAGCACAGCUGAAAACUGUUGUGCUGAUUAAAGAAGCAAUAAAACUGGCCUUCUUGAGACUAGUUGAGUAUCUGGAGCAUCAGUAAUUGUGGGUUCGAUUACAGGCUCAAAAUGGCCAGAAACAAAUAACUUUCUUCUGAAACUCAUGAGUGUAAUCUUAUUCUGAGAAAUGAAGGCUAUUCCAUGCGAGAAAUUGCCAAGAAACUGAAGAUCUCGUACAACACUGUGUACUACUCCCUUCACAGAACAGCGCAAACUGGCUCUAACCAGAAUAGAAAGAGGAGUGGAAGGCCCCGGUGCACAACUGAGCAAGAGGACAAAUACAUUAGUGUCUAGUUUGAGAAACAGACUCCUCACAGAUCCUCAACUGGCAGCUUCAUUAAAUAGUACCCGCAAAACACCAGUCUCAACGUCAACAGUGAAGAGGCGACUCCGGGAUGCUGACCUUCUAGGCAGAGUUGCAAAGAAAAAGCCAUAUCUCAUAUCUUAAUCUUUUCUUUUUAUUGGCCAGUCUGAGAUAUGGCUUUUUCUUUGCAAGCAUUUUUCCUAUUUUGUUGCCUUACAACGUGGAAUUAAAAUUGAUAUUUUUUGGGGGGUUUGUAUCAUUUGAUUUACACAACAUGCCUACCACGUUGAAGAUGCAAAAUAUUUUUUGGGGUGAAACAAACAAGAAAUAAGACAAAAAAACAGAGCUUGAAGCGUGCAUAACUAUUCACCCCCCCCCCCCCCCCCCCCCCCCCCCCCCCCCAAAGUCAACACUUUGUAGAGCCUCCUUUUGCAGCAAUUAGAGCUGCAAGUCUCUUGGGGUAUGUCUCUAUAAGCUUGGCACAUCUAGCCACUGGGAUUUUUACCCAUUCUUCAAGGCAAAACUGCUCCAGCUCCUUCAAGUUGGAUGGGUUCUGCUGGUGUACAGCAAUCUUUAAGUCAUACCACAUUUCGAUUCUCAAUUGGAUUGAGGUCUGGGCUUUGACUAGGCCAUUCCAAGACAUUUAAAUGUUUCCCCUUAAACCACUCAAGUGUUGCUUUAGCAGUAUGCUUAGGGUCAUUGUCCUGCUGGAAGGUGAACCUCCGUCCCAGUCUCAAAUAUCUGGAAAACUGAAACCGGUUUCCCUCAAGAAUUUCCCUGUGUUUAGCGCCAUCCAUCAUUCCUUCAAUUCAGACCACUUUCCCAAUCCCUGCCAAUGAAAAACAUCCCCACAGCAUGAUGCUGCCACCAUCAUGCUUCACUGUGGAGAUGGUGUUCUCGGGGUGAUGAGAGGUGUUGGGUUUGCGCCAGAAAUGGUGUUUUCCUUGAUGGCCAAAAAGCUCAACUUUAGUCUCAUCUGACCAGAGUACCUUAUUCCAUUUGUUUGGGGAGUCUCCCACGUGUUUGCUUAUUGUUUUGCUUUCUUUAAGCAAUGUAUUUUUUCUGGCCACUCUUCCGUAAAGCCCAGCUCUGUGGAGUGUACGGCUUAAAGUGGUCCUAUGGACAGAUACUCCAAUCUCCGCUGUGGAGCUUUGCAGCUCCUUCAGGGUUAUGUUUGGUCUCUUUGUUGACUCUGAUUAAUGCCCUCCUUACCUGGUCUGUGAGUUUUGGUGGGCGACCCUCUCUUGGCAGGUUUGUUGUGGUGCCAUAUUCUUUCUAUUUUUUAAAAAUGGAUUUAAUGGUGCUCCGUGGGAUGUUCAAAGUUUCUGAUAUUUCUUUAUAACCCAACCCUAAUCUGUACUUCUCCACAACUUUGUCCCUGACCUGUUUGGAGAGCUCCUUGGUCUUCAUGGUGCCACUUGCUUGGUGGUGCCCCUUGCUUAGUGGUGUUGCAGACUCUGGGGCCUUUCAGAACAGGUGUGUGUAUAUAUACUGAUAUCAUGUGGCACUUAGAUUGCACACAGUGGACUUUAUUUAACUAAUUAUGUGACUUCUGAAGGUAAUUGGUUGCACCAGAUCUUAUUUAGGGGCUUCAUAGCAAAGGGGGUGAAUACAUAUGCACGCGCUACUUUUCCAUUCUUAAUUUUUUUAGACUUUUUUUGAAACAAGUUAUUUUUUUGGUUUCACUUCACCAAUUUGGACUAUUUUGUGUAUGUCCAUUACAUGAAAUCCAAAUAACAAUCAAUUUAAAUUACAGGUUGUAAUGCAACAAAAUAGGAAAAACGCCAAGGGGGAUGAAUACUUUUGCAAGGCACUGUAGAGUUUAAUGGCUGUGAUAGGAGAAAACAGGAUGGAUCAACAACAUUGUAGUUACUCCACAAUACUAACCUAAUUGACAGAGUGAAAAGAAGGAAGCCUGUACAGAAUAAAACUCUUCCAAAACAUGUAUCCUGUUUGCAACAAGACACUAAAGUAAUACUGCACAACAAUGUGGCAAAGCAAUUAACUUAUUGUCCUGAAUACAAAGCGUUAUGUUUGGGGCUAAUGCAAUACAUUACGGAGUACCACUCUCCAUGUUUUCAAUCACAGUGGUGGCUGCAUCAUGUUAUGGGUAUACCAGGAUAAAAAAUGUAUGGAAUGGAGCUAAGCAUAGGCAAAAUCCAUGAGGAAAACCUGGUUCAGUCUGCUUUCCAGCAGACACUGGGAGAUGAAUUCACCUUUCUGCAGGACAUUAACCUUAAACUCAAGUCCAAAUCUACACUGGAGUUGUUUACCAAGAAGACGGUAUAGGUUCCUGAGUGGCCGAGUUACCGUUUUGACUUAAAUCUACUUGAAAAUCUAUGGCAAGACCUGAAAAUGGUUGUUGAUCAACAACCAAUUUGAAGGAAUUUUGAAAAGAAUAAUGGGCAAAUGUUGCACAAUCCAGGUGUGGAAAGCUCCUAGAGACUCACCCAGAAAGACUCACAGCUUUAAUCGCUGCCAAAGGUGCGUCUUUAAAGUAUUGACUCGGGUGUGAGUACUAAUGUAAAUGAGAUUUCUGUAUUUCAUUUUCAAUACAUUUGAAAAUGUUUCUGAAAACAUGUUUUCACUUUGUCAUUAUGGGGUAUUGUGUGUAGAUGAGUGAUAGAGAGAAAAAUCCAUCCAUUUUAAAUUCAGGCUAUAACACAACAAAAUGUGAAGUAAGUCAGUGUUUGAAUACUUUCUGAAGGCACUGUAUUUUUCUUAGGUUUUGCCACAAUAAAUUAUAUUGAAAAAGUGUUUUAAUGAUGAUUACUAAUCUACUACCUUCUCUGAAAAUCUCACCCCCAAUAAUUAAUUGAUAGGUAUGAAACCCUACCAAUCCUGUGACCCACAAACAUCAAUUUUCUUUCUCAAUAUGGUAGUGUUAUCUGGUAGGGCAUUGAACUGUCGACUUGAAAAUGCAAACUGGAGUUUUGCAUAAAGAUUUGGCCAUAGAUUACAUUCACGUAAAAAUAAUAUCGCCAAUAUAUUAUUAAUUAAUCAUUCUCAUUAUCAAAUUAGAUUAUUUUUUGGCAGCUAUAUAUAUCCAUAAAUUGCACACUGAAUAUGCAAUAAUAAUAAUAAAAUGUAGCUCCGGCAAUAUGGGUCAUAUUUAAACGGUUUGGUCUAGAGCAAGGGACUCCAACUAUUUCUUUAAUAAGAGCUACUUCAUACAAAAAAUCAUUUUUGCGAGCUAUUCAUAUACAGCCUGCAUAUUUUGUUAUUGUGUAAGUCUAAUUUGAUGAAUAGAAACAAAGAACAGCACCGCAUACAUAAUGUGAUUGCGUUUUGGUUCUUAAAACCACACACCAUUCUACUGUAGCCUACCUUGAGAAUCGUGCCUUUUUAAGAUGAGAGAAAAUAAAAGGGUUUACAUUUGUACAGAUCUGUAGCCUGCCAUUACAGGACUAGGCUACUAUCAAUUAUUUUUGUCAUUCUGUUUAAUAGUGGCUUUUUAAACAACACACCACAGUGAGUAGGCUACAUAUUUGACAACAAAUCGUGAAGAAAUUGAAUAAUCAUGAUGAAGAAACAGAAUAAUCAAACUAUGAGGAAAAUCAAAAGUGUAGUCUCAGCAAGCACACUACUUGACCGUUCCGCUUUUUGAACUAAAACAUUUUCACAAUGUGAUUUAACCGAUUGAUGUCGAGCAAAUAGAUGGAAACAAUUACAGAAUGGUGUUAAAUGCCUGUAAACGACUUGGGAAGAAAAAUUAUUUCACAUAUUUAAUUAGGGGUGUAAUGGUUCACCAAACCCACGGUUCGGUAUGUAUUGAUCAUGAGUCAUAUAAUGCCUGAUGAGAGCAGAAUCAGGAAUACCAAGACUUUUGUAUUUUCUUAAAUGAAAACACAUGAUUACUCAACAACAACACUAAAAUAAAGUGCAAUAUGCAUGUGAAAUCAAUAUGGAAACAUGGCUCAGUCAUUGUAUAGGCCUAUGCUAUAACAUUUUCUCACAAAGAGAAAAAUAUGCGCUUUUGUGUGACUCAUAAAGGAGGCAUGUCUGGUAGGCUACUUCUCAUUUCCCACUCAGGGGUAAUGUGAUGGGCUGUCACUGUUAAGUAGCUCUCUGUAGCCCUGGAGGUUCAUCCAUCUGUAGGAAGCGCAACACAGGAUGCAUUGGCCAAUUCAUUGACUUCAGUUUUAGCUUGCUUAUAUAGAGCGGUUACUACCUGUUUGCUGAAAUGGGUGUGAGAGGGCGAAGUUCGUAACGUGGCUCCAGCACUUUCACGAGGUGCUGAAACCCCCUAUUCUUCGCAACCACCGAGAAUGGGCGCAUAUCUGCGGUUAUAAACAUUCCUACCGCAGAGGGAGACGUUGUUGUUUUUUGUGUUUCCGUCUUGCUCCCGUGGUAGGAAUACUGGGGUGAUGUCGGUGUAAAUGUGUCAAUAUGUUUGAGGUGUUGGCAGCUGCAUAGGCUUUUCUCAUUGAGCAGUGGUGACACUCUCUCUAUCACAGUUGUAAUCUACUGGGAAUCCAGAAUGUUCCCAAACUGGAGAUUUAAACGAUGAUGGAGAAUCCUCCUGGUUUAACAACCCCACCACUCGCCAUCGUACAGAACUAGUUCCCGGCUGCGCCUCACAAAAGGACAGUUUGAAAUGCGGCAAUUAAGAAUAUAAUUUUGAUUACAACGUGCGCAUAGGCUCUAGUUGUUUAACGGAAUAGCCUGAAAUGUUUUUUACAGCUCAGAUUUACUUAAAAGGCAUACAACGCAGCGUAGGCAUAGCCUAUAGGCCUAGUGUUUUUCAUAUUUAUUCAUGUAUUCAUUCGAGUUCACAGUGCAAACCGAGGUCCCCGUACCGAACAGUUCGAUACAAUAUGUGUACCGUUACUCCCCUAGAUUUAAUAAUGUAAUAUUAGGCCUACUGAUUAUUUCUCAGUAUCUACUUGCGAGCUACUCAUUGACAGCCCACGAGCUACCGAACUUGCAGUUUUCUGCAAAGGUGCAACCUUUGGUAGGCAGACGGAAGAUAAGGUCACUCAGUCCAGAGGCUGCGAUACAGCGAAGCCGAAUCAGACAUGCCCGUUCUCAUGGCCUUAAUGGCCAUGUACUCUUAUCUCCACCCGGCACAGCCAGAAGAGGACUGGCCACCCCUGUCUGGUUCCUCUCUAGGUUUCUGCCUUUCUAGAGUUUUUCCUAGCCACCGUGCUUCUACAUCUGCAUUGCUUGCUGUGUGGGGUUUUAGGCUGGGUUUCUGUAUAGCACUUUGUGACAUCUGCUGAUGUAAAAAGGGCUUUAUAAUUUUUAUUUUAUUUUUAUUUGGUUCUUACAGGCGAAGUGAAAUUAUACAAUGAAUUUACAUGUGGUGCACGCCGCUCAAAUUAUAUUUAACAACACCCUGAGUGCAUCGGACAUGAAACAACGAUACAAAUGUAACAAAAGCACAACAAAAUAAAUCAACCUUUUUAUUUUUUUUAUUUUUUCUUUAACCUUUAUUUAACUUUAUUUUGCAGGUGCUUUUUCAUUUUAAACACCAGUGGUCUAACUAGCACUUUCUAUUAGCUGCACUGAACCAAAACAGUGUGUCGCGGGAGCGAAGCAAAACUUUAGUGGUCAAAACCAUUCAUCGAUGGGGGGUGGUGGUGCAAAAUGCAAUCUUAAUUCUAAAAUGUUUGAAUACAGACUAGUUCAAAACAUUACUAAUCAUUGAAAAUUACAAAUGGAUAAUUUUCUAGUAAUAAAGUGGGGUUGCAAAAAAAAAAACUAUUUUGAAAGUGGUGGUGCAGCUGCUCUGUUUGCGCCAUUGGUCAGGCGCCUAUGGGUGCACCAUCCGCCAACCAACUUAGCUACCACUGUACUGAUCAAUGUGAGCGCAUGAUCUCACCCUUGACCCGGAGUGUUUCCCCAUUUAUCUAUCAGGUGUUGGAGUCUGAAGUUCAAGCAGUCGGACCACCAGUUCCUGCACCAGAGCAACGUGUUCCACCACAUCAACAACAUCCUGUCCAAGUCGGACGACGGCGACAGCGAGGAGAGCUUCAACAUCAGUGUGCAGUCUGGCUACGAGGCCAUGAGCCAGGUGAGACAGAAUCCCAUAGGAGAGCCAUACCCAUAGGGCCGUUUUCCCGGACCCAUAUUAAGCCUAGUACUGGACUAAGAAGUUAUUUAAAUGGAAAAUAUCCAUUGAAAAUUAUUUUUAAACCAGGACUAGAUCUGGGAAACUGGCCCUUGAAGUUUUGUGGUGGCUAGCUCGACCUUAUGAAAGCGGGUAGAGAAGAGACUAGGUGAGUCAGGUACCACAGAUGCUGUCUGAGACCCAAGUGCAGACCAACACAACAGUCCAACUGAUACCUGAGUCGUGUUCAUUAGGGAAUGCAACAGAAUUAUUUUUAAAACUUUUCUUAUUUGUUAAGUCCAGGUAUUCCCUCCUUUUUUCAGUCUGCUUUCUUCCGUUAAGUGCCUAAAGAACAUGACCCUGGACCUUCUUUAUUGAUGAAAUUAUUACUUUUAUAUUGGACUAGGUUUAGGAGUAACAACAUUGUAAUUUUUUUUAUGUUAUCCUCAAUUAUUUUAAAUGUGUUGUAUCCACUUGUGUGGCUGAAAUGUUCAUUUCUAAAUUGUCCAAUAAAUCUUAUUUAUCUAUAUAGCUGGGAGGUGUUGAACAUCAUUUGACCUUCCAGGAGAUGUGCCUGGUGACCUGUCUGAAGGACCUGACCAGCUUGGUGGACAUCAAGACGUCCAGCCGUCCGGCCAUGAUUGGCAGCCUAACGGACGGCUCCACCGAGACCUUUUGGGAGUCGGGCGAUGAGGACAAGAACAAGACCAAGAGCAUCACCGUCAGCUGCGUCAAGGGCAUCAACGCCUCCUACGUCACCGUGCACGUGGACAACUCCCGCGACAUCGGGGUGAGUAGGGAGGGGUUGGAGGGACAUAAUACUCCAAAAUCUAAUUAGUCAGAUGCCACAAUCUAAGAUUAAUGGAAAAACUGGCUGUGUUCAUUGAUAUUAAAGCCGCUCUUCGCUGUCUAACUCCACAGAACAAAGUCACCUCCAUGACGUUCCUGUGUGGCAAAGCCGUGGAGGACCUCUGCAGAAUCAAACAGGUUUGGCCUCUUAUUUUUAAUUUUAAAAAAUACAUUAAAAAAAUUCCGCAAAUUAUGAAAGUGAAGGAGAGUGAUUCAUUGAAUGGGACACAGACAUAGGAGCAGUUUGAUUCAUAUCCACGCUAACACACACUGAAUAUGUAUAUGUAUUUAUUAUGGAUCUCUUCCUGGGCUCCAGCGAAAUUAAGGCAGUUCUACAAUUUUUAAAACAUUACAAUACAUUCAUAACAGAUUUCACAACACAUUAACACAUAUGUGCUGCAGGCCAUGGCCUUACCGCCAGACCAGCCCCAAGCAUCUGAGUGGGUAGGUUGUGUGAAUAAGGAAAGGACUCAAUUAAUCACCCUAAGAUGUGCCUCUGGUUAAAAGUAGGUCACUACAUGUAUUGCACUACUAUUUGGGAAGUGAAGUGAGAUACAGCCUAAUAUAGCUAACUACUAUACUACAGGAUAUGGCAAACUUACAGCAAUUGAAGCCCUUCUGUACAAUGUGUAUUGUAAUUUACUGUAUGUAAAUAACAUCUGUUUUAAAAAGAAGGAACAAAGGGAAAGCGGUACUAAACAUUUUGGUUCACCUCGGCGUCAACACAACCUUCACUCACCAAUCCCUUCCUUCUCCCCACCUCUCUCCAGAUCGACCUCGACUCGCGUCACAUGGGCUGGGUGACCAGCGAGGUUCCUGGGGGAGACCACCAUGUGAUCAAGGUGGAGCUGAAGGGGCCCGAGAACACGCUGCGGGUGCGCCAAGUCAAGGUGUUGGGCUGGAAGGAGGGCGAGAGCAUUAAGAUCGCGGGGCAGAUCUCGGCCAGCGUGGCCCAACAGAAGAACUGCGAGGCCGAGACGCUCCGCGUGUUCCGCCUCAUCACCUCACAGGUCGGUUCACCUGACAAUCAAUUGCACUAUGGGGUCAAAAUGUUAAUGUUUUCUUUCACUUUAGAUCUAAGUGUGUUGUGUGUGUAGGUGUUUGGGAAGCUGAUCUGCGGAGAUGCUGAGCCCACCCCUGAACAGGAGGAGAAGAACCUGCUGUCAUCACCAGAGGGAGAGGACAAGGUAAGGGGUCAUACUGUAUACCAGGGAUUCCCAACCUUUUUCACCCACCCCCCUAUUUCACACUUGAAUUGUUUUUGCAAAUAAAGACAAAAAACAACAUUGGAUAUGAUAAAUAUUGUUGUUUAUGUGUUAUUGUUUACCUGUCAUCAGGCGCCUUCAGAUGCAGACCUGAAGGAACACAUGGUGGGCAUAAUUUUCAGCCGGAGCAAGCUGACCAACCUGCAGAAACAGGUCAGCAGUCUCUUACCUCACAACCUAUGGAAUACCUGGCCAAUAAAGUGCAAUUAACUACAAUAUACAAUAAUCCUCUGUAGCAGGCUUUGAGGGACCGGGUUCAAGCCCCUGACUCUGCUUACCCUCUUCAUGUUAUCUUCACACUUGAAAUUGACUUCAUAUCCCUCUCUCGCUUUCCUCUCCCUUCCCCCUUCCAGGUGUGCGCCCACAUCGUCCAGGCCAUUCGCAUGGAGGCGACCCGGGUGCGUGAGGAAUGGGAGCACGCUAUCUCCAGCAAGGAAAACGCCAACUCGCAGCCCAGCGACGACGACGCCUCCUCGGACGCCUACUGCUUCGAGUUGCUCUCCAUGGUGCUGGCGCUGAGCGGCUCCAACGUGGGCCGCCAAUACCUGGCCCAGCAGCUGACACUGAUGCAGGACCUGUUCUCGCUGCUGCACACGGCCUCGCCGCGUGUCCAGAGACAGGUGGGCAGGGUUAAUUUCGUCGACAAAGUAUUCGUCAAAUACCUAUUUUUCAGUGGCAAUUGACGAGACUAUAACUGACUAAAUAGACCCAGCAAAAAAUACUUUUCAUUUCUGUUGAUUAAAACGAGACGAUACGAAAUUAUCUCUGUGACUAAAAUCGGACUACUAAGUGGACUGGACAAGAGUUUUUGAGAGAUGGAGGGCAUUUCAGUGUUAAGCAUAAUGAAUAUUAGCAGCACAGAUGUGCAGCACAGUUCUGUUCAGCAGUGGGAAGGACGCGCCACACCCGGCACACGCAGCCUAGCCUACAUCAGCUGGUGAGCUGCCUGGGAGCAAGCGAUGAGUGUGGGCAGACAGGCUCCGCUCCGGCUCCGCUUCCGAUUAUACACAUCGCGCAGGAGACUUUCUUGCUUCCCCAUAGCUAACCAGUCACCACCAGCCUUCUAGUUAUAUACCCUUUGCCUGGUUAAGAAAAACAAGCUACUUUACGAAAUGAAAAACAACGGCAGCAUUACGUUUAAUAGUAAAACAAUAGUCUAGCAAUGUUUUCUCACCGUUGAGUAUAGAAACGUUUUUGAUUUUGUAGUCUCACUCAACCCUCGCACUUUCACCACUGCAUUUCAUUGCUAGGUUCUGUAGCCGACGUACUAGCCAAGUCUCCCUCUUUUCCUCAGAGAAAACAGCUUGAUUCUAUCCAUUGCCAUUCAAAAGAUAUACCGUAUUGGUCCGAAUAUAAGACGGCCUUUUUUCCCCUCGAAAUAGGUCCAAAAAAGUCGGGUCGUCUUAUAUUCGGGGUCUAGUAUUCAGAGCGCAGUUUCUCUUCUUCGGCGCUCCCUUUAAAUGUCAAUACACAUUCGCGGGCACAGAUGGCGCCAAAAAUUCGUUCCGGACGGAGGGAAGAGGCGUCCUUAACAACCAGCCCGUUACCGGUGUUUAAAGAUGGAAAGACAGGCUGACCAUUUAGAGACAAGUGGCUCAAAAGUGGGCCAGGUCAAUAAACAACAGCGGAGGAGCUAUGAUGCCAAUUUCAAAAUAAUGGUUGUCAAUAAGGCAGAGUCAUCUAACAACUGCCAAGCUGCCAAGACAUUCGGGGUCACUGAGUGUAAUGUAAGAAGAUGGCGAGCAGAAAAACAACGUCUAAAAGAUGCUAACAGUCAGCGAAAAUCCUUCCGUGGUCCUCAAAGUGGUCGUUUCAUUGAGGUUGACCGGAGGGUUUUUGAAUAUGUCAGGGAAAAAAGAAGUGAGGGAAUGCCCAUUACCAGAGCUGUCAUCCAGGUUAAGGCCCUGGAAAUCGCCAGAGAGCUCAACAUCACUGGAUUUAAAGCCAGCCUCGGCUGGUGUCGUAGGAUGAUGCGGCGUAAUGGACUGUCACUUAGACGGAGAACGAGUUUGGCCCAACGCCUGCCGUCAGACUUCGGAGAGAAGCUGCUUUCGUUUCAGCGCUUUGUUAUCAACCUGAGGAAGAAGCACUCCUACCCGCUGGAUCAGAUCGGCAAUGCUGAUCAGACACCCGUUUAUUUCGACAUGCCAACAUCGGUGACUGUCAAUAGAAAGGGAGAAAAGUCUGUGUUGGUGAAAUCAACGGGCAACGAGAAGAGCCGCGUCACUGUCAUGUUGACAUGUCUCGCUGGUGGCAGCAAACUCCCCCCGUAUGUCAUUCUUAAGCGUAAGACUGUGCCAAAGGACCCAAUGCCAGCUGGCAUUAUUGUGCGCGCCCAGGAGAAGGGCUGGAUGGAGUCGGGGCUUGUAGUGGACUGGCUAAAGGUUGUGUGGGGCGCACGCUACGGGGGACUGAGGAAGAGGAGGAACAUGCUCGUUCUGGAUGCGUUCCGCGGACAUCUGACUGAGCCCGUGAAAAGUCAGGUGCGAGCAAUGAACGGGGAUCUUGUGAUCAUACCAGGGGGAAUGACAAGCCAGCUACAGGUGUUGGACGUAGUUGUGAACAAGCCUUUCAAGGAUAACCUGCGAAAAAAAUACACAGAGUGGCUCCUGUCUGGCAACCACGCACUCACACCGACCGGGAAAAUACAGAAGCCGUCAGUCCGUCUACUGUGUGAAUGGAUCCUGCAUGCAUGGGAUGCUAUUCCCUCACAGAGCAUCAUCGAUGGCUUUAAAAAAUGUUGCAUCUCAAAUGCAUUGGACGGCAGCGAGGACGACGUGCUUUGGGAGGAGCCGGUGGAAGCGGAGCAGCUGGGGAGCGAUGACAGCGAGAGCGAACACAGCGGGGCAGAGGACGUGUGUGAGGGAUAGAGAGACAUCGGAGGAGAAGUUUGGCGAAUUUUUGUUAAGUUUAGUUAAAUGUGUGGCCUGUAUUUUCUCUGUUAUUUAAAAAUGUUGCUUUAUUAUUGCUUGAUAUUAAUUUUGAAUCAUACUGUACAUAGUUUGCCUUUGUGUUUAAUUCACUGUGUUUUUAAUAUUGUUAUUUUAAAAUAAAAUGAAGUUCUUUGUUCGGCAAAUCUAGUCUGCAAAUCUGUUUUUCUAAAUGUUUGUGUUGAAAAACGGGGGGUCGUCUUAUAAUCAGGGUCGUCUUAUAUUCGGACCAAUACGGUAAUACCGGCGCUAUGUUUUUUUAUUUCUAUUGUUCAUUGGCAGGCCGGACUUUACAUUCAUAAAGUAAAUCGCGGGCCGUUCUAAAACUAGACUAUUAGACUACUUGCGGACCGGACCGUUAACCAUUUGUUUAGGGGUACACCUUGUUCAGUCACGUUACCUCAUUAGCUAGCUAUAGCUAACAACCUGGGGCGUGUUCAGCAGGAUGCAGCGUUUAUGAACAUUCAGAUAUAAAUAUGUUAGGUAGAAGAAACAUGCCUCUAAAGGCGUCAGCAUGCUUCUGUUCAGCCGGCUCCUAGCGAACCGGACGAGUCCCUUAAAAUAAUUUCGCUUGGAAAACUAGAAAAAGCUGCAAUAGUGCUGUUUGUCCAUAUUGAGACUUCCUCAAAAGAGUCAGAAUUAAUCAAAGAUAACUCAAGAAAUCUGUCAUUAGUUUUGAUUUUUUUGCCGAGGAGAUCUUAGUCGCACAAUUUUACAUCUAACUGAGAUGUUUGGUGCAGUAUGAAAACUAGUCGUCUUUCGUUGAACGACAACAAACACUUAAUUGAAGAAUUCCUACUGUUGACCAAUCACCGACAAAGGGGCGUGGACUUCGGCUACUGACUUAGGCUUGCCUUCAGAAAAGAUGUGUGCACGAACAGCCGAAAAAAAUCCUUGCCGAAGACCAAAACGAACAAAAACGUCACAAAUGUUGUCAUAAUACAGUGCAUUCGGAACGUAUUCAGGCCUCUUGACUUUUUCCACAUUUGUUUAGUUACAGCCUUAUUCUAAAAUUGAUUAAAUAUUUUUUUCCCCUCAUCAAUCUACAGACAAUACCCCAUAAUGACAAAGCAAAAACAUGUUUUUAGAAAUGUUUGCAAAUAUAUUAAAUAAAAAACGGAAAUAUUACAUUUACAUAAGUAUUCAGACCCUUUACUCAGUACUUUGGCAGCAAUUACAGCCUCGAGUAUUCUUGGGAAUGAAGCUACAAGCUUGGCACACCUGUAUUUGGGGAGUUUCUCCCUUUCUUCUCUGCAGAUCCUCUCAAGCUCUGUCAGGUUGGAUGGGGAGCGUCUCUGCACAGCUAUUUUCAGGUCUCUCCAGAGAUGUUAGAUCGGGUUCAAGUCCGGGCUCUGGCUGGGCCACUCAAGGACAUUCAGAGACUUGUCCCGAAGCCACUCCUGCAUUGUCUUGGCUGUGUGCUUAGGGUCGUUGUCCUGUUGGAAGGUGAACCUUCGCCCCAGUCUGAGGUUCUGAGCACUCCGGAGCAGGUUUUCAUCAAGGAUCUCUCUGUACUUUGCUCCGUUAAUCUUUCCCUCGAUCUUGACUAGUCUUCCAGUCCCUGCCGCUGAAAAACAUCCCUACAGCAUGAUGCUGCCACCACCAUGCUUCACCGUAGGGAUGGUGCCAGGUUUCCUCCAGAUGUGACGCUUGGCAUUCAGGCCAAAGAGUUCAAUCUUGGUUUCAUCAGACCAGAGAGUCUUGUUUCUCAUGGUCUGAGAGUCCUUUAGGUGCCUUUUGGCAAACUCCAAGCAGGCUGUCAUGUGCCUUUUACUGAGCAGUGGCUUCCGUCCGGCCACUCUACCAUAAAGGCCUGAUUGGAGGAGUGCUGCAGAGAUGGUUGUCCUUCUGAAAGGUUCUCCCAUCUCCACAGAGGAACUCUGGAGCUCUGUCAGAGUGACCAUCAGGUUUUUGGUCACCUCCUUUACCAAGACCCUUCUCCCCCGACUGCUCAGUUUAGCCGGGCGGCCAGCUCUAGGAAGAGUCUUGGUGGUUCCAAACUUCUUCCAUUUAAGAAUGAUGGAGGCCACUGUGAUCUUGGGGACCUUCAAUUUUGCAGACAUUUUUUGGUACCCUUCCGCAGAUACAGUGCCAGUCAAACGUUUGGACACACCUACUCAUUCAAGGGUUUUUCUUAAUUUUUUACUAUUUUCUACAUUGUAGAAUAAUAAUGAAGACAUCAAAACAAUGAAAUAACACAUAUGGAAUAAUGUAGUAACCAAAAAAGUGUUAAACAAAUCAAAAUAUAUUUCAAAUAGCCACCCUUUGCCUUGAUGACAGCUUUGCACAAUCUUGGCAUUCUCUCAACCAGCUUCACCUGGAAUGCUUUUCCAACAGUCUUGAAGGAGUUCCCACAUAUGCUUACAUUUACAUUUUAGUCAUUUAGCAGAUACUUUUAUCCAGAGCGACUUACAGUUAGUGAGUGCAUACAUUAUUUUUUUAUUUUUUCAUACUUGCCCCCCGUGGGAAUCGAACCCACAACCCUGGCGUUGCAAACGCCAUGCUCUACCAACUCCCUCCCCUACCUUGGACGACACUGGGCCAAUUGUGCGCCGCCCCAUGGGUCUCCCGGUCGCGGCCGGCUAUGACAGAGCCUGGAUUCGAACCAGGUUCUCUAGUGGCACAGCUAGCACUGCGAUGCAGUGCCUUAGACCACUGCGCCACUCGGGAGAGUGGCUGCUUUUCCUUCACUCUGCCAUCCGACUCAUCCCAAACCAUCUCAAUUGGGGUUGAGAUUGGGGGAUUGUGGAGUCCAGGUCAUCUGAUGCAGUACACCAUCACUCUCCUUCUUGGUAAAAUAGCCCUUACACAGCCUGGAGGUGUGUUGAGUCAUUGUCCAGUUGAAAAACAAAUUAUAGUACCACUAAGCCCAAACCAUAAGGGAUGGCGUAUCGCUGCAGAAUGCUUACGUAGCCAUGCUGGUUAUUGUUAUCUACACAAUAUCCCAUAAUGACAAAGCAAAAACUUGAUUGGAGUCCACUUGUGGGAAAUUCAAUUGAUUGGACAUGAUUUGGAAAGUGCAUGUCAGAGCAAAAACCAAGCCAUGAGGUCGAAGCAAUUGUCCGUAGAGCUCUGAGACUGGAUUGUGUCGAGGCACAGAUCUGGGGAAGGGUACCAAAAAAUGUCUGCGGCAUUGAAGGUCCCGAAGAACACAUUGGGUCUAUCGUUCUUAAAUGGAAGAAGUUUGGAACCACCAAGACUCUUCCUAGAGCUGGCCGCCCGGCUAAACUGAACAAUCAGAGGGGAAGGGCCUUUGUCAGGGAGGUGACCAAGAACCUGAUAGUCACUCUGACAGAGCUCCAGAGUUCCUCUGUGGAGAUGCGAGAACCUUCCAAAAGGACAACCAUCUCUGUAGCACUCCACCAAUCAGUCUUUUAUGGUAGAGUUGCCAGACGGAAGCCACUCCUCAGUAAAAGGCACAUGAAAGCCCGCUUGGAGUUUGCCAAAAGACACCUUAAGACUCUCAGACCAUGAGAAACAAAAUUCUCUGGUCUGAUGAAACCUAGAUUGAACUCCUGAAUGCCGAGCGUCACGUCUGUCCAUUGAAGAAUAAGGCUGUAACAUAACAAAAUGUGGAAAAAGUGAAGAGGUCUGAAUACUUUCCGAAUGCACUGUAUACACCUGGCACACCUACUCAAUGACGAACCAUGUGGUGCUGGUCCAGUCUGGUUUCCUGAAUCAUGACAAUCUUAAGAGGAGCUGAACUCAAAAACGUAUCUGGUUCAAAACAGCCUAUGUGGCAUCAGUAUUAGUCAUAAACAAUUGUAUUAGUUGCAAAGUUGGUAGAACUUUGGUCAUGAAGUCAGUAUAUUCCAAAACUGAUAUUAGUGAGAUUUAAAGAUUCUAGGGGUACAUAAGAGUUUUCUUGGAUUUAGAUUUCAUCCUGCCCACAUGUCCAUGGCUGGCAGCCCCCGAAUAACCAACCUUCAGCCUGCCCUUUUUCUUUACAGACAGCAGAGCUAACCAAUUGAGGCAUUAGCACACAGCAUCUCGGGGCUCGUUUGAUUUACGUAAUUUGAGACAACGAACUAGAGGAUCUCUAUGAAAGCACCAUUCUAUCGGACAACUGCAUUAAAAAUGGGUCCAAUUUAAUUCAAAUUCAUAAAAUAAACCACUGAUUUGAUCCAUGUCGUCUUCUAAAGCAGCGAACAUCGUCGCCAAUGUUAUGUUAAAAGAACGUCACUUUUUUUCCCCCAACUCAAACAUCCUCACAUUCAUGAUGUUAAAAGAACGUCACUUUUUUUUUAUUUUACUCAAACAUCCUCACAUUCAUGAGCUAACGUUAACAUCACAAACAACUGUCAUUAAAGAUACGGAAAUGCUCAGAGCUUGCGAUUCUUGACCAAUCAAAUGUGCAUUGUCAUGCGGCGUCACCCGUUUGCUAAGCCAUUGUUCACGCGUACGGUGGCUGUUUGGGAUAUUUGAAGUCAAGAGGAACACACAACGGUAGGCUAUUAGUGAACAUAACACACUCACAACUCUUUUUGCUUCAGUAAUGGUGAAAAAAAACGAGGCUAAAUCAGUGAGUUCAACCCCCCUUUAACAUCAGCAAAGCCAAAAGAGAAUCUCUGCAUGAUGUACAGUAUUAUCACUCCAACCAUUUGAUAACAUUGACCACAUGGCUAUCCAUUCUCACCCUUCACCUGUCCCCUCUCUCCCAGGUGACCUCUCUCCUCCGUCGCGUCCUCCCCGAGGUGACGCCCGUGCGCCUGGCCAGCAUCAUCGGUGUCAAGGCCCUGCCGCCUGCCGAUAUCAGUGACAUCAUCCACUCGACCGAGAAGGGUGACUGGAACAAGCUUGGCAUCCUGGACAUGUUCCUAGGCUGCAUCGCCAAGGCGCUCACCGUGCAGCUCAAGGCCAAGGGGACCACAAUUUCCGGCACGGCGGGCAUGGCGGCAGGCAAAGGCGUUACCACUGUCACGCUGCCCAUGAUCUUCAACUCCAGGUGAGACUACAACUUUGAGAUGUACUCGGGUGAGGGUGGUGUCCCAAAACUAAGUCAAGAUGUUUUGCGGUGGUGUGCCCUAACGACCCUGGUACUGUAAAUGUAGCCCACCUGGAUGGGUUAUCUCUCAAAAACAAUACAUGACUUCGUCGACAAACAUUUUUGAGAUAUUCUCAAACCAAUUCUCAUUUGUGGUUGUUUGUAUAUUGUUUUAUCAGAUGUGAUUUCUCCUGAUUCAACAAAAAUUCCUGAUUUUUCAAUCAAAUCUCAGUCAAAUGUAUUUAUCAAAUCAAAUUGUAUUUGUCACAUGCGCCGAAUACAACAGGUGUAGACCUUACAGUGAAAUGCUUACUUACAAGCCCUUAACCAAGAAUGCAGAUUUAAGAAAGAAUACCCCCAAAAAAUAAGAAAUAAAAGUAACAGAUAAUUAAAGAGCAGCAGUAAAAUAACAAUAGUAAGAUAACAAUAGCGAGGCUAUAUACAGGGGGGUACCAGCACAGAGUCAAUGUGCGGGGGCACCGGUUAGUCGAGGUAAUGGAGGUAAUAUGUACAUGUAGGUAGAGUUAUUAAAGUGACUAUGCAUAGAUAAUAAACAGAGUAGCAGCAGCGUAAAGUGGGAGGGGGGGGGGGGGGGGGGGGGGGGGCAAUGCAAAUAUAAUAUAAUAAUAUAUAAUAUGCCAUUUAGCAGACGCUUUUAUCCAAAGCGACUUACAGUCAUGCGUGCAUACAUUUUUGUGUAUGGGUGGUCCCGGGGAUCGAACCCACUACCUUGGCGUUACAUAGCUGUUCAGGAGUCUUAUGGCUUGGGAGUAGAAGCUGUUUGGAAGCCUCUUGGACCUAGACUUGGCGCUCCGGUACCGCUUGCCGUGCGGUAGCAGAGAGAACAGUCUAUGACUUGGGUGGCUGGAGUCUUUGAAAAUUUCUAGGGCCUUCCUCUGACACUGCCUAGUAUAGAGGUCCUGGAUGGCAGGAAGCUUGGCCCCAGUGAUGUACUGGACCGUACACACUACCUUCUGUAUAACGCCCUUUAUACAUUUUACUAAAAUCCUCUUCUAUUCAUACAUCUCUGUAAUUUACCUAACCCCUCAAAACCAAUAUACUCAUUGUUUUGCUGAUCAGAUCUCUGUAGUAUUAUGUCCCAUACUGAACACAUUGGUCUAAAACUGCCUCUCUCCAUGUGCAGCUACAUACGCCGGGGGGAAAGCCACUGGUGGAUGAAGGGAUCAACUCCCCCUCAGAUCGCUGAGAUCAUCAUCAAGCUGGUCAAAGACAUGGCUGCCGGACACCUGUCGGACGCCUGGUCUCGGGUGACAAAGAACGCCAUCGCUGAGACCAUCAUCGCCCUCACCAAGAUGGAGGAGGAGCAUCGCUCGCCAGUCCGCUGCAUCGCCACCACCCGGGUACGGCUGUUUUCAUAUCACGCUACCACAAGUGUGUGUGUGUAUGUGCGAGUGUGCAUGUCAGACCUUGGUUCAAAUACUAUUUUGAUUACUUUGACAUACAUUUCAAAGUAAGUAUUUGUGUGUGUGUAUAUAUAUAUAUAUAUAUAUAUAUAUAUAUAUAUAUAUAUAUAUAUAUAUAUAUAUAUAUUAUUUUUUUUUAUUUUUAUUAAAUAGUAUUUGAAUAUUGAAAUGUGUUUGGAAAUACACUUGGAAAGUAUUGGCAUGUAUUUUAAAUUUACAAAUCAAAUAAAUACUACCAUGCAUUUGAACCCAGGUCCUAGGAGUAUAUGAAAUAAUGCAUUUGGAAAUAAGUAUUUGAAAAUAUUUUCAAAUAGUAGGCUGUUUAUAGGACAUUAUUUAAAAAUACUUUCAAAUAUUUCAGGCACUUUAUUUGACAAUACUCAAUACACAGAAAGUAAGUAGCUAUGUCAAUAACAAAUAAUCGAAAUGCACAUGUAUUUGAACCCAGGUCUGGUGUGUGGCUGAAAUGUUUGCAUGAACUGCGCUCUGUGUGUGUGUGUGUAGUGUGUGACGGAUGUUUGUCUGUACACAUGUGUUAGGUUAGUGUGUUUGAGUAAAUUUGUUGGGAUAUUCUCCUUUGUCCUCUCUGUCCUCUCUCUCUGUACUGUAGUUGUGGCUGGCACUGGCCUCUCUGUGUGUGUUGGACCAGGAUCAUGUGGACAGGCUGUCCUCGGGCCGCUGGAUGGGCAAAGACGGACAGCAGAAACAGAUGGUAACUUGUCCAAAUUAGCCUCAUAGAACGUGCACUUUGGCAAAGCAAUAUUGCAUUGUAACUUGUAACCAAUAGAAUCAGAGGCUCUUUUCAAUUGUAACCUGUUGAGAUAAUGCAUAAAUUAAUGGAUUUAAUUCAUAGCACUCAAAAGCGUAUUCCUUACAAAUGCGAUAAUUUUAACAUUUACAUUCAUAGGACUAUAUGGUAAAUCAAUUUUAAUUAAAUCACUUUUUGUCAGCAUCCCUUUUGAUUUAAACAAAACUUCCCAUACGUGUUUGCCCAUGGAAGAAGUGGUCAGAAAGUGACUUUUUGGACCUGAAUGCCAAAACAUUCAGGAGAUAAAGGUGCUCAGUUGACCCAUUUUGUAUACCCCAGCAUACCAUAUCACUGGAAAAGAUAAACGGUUGAGUUUGAUAUCAUUUAAAAGCUUACCAACAGUGUUGUCAAACUAUUUGAGUAUUUCUUAAAAAUAAAUUGCAUAUGUUGUAGCUUAGACCCUAUUUCACAUCAUCUGAGGUUUUUGUAUUUAGCCCGUCAUCAGUUGAGACACAACAUGCGCUUGAGUACAGGGUGGGUGUGAUUUCAAUCAUAGAAAUAGAAUUUAUAGAAUGGACUUAUCCCUUCAGACCACUGCAAUUUAGCUGGUACACCAGUGAAAAGUAAUUUACAUUUUAACUUAUAAUUACUAUUACAAAAAUGACUGCAGGUCCAUCCACCUUAGAAUGUAAACUUAAAUGGUAAUGUCUAUUAUAUUAUGUAUAUUUAUAUGAUUUCAAUAGGUUUCCUAUAGAUGAUUGACAUUCUAAUUUAAAAUAACAUACAGUACCUGUCAAAAGUUUGGACACACCUACUCAUUCAAGGGUUUUUCUUUUUUUGUAAAACUAUGUUCUACAUUGUAGAAUAAUAGUGAAGACAUCAAAAUUAUGAAAUAACACAUAUGGAAUCAUGUAGGAACCAAAAAAGUGUUAAACAAAUCAAAAUAUAUUUUAGAAUCUUCAAAUAGCCACCCUUUGCCUUGAUGACAGCUUUGCACACUCUUGGUAUUCUCUCAACCAGCUUCACCUGGAAUGCUUUUCCAACAGUCUUGAAGGAGUUCCCACAUAUUCUGAGCACUUGUUGGCUGCUUUUCCUUCACACUGCGGUCCGACUUAUCCCAAACCAUCUCAGUUGGGUUGAGAUCGGGGGAUUGUGGAGACCAGGUCAUCUGAUGGUCAUCUCCAUCACUCUCCUUCUUGGUAAAAUAGCCCUUACACAGCCCGGAGGUGUGUUGGGUCGUUGUCCUGUUGAAAAACAAAUGAUAGUCCCACUAAGCCCAAACCAGAUGGGAUGGCGUAUCGCUGCAGAAUGCUGUGGUAGCCAUGCUGGUUAAGUGUGCCUUGAAUAAAUCACAGACAGUGUCACCAGCAAAGCACCCCCACACCAUAACACCACCUCCUCCAUGCUUUACGGUGGGAAAUAAACAUGCAGAGAUCAUCCAUUCACCACACCGCAUCUCACAAAGACACGGCUGUUGGAACCAAAAAUCUCAAAUUUGGACUCCAGACCAAAGGACAAAUUUCCACCGGUCUAAUGUCCAUUGCUUGUGUUUCAAGCAAGUCUCUUCUUCUUAUUGGUGUCCUUUAGUAAUGGUUUCUUUGCAGCAAUUUGACCAUGAAGGCCUGAUUCACACAGUCUCCUCUGAACAGUUGAUGUUGAGAUGUGUCUGUGACUUGAACUCUGUGAAGCAUUUAUUUGGGCUGCAAUUUCAGAGGUUGGUAACCUUAAUGAACUUAUCCUCAGCAGAGGUAACUCUGGGUCUUCCAUUCCUGUGGCGUUCCUCAUGAGAGCCAGUUUCAUCAUAGCACUUGAUGGUUUUUGUGACUGCAUUUGAAAAAAGUUCUUGACAUUUUCCGUAUUGACUGACCUUCAUGUCCUAAAAUAAUGAUGGACUGUCGUUUCUCAUUGCUUAUUUAAGCUGUUCUUGCCAUAAUAUGGACUUGGCCUUUUACCAAAUAGGGCUAUAUUCUCUAUACCCCCCCUACCUUGUCACAACACAAUUGAUUGUCUCAAACGCAUUAAGAAGGAAAGAAAUUCCACAAAUGUACUUUUAAGAAGGCACACCUGUUAAUUGAAAUGCAUUUCAGGUGAUUACCUCAUGAAGCUGGUUGAGAGAAUGCCAAGAGCGUGCAAUGCUGUCAUCAAGGCAAAGGGUGGCUAUUUGAAGAAUCUCAAAUAUAACAUAUAUUUAGAUUUGUUUAACACUUUUUUGGUUACUACAUGAUUCCAAAUAAAAUAAAGAAAAACACUUGAAUGAGUAGGUGUGUCCAAACUUUCGACUGGUACUGUAUAUUCCCAUUCAAGUCAACUUCCAUUGAAGUCAAUUGUCUUUAUGGUACCAUUUAAAAGUUGAAAUUUUAAUUGUAUUGCCAUUUUAGCACAAUUAUAAGCCAAAACAUGAUACCCACUCUGUGUUCAAGAGCAUGAUGUCUCAACCGAUGCUGGGCACAACAAGUAAUUGUCAAGUUCGCAACCCCCCACCUUGUCCAUUGGUUGAGCAUGUUGAUCUGCCAUGUACGGAGUACGCACGCACGGUUGCGCCUUUUCCCUAGUUGUCCGGUCGAGUGUGUAUAGCUAGCUACCUAGUUUAAAUAUCAACACUACUGCCACAGCAGCGUAACAUUUGAUUAACACUUGAUUUAGCCUACAUCAUCAUCAAUAUUCGGUCUGGUUGGCAGAUAUGCUCAGCAGAGAGAGGCAGAAAGACAUAGAAAGGUAAAUCAUGAAUCAGUAAAAGAAAUCAAGCUAGCUAACUAGCAGAUUUACAUCAGUCAUCAACAUCAAUGAUCAGCUGAUAGCCCACCUUUUCCAGAUGUCAAUCAUGUAUUUAGGAGGCUCUGUAACUAGCUUGCUUACAUAGGCCUAUGCUAAAAAAAAAAAAAAAAAAAAAAAAAAAACUUUAGCUACAGAGGCAUUUAGUAUGUUAUGAUUGUCGAGAUAUGAAUUAUGAAAGUAAAAUAAAAAUAUGACCGACCAGCUCGAUUCGGUCUGAUUCUUUGUCUACACCCAUUCAGCAUCGUUCACACCCUCUUAAGCUUUAGCCCCACCCAUCUCUUUAAGGAUUCACAUUUGAGGCCAUGUACUAAACAACCAAAGAUUUCAAGACUAAAGACUGGUUUAUACAAAUUUAAUCUGGAGUGCCAGAGUGUGCUCUGGGCGUUCGUAAACUCAGAGCGUUGUCAGAUUGUCCGUUCGUAAAUUCAGAGCGUUUUGCUCUUGGAACGUUUAGAGCGCACACUGGACGCUCUGGUCGAGGAGUUAGAGUUGAUCCGAGCGUUCUGACCCUAACAGCAGCAGUCAGGCACCCAAGCUAACUGGCUAACGUUGGCUAGCUUGCUAGCUGCUUCCAGACACAAAUGAGAGAACAGCUCACUCUGACCAUUUUACUCGCCCUAGCAGAGCUGGUUAGGCUGUUUUUAUGUUAUUCAGAGCGUUGGUGACUGAAACUGUGCUGCUGACAACAAUUGAAUUACGCUUUUUUGCUAACAUUUACUGACACCAGCCAUAUUCAACGGGUGUUGAGCGUUUGUAAAUUUGUCAGUUAUUGUGCGCUCUCUCAGAUGAGAGUGCUCUGAAAUCGGAUUAGAUGUAGCAGUGACGUCAUCUGUCUGUCUAUCGACAGUUGUCGCAGUGACAUCAUGAACAUUCUAUUGAAAUGGUUACUUGUAUAGAGGAGUCUUUUGUUUAGACGUGUAGCUAGCUAGCUAAACAAUGAACCAUAAUCCCAACUCAUAACGUUACUACCCUGCAUUAAUCUGAAGGUAGCUAACCAACCAGGUUCAAUGUUAGCUAGCUAACAUUAGGCUAUAACUAGCAAUGCAAAUGGCUCUGAGAUACCAAUAAUAUUACUACACAGAUCAUACACAUAACGUUAGUUAGCGAGCCAGCCAGCUAACAUUAUCUAGCUAGCUAACAGUAUACAUUAACUUGAAAUGGAAACAUAUUUCUGUGGCUAAACCAACUAGGCUCGUAAUUUAACAAUUUUAUUUGUAUUUACAGAUAGCAUACAGAUGGCAUUUCUGCCCAAAAACGCAUUUUGAUUUUUAAAAUGUUUACGUUCAAAUGGCUCUCCUGUGAAGUAGUGACGUGCGACAUACACUUAGUUUCCUGAAACGAGCCACAAAUUCAAGCGGGGGGGGGGUGCCCUUUUUUAAAUUCAUUUUUUUGCACUUGCCCAAUGAAAGGUCUGUGCACGGCCCUGUCGAGGUGUUCAGGUCGUAACCAUAAAGUCUCAUGCUCCCAUCCACAGCCCAUGUGUGAUAACCACGACGACGGUGAGACUGCAGCCAUUAUCCUGUGUAACAUGUGUGGUAACCUGUGUACCGACUGUGACCGCUUCCUCCACCUGCACCGACGCACACGCUCCCAUCAGAGACAGGUCAGUAGUACCCACAUUCACCUGUAGAUGGCAAUCUGCUCCCAGUCAUUACAGUGCCUUCAGAAAGUAUUCACACCCCUUGGCUUUUUCCACAUUUUAUUGUGUUACAGCCUGAAUUUAAAAUUGGUUAAAAAAAAGAAUGUAAAUGUCAGUGGCCUACACACAAUACCCCGUAAUGUCAAAGUGGAAUUAUGUUUAUCGAAAUCUUUACAAAUUAAUAAAACAUGAAAAGCUGAAAUGUCUUGAGUCAAUAAGUAUUCAGCCCCUUUGUUAUGGCAAGCCUUUGUAAUGGUCUAAAGUCUAAAUAAAUUCAGGAUUAAAACAUGUCACAUAAUAAGUUGCAUGGAUUCACUCUGUGUGCAAUAAUAGUGUUUAACAUGAUUUUUGAAUGACUACCUUAUCUCUGUACCCCACACAUACAAUUAUCUGUAAGGUCCCUCAGUCGAGCAGUGAAUUUCAAACACAGAUUCAAUCACAAAGACCAGGGAUGUUUUCCAAUGCCUCACAAAGAAGGGCACCUAUUGGUAGAUGGGUAAAAAUAUAAAAGCAGACAUUGAAUAUCCCUUUGAGCAUGGUGAAGUUAAUAAUUACACUUUGGAUGUUGUAUCAAUACAUCCAGUCACAACAAAGAUUCAGGCGUCCUUAUUAAUACUGCAAAAAAUUUGGCAAAGCAAUUCACUUUUUGUCCUGAAUACAAAGUGUUAUGUUUGGGGUUACUGAGUACCACUAUCCAUAUUUUCAAGCAUAGUGGUGGCUGCAUCAUGUUAUGGGUAUGUUAUGGGUAUGCUUGUAAUCGUUAAGGACUGGGGAGUUUUUCAGGAUAAAAAAGAAAUGGAAUGGAGCUAAGCACAGGCAAAAUACUAGAGGAAAACCUGGUUUAGUCGGCUUUCCACCAGACUGGGAGAUUAAUUCACCUUUCAGCAGGAGAAUAACCUAAAACACAAUGCCAAAUCUACACUGGAGUUGCUUACCAAGAAGACAGUGAAUGUUCCUGAAUGGCCGAGUUACAGUUUUGACUUAAAUCUACUUGGAAAUCUAUGGCAAGACCUGAAACUGGUUGUCUAGCAAUGAUCAACAACCAAUUUGACAAAGCCUGAAGAAUUUUGAAAAGAAUAAUGGGCAAAUAUUGGACAAUCCAGGUGUGGAAAGAUCUUAGAGACUUACCCAGAAAGACCCACAGCUGUAAUUGCUGCCAAAGGUGCUUCUACAAAGUAUUGACUCAGGGGUGUGAAUACUUAUGUAAAUUAGAUUUCUGUAUUUAAUUUUCAAUAAAUUAGCUAUAUUUUCUAAAAACAUGUUUUCACUGUGUCAUUAUGGGGUAUUGUGUAUAGAUGGGUGAGAAAAAAUCUGUUUAGUCCUUUUUUAAUUCAGGCUGUAAACCAACAAAAUGUGGAAUAAGUCAAGCUACUUUCUGAAGAGACUGGGAGCCUGUCAGUGUCAUGCUUCUUUCCCCCUUUUUACCACCUGCAAUAAUGUGUAUACCCCCAUUUGUGAAGACCUGACCACCUAUAAAUGUUAGAGAUGUUCGACUCAAAAUACAACCUAAAAUGUUUUUUCCACCUACCUUGGCUAUAGUCAUUUACAAGACAGUUUUUGUUAGUCAUGCUGUGUUUUUUCAGUAUUACCAUUCAUUCUGAAAAUAUCCAAAACACCUUACAAGACCCUACAAUCCAAUUCGUAUUGCAACUGUAGCCCUUUCUGACAGUAAUGAUAUGUAAUUCAACAUGGCGGUAACCCUAGUCUGCUGUUUCUCUCCAGGUGUUUAAGGAGGAGGAGGAGGCAAUCAAGGUGGACCUCCACGAGGGCUGUGGGAGGACAAAGCUCUUCUGGCUCAUGGCUCUGGCUGACUCCAAGACCAUGAAGGCCAUGGUGGAGUUCAGGGAGCACACAGGUAACAGACCAUAUCUAGACCCUUUCUGGCCCUGUCCAGAAACAACCCCUAGCUUACCAUUACCCCCUAGACAGUUGUAUAGAUCUGAGAGGGACUGAAUAUGGUGACAUUUCUACCUAGCCUAUUAGAAGGUAAAGUGGAGCUACUACUUGUUGCUUAUACCUUUCAAAUUCUUUACGAUCAUAAAACGACACCGGCUGUCAUGACUGUUAACAUCUGCCAUGUGAUGUUUAUGACAGGGUUAUGUAUGGCUUAUUAUCCUUUUUUUGUGCAUAGCUAAUGCUCUGCCUCUGUGUGCAGGGAAACCAGCCUCCAGCAGCUCAGACGCUUGCAGGUUCUGUGGCACCAGGAACGGCACCGAGCUCUCGGCCGUGGGCAGUGUGUGCUCUGACCCAGACUGCCAGGUACCAACCACUCACAACAUCAGUCAUAAUGAUCAUAGUUCUGGAUUGCAUUGAUAAAUCUCUUUUCAUAUUCAAGUGUUCAGAGCACUACAUUUACCUGAUCCAGUCAUAGUAACAUAUUGGAUCUAUAUACAGUGGGGAGAACAAGUAUUUGAUACACUGCCGAUUUUGCAGGUUUUCCUACUUACAAAGCAUGUAGAGGUCUGUAAUUUUUAUCAUAGGUACACUUCAACUGUGAGAGACAAAAAUCCAGAAAAUCACAUUGUAUGAUUUUUAAGUAAUUAAUUUGCAUUUUAUUGCAUGACAUAAGUAUUUGAUCACCUACCAACCAGUAAGAAUUCCGGCUCUCACAGACCUGUUAGUUUUUCUUUAAGAAGCCCUCCUGUUCUCCACUGAUUACCUGUAUUAACUGCACCUGUUUGAACGUGUUACCUGCAUAAAAGACACCUGUCCACACACUCAAUCAAACAGACUCCAACCUCUCCACAAUGGCCAAGACCAGAGAGCUGUGUAAGGACAUCAGGGAUAACAUUGUAGACCUGCACAAGGCUGGGAUGGGCUACAGAACAAUAGGCAAGCAGCUUGGUGAGAAGGCAACAACUGUUGGCGCAAUUAUUAGAAAAUGGAAGAAGUUCAAGAUGACGGUCAAUCACCCUCGGUCUGGGGCUCCAUGCAAGAUCUCACCUCAUGGGGCAUCAAUGAUCAUGAGGAAGGUGAGGGAUCAGCCCAGAACUACACGACAGGACCUGGUCAAUGACCUGAAGAGAACUGUGACCACAGUCUCAAAGAAAACCAUUAGUAAAACACUACGCCGUCAUGGAUUAAAAUCCUGCAGCGCACGCAAGGUCCCCCUGCUCAAGCCUGCGCAUGUCCAGGCCCGUCUGAAGUUUGCCAAUGACCAUCUGGAUGAUCCAGAGGAGGAAUGGGAGAAGGUCAUGUGGUCUGAUGAGACAAAAAUAGAGCUUUUUGGUCUAAACUCCACUCGCCGUGUUUGGAGGAAGAAGAAGGAUGAGUACAACCCCAAGAACACCAUCCCAACCGUGAAGCAUGGAGGUGGAAACAUCAUUCUUUGGGGAUGCUUUUCUGCAAAGGGGACAGGACGACUGCACCGUAUUGAGGGGAGGAUGGAUGGGGCCAUGUAUCGCGAGAACCUUCCCUCAGUAAGAGCAUUGAAGAUGGGUCGUGGCUGGGUCUUCCAGCAUGACAACGACCCGAAACACACAGCCAGGGCAACUAAGGAGUGGCUCCGUAAGAAGCAUCUCAAGGUCCUGGAGUGGCCUAGCCAGUCUCCAGACCUGAACCCAAUAGAACAUCUUUGGAGGGAGCUGAGAGUCCGUAUUGCCCAGCGACAGCCCCGAAACCUGAAGGAUCUGGUCAAGACCUACAGGAAACGUAUGAUCUCUGUAAUUGCAAACAAAGGUUUCUCUACCAAAUAUUAAGUUCUGCUUUUCUGAUGUAUCAAAUACUUAUGUCAUGCAAUAAAAUGCAAAUUAAUUACUUAAAAAUCAUACAAUGUGAUUUUCUGGAUUUUUGUUUUAGAUUCCUUCUCUCACAGUUGAAGUGUACCUAUGAUAAAAAUUACAGACCUCUACAUGCUUUGUACAGUGGGGAAAAAAAGUAUUUAGUCAGCCACCAAUUGUGCAAGUUCUCCCACUUAAAAAGAUGAGAGAGGCCUGUAUUUUUCAUCAUAGGUACACGUCAACUAUGACAGACAAAAUGAGGAAAAAAAAAUCCAGAAAAUCACAUUGUAGGAUUUUUUAUGAAUUUAUUUGCAAAUUAUGGUGGAAAAUAGGUAUUUGGUCAAUAACAAAAGUUUCUCAAUACUUUGUUAUAUACCCUUUGUUGGCAAUGACACAGGUCAAACGUUUUCUGUAAGUCUUCACAAGGUUUUCACACACAGUUGCUCGUAUUUUGGCCCAUUCCUCCAUGCAGAUCUCCUCUAGAGCAGUGAUGUUUUGGGGCUGUCGCUGGGCAACACAGACUUUCAACUCCCUCCAAAGAUUUUCUAUUUUGGUUUCAUCUGACCAUAUGACAUUCUCCCAAUCCUCUUCUGGAUCAUCCAAAUGCACUCUAGCAAACUUCAGACGGGCCUGGACAUGUACUGGCUUAAGCAGGGGGACACGUCUGGCACUGCAGGAUUUGAGUCCCUGGCGGCGUAGUGUGUUACUGAUGGUAGGCUUUGUUACUUUGGUCCCAGCUCUCUGCAGGUCAUUCACUAGGUCCCCCCGUGUGGUUCUGGGAUUUUUGCUCACCGUUCUUGUGAUCAUUUUGACCCCACGGGGUGAGAUCUUGCGUGGCGCCCCAGAUCGAGGGAGAUUAUCAGUGGUCUUGUAUGUCUUCCAUUUCCUAAUAAUUGCUCCCACAGUUGAUUUCUUCAAACCAAGCUGCUUACCUAUUGCAGAUUCAGUCUUCCCAGCCUGGUGCAGGUCUACAAUUUUGUUUCUGGUGUCCUUUGACAGCUCUUUGGUCUUGGCCAUAGUGGAGUUUGGAGUGUGACUGUUUGAGGUUGUGGACAGGUGUCUUUUAUACUGAUAACAAGUUCAAACAGGUGCCAUUAAUACAGGUAACGAGUGGAGGACAGAGGAUCCUCUUGAAGAAGAAGUUACAGGUCUGUGAGAGCCAGAAAUCUUGCUUGUUUGUAGGUGACCAAAUACUUAUUUUCCACCACAAUUGGCAAAUAAAUUCAUAAAAAAUCCUACAAUGUGAUUUUCUGGAGAGAAAAAAUCUCAAUUUUUCUGUCAUAGUUGACGUGUACCUAUGAUGAAAAUUACAGGCCUCUCUCAUCUUUUUAAGUGGGAAACUUGCACAAUUGGUGGCUGACUAAAUACUUUUUUUCCCCACUGUAAGUAGGAAAACCUGCAAAAUCGGCAGUGUAUCAAAUACUUGUUUUCCCCACUGUAGCUAGCUCUUUCAAAGUGUUCAAAACACGAAGGCCAUACAAAUGUAAUGUUUAAUGGAUAAAUUUUUUGGAAAAGUGUGACGAGCGGAAAAAAGAAGGCGGCUAAAAAGAGGCAUUGUUCAGACAUAAUCUGAGCGGAAGUUGUGUAUCUCUUUAUUGGAAUCUUGAGGACAUUCUUUAACUAUAAUCUUGCAAUUUGUCGUUUCAACUUUUCACAUUUUCAGAUAUUUAUUUGUAUUUUACAUUAAAGAAAAGUGAAAAAUGGCAUCCUUUAAACAUUACAUUUAAUUUGUAUGGCCUUAGUUUACUUCAUCCGCCACUAUUGUGAAAAACCCAACUCGGUAAUAAUGAUCAUAGGAAUGGAUUCUUUAAGUGUUCAAAGUGUCUAAAUGUACCUUACCUGCGACCAGUGGGAGACACCCAACUCAACUUGGUUUAUUAGGCUUGGAUAUUGAAACUCAAUUCAUGAAUUGAAAAGUGUAAUUUAUUUUAAAUUGUACAAUUCAUGAAUUGAAUUCCAAGUUACUCGCUAAACGGAUAGAUUUGAAAUCGAUUUGACCCCGACCCUGCUGUACAUAAUUGCACUGCAAAGGGUGUUCCAAUUUUAAACACACUUUGAACAAAAUUGGAUUUGAUUAGAUGUAAAAAGAUAAUCUGACCCUCUGUGCCCUCUGUAGGAGUAUGCCAAGCUGGCGUGUAGUAAGACCCACGCGUGCGGCCACCCCUGUGGCGGGGUGAAGAACGAGGAGAGCUGCCUGCCCUGUCUGCACGGCUGUGACAAGAGCACAGGCUGCCUGAAACAGGACGCCGACGACAUGUGCAUGAUCUGCUUCACAGAGGCACUCUCUGCCGCUCCCGCUGUCCAGGUACAUUAAACUGUACACAGAAUUAAAUACGAAUACUAUUAUUAAUAGUAUAUUGUAUCUCUAUGAUAUUCUAUGACUUGCUUGAAUCAGAUGGUGACUCACACCUGGGUUCAAUUAGUAUCCGUUUCCUUCGGAAAGUAUUCAGACCUCUUGACUUUUUCCACAUUUAGUUAAGUUACAGCCUUAUUCUAAAAUGGAUUAAAUAAAUAAAAAUGUAAUCAAUCUACACACAAUACCCCGUAAUGACAAAGCAAAAACAGGUUUUUAGACAUUUUUGCAAAUGUAUAAUAUAUAUAUAUAUAUAUACUUUUUUUUUUACACCUUAUUUAUAUAAGUACUCAGACCCUUUGCUAUGAGACUCGAAAUUGAGCUCAGGUACAUCCUGUUUACAUUGAUCAUCCUUGAGAUGUUUCUACAACUUAAUUGGAGUCCACCUGUGGUAAAUUAAAUUGAUUGGACAUGAUUUGGAAAGGCACACACCUGUCUAUAUAAGGUCACACAGUUGACUGUGCAUGUCAGAGCAAAAACCAAGCCAUGAGGUCGAAGGAAUUGUCCAUAGAGCUACGAGACAGGAUUGUGUCAAGGCACAGAUCUGGGGAAGGGUAUCAAAAAAUUUCUGCAUCUCUGGAGAGACCUGAAAAUCAAUGUGCAGCGACGCUCCCCAUCCAACCUGACAAAGCUUGAGAGGAUCUGCAGAGAAGAAUGGGAGAAACUCCCCAAAUACAGGUGUGCCAAGCUUGUAGCAUCAUACCCAAGAAGAUGUGAGGCUGUAAUCGCUGCUAAAGGUGCUUCAACAAAGUACUGCGUAAAGGGUCUGAAUAUUUAUGUAAAUGUGUAUAUCCGUUUUUGUUUUUUGUUUUUUGCAAAAAAUUAUAAAAACCUGUUUUUGCUUUGUUAUUAUGGGGUAUUGUUUGUAGAUCGAUGAGGGAAUUUUUUUUAUUUUUAUUCUAUUUUAGAAUAAGGCUGUAACCUAACAAAAUGUGGAAAAAGUAAAGAGGUCUGAAAACUUUCCAAACGCACUGUGUAUAUAUAUAUUUAUUUAUUUAUUUAUUUACAUAUUAAUUUUUUGGAGUGCCAGAUGGGUAGAAUUUGAACUUUUGGGACUAUUCCAUUGGUUUCAAUUUUUGAAAAGAAAUAACAAAUACUGUUUGAACCAAGGAUUCUUGUAUGCCACAGAUGUAUUCGGGUUCGAGGUCAGGUUCUAUGUGUGUGGUUCUGUUCUGUUCCUCAGCUGGACUGCAGUCACGUGUUCCAUCUCCAGUGUACCCGUCGUGUUCUGGACAACCGCUGGCUCGGGCCCAGGAUCACCUUCGGCUUCAUGUCCUGCCCAAUCUGCAAGGUACUAUUUACCUUAUGUAGCCCCGCCCACUUGACCUGAGUGGUUGUCUUUCAACUUCCGGCCUAUUGACACACAAGCAAAACCAUGGUUAAAUAUGAAAUAAAUGUUGCGUUAUCGUUUAGUAUAAGCACUCGGAAGCCAACAUUAGCAUAAUUAGCAUUCCCAUAGAACUAACAUGGUGACAUAGACUCUAUCUAAUGGUCGUUAUCCGUACAGGCUGUAUUCCUUUUUAAUCGAAGAUCAAUGCUUGAAAGUUCAAAUGUUGUUAGACACAGAAUCCCAAUGACAAAAGACAGUAAUAGUGCUGAAAUGUUUUGAUGUAGAUAACAUUAAGAUAUUUGCAAUAGGUUGUACCCAAUAAUGUAUAUGUACACUAGAUGACUGAUAGGUGGCACUGCCCCAACAUUGUAGAAAAAUACAAUAAAAACAACAUACAUUUAGGAUCAAGGCCCGUUUCAAAAUGUCUUAGUGAUGGAGCGGCUCUUAGAUGGUCAGGGAGAGCGUUCCAUAGGUGAGGGGCAAGGGAGCUGAAGGCUCGGUCCCCCAUAGUUCGGAGACGUGUCUUGGGGACUUGAAGCAGUAGGGAGUAGCUAGAGCGGAGAGUGCGAGAUGGCUCUCUGAUUGAGAUGAGGUCGCUGAUGUAUUUGUAUUUAUUAUGUAUCCCCAUUAGCUGCUGCCAAGCAUUAGCUGCUGCCAAUAUUUCACAACACAUUAAGUGUGUGCCCUCAGGCCACUACUCUACUACCACAUACAUUAUCUACAACACAAAAUCCAUGUGUGUGUAUUGUGCGUAUGUUAUCGUGUGUUUGUAUGCAUGUGUCUGUGCCUAUGUUUGUUUCUUCACAGUCCCUGUUAUAUUUGUAUCUGUUUUUUAAAAUCUAAUGUUACUGCUUGCAUGAGUUACUUGAUGUGGAAUAGAGUUCCAUGUAGUCAUGGCUCUAUGUAGUACUGUGCGCCUCCCAUAGUCUGUUAUGGACUUGAGGACUGUGAAGAGACACAAAUACAAGUAGUGAUGAAGUCAAUCUCUCCUCCACUUACAGCCAGGAGAGAUUGACAUGCAUAUUAUUAAUGUUAGCUUUCUGUGUACAUCUAAGGGCCAGCUGUGCUACCCUGUUCUGAGGCAAUUGCAAUCUUACUAAGUCCCUCUUUGUGGCACCUGACCACACGACUGAACAGUAGUCCAGGUGCGACAAAACUAGGGCCUGUAGGACCUGCCUUGUUGAUAGUGCUGUUAAGAAAGCAGUGCAGCGUUUUAUGGACAGACUUCUCCCCAUUUUAGCUACUGUUGUAUCAAUAUGUUUUGACCAUGACAGUUUAUAAUCCAAGGUUACUCCAAGCAGUUUAGUCACCUCAACUUGUUUAACUUCCACAUUCAUUACAAGAUUUAGUUGAGGAUUAGUGAAUGAUUUGUCCCAAAUACAAUGCUUUUAGUUUUUGAAAUAUUUAGGACUAACUUAUUCCUUGCCACCCAUUCUGAAACUAACUGCAGCUCUUUGUUAAGUGUUGCAGUCAUUUCAGUCGCUGUAGUAGCUGAAGUGUAUAGUGUUGAGUCAUCCGCAUACUAGACACACUGACUUUACUCCAAGCUAGUGGCAUGUCGUUACUAAAAAUUGAAAAAAAGUAAUGGGCCUAGACAGCUGCCCUGGGUAAUUCCUGAUUCUACCUGGAUUAUGUUGGAUAGGCUUCCAUUAAUGAACACCCUCUGUGUAUAAUAAUAAUGUCAAAGCCGCACUGAAGUAUAACAAAACAGCCCCCACAAUCUUUUUAUCAUCAAUUUCUCUCAGCCAGUCAUAAGUCAUUUGUGUAACUGCUGUGCUUGUUGAAUGUCCUUCCCUACAUAAGGGACCGAAAUGUCCAAAAAAGAGGGCUUUUCCCUUACCUAUAAGCGUGCUGAAAGUCUGUUGUCAAUUUGUUUAUUGUAAAAUAGCAUUGUAUCUGGUCAAACACCAUUUUUUGGUAACAGGCUGAUUGGUAGGCUAUUUGAGCCAGUAAAGUGGGCUUUACUAUUCUUAGGUAGGGGAAUGACGUUUGCUUCCCUACAGGCCUGAGGGCACACACUUUCUAGUAGGCUUAAAUUGAAGAUAUGGCAAAUAGGAGUGGCAAUAUCGUCCGCUAUUAUCCAAAUUUUCAUCCAAGUUGUCAGACCCUGGUGGCUUGUCAUUGUUGAUAGACAACAAUAAUUUUUUAACCUCUUCCACACUCACUUUACGGAAUUCAAAAUUACAAUGCUAAUCUUUCAUAAUUUGGUCAGAUAUACUUGUAUGUGUAGUGAGCGUUUGUUGCUGGCAUGUCAUGCCUACAUUGACUAAUCUUGCCAAUGAAAGAAUCAUUUAAAGUAGUUGGCAAUAUCAGUGGGUUUUGUGAUGAAUGAGCCAUCUGAUUCAAUGAAUGAUGGAGCAGUGUUUGCCAUUUUUGCCAACAUUUCAUUUAAGGUGCGCCAAAGCUUUACUAUCAUUCUUUGUCAUUUAUCUUUGUUGCAUAGUGUAGAUUCUUCUUUUUUUUUUUUACUCAGUUUAGUCACAUGAUUUCUCAAUUUGCAGUAAGUUUGCCAAUCGGUUGUGCAGCCAGACUUAUUUGCCAUUCCUUUUGCCUCAUCCCUCUCAACCAUACGAUUUUUAAAUUCCUCUUUAAUCCACUGGAAUUCAACAGUUUUUACAGUCAUUUUCUUAAUGGGUGCAUGCUUAUUAGUAACUGGGAUAAGCAAUUUCAUAAAUGUGUCAAGUGCAGCAUCUGGUUGCUCCUCAUUACACACCACAGACCAACACAUAUUCUUUACAUCAACAACAUAGGAAUCACUACAAAACUUAUUGUAUGACCUCUUAUACACUAUAUUAGGCCCAGCCUUUGGAACUUUGGUUUUCCUAGAUAUGGCUACUAUAUUGUGAUCACUACAUCCGAUGGAUUUGGAUACUGCUUUAAAGUACAUUUCUGCAGCAUUAGUAAAGAUGUGAUCAAAACAUGUUGAUAAAUAACCUGGUAGGUUGACUGAUAACCUGAAUAAGGUUGCAGGCACUAGUUACAGUUUGAAGCUUUCUCUUGAGUGGGCAGCCUGAUGAAAGCCAGUCAAUAUUUAUAUCACCCAGAAAAUAUACCUCUAUUUAUAUCACAUACAUGAUCAAGCAUUUCACAUGUUAUCCAGAUACUGACUGUUAGCACUUGGUGGUCUAUAGCAGCUUCCCACCAGAAUGGGCUUUAGGUAAGGCAGAUGAACCUGCAGCCAUAUUACUUCAACAGUAUUUAACAUGAGAUCCUCUCUAAGCUUUACAGGAAUGUUGUUCUGAAUAUAAACGGCAACACCUCCACCUUUGGUAUUUCAGUCGUUUCUGUAGAUAAGAGUUGCCCAACCCUGUUCCUGGAGAGCUACCCUCCUGUAGGUUUUCCCUCCAACCCUAGGUGUUACUAACCUGAUUCAUCUUAUCAACCUGCUAAUUAUUAUAAUCAGGUGUGCUAGAUUAGGGUUGUAGCAAAAACCUACAGGACGGUAGCUCUCCAGGAACAGUGUUGGGCUGUCCGGUUGUAGAUGUUAACCAUGUAUUGCUACCACUGUAUCAUCAAAGGUGUUAUCUACGCCAUCCCCUCUGGUUUGGGCUUAGUGGGAGUAUCAUUUGGUUUUCAACAGGACAAUGACCCGAACCCCACCUCCAGGCUGUGUAAGGGCUAUUUGACCAAGUAGAGUGAUGGAGUGCUGCAUCAGAUGACCUGUCCUCCACAAUCACCCAACUUCAACCCAAUUGAAAUGGUUUGGGAUGAGUUGGACCGCAGAGUGAAGGAAAAGCAGCCAACAAGUGCUCAGCAUAUGUGGGACCUCCUUCAAGACUGUUGGAAAAGCAUUCCUCAUUAAGCUGGUUGAGAGAAUGCCAAGAGUGUGCAAAGCUGUCACCAAGGCAAAGAGUGGCUACUUUGAAGAAUCUCAAAUCGAAAAUAUAUUUUGAUUUAACACUUUUUUGGUUACUACAUGGUUCCAUAUGUGCUAUUUCAUAGCUUUGAUGUCUUCACUAUUAUUCUACAAUGUAGAAAAUAGUUUUAAAAAAUACAGAAAACCCUUGAAUGAGUAGAUGUGUCCAAACUUUUGACUGGUACUGUAUUUUAUAACAGGAUUCUUUAAAGAGCUGUAUUUUGUAUUUUCAAAAUAUAAAAUAUUUUUCAACAGUCCUGAUAGAAAGAUAUAUAGGGCCUAUUUAUUCUAAAAUAAGUUGAAAUUGGAAAACAUGUUAGUGUUCACAUGUAUUUGUAUUUAUUAUGGAUCCCCAUUAGCUGCUGCCAACGCAGCAGCUACUCUUCCUGGGGUCCAGCAAAAUUAUGGCAGUUAUACAUUUUUAAAAACAUUACCAUACAUUCACAACAGAUUUCACAAGAUUAAGUUUGAGCCAAUCAUUUUCACCUCUUCCACACGUAUUUUGUUGCUGGCAUGUCAUGCCUAAGUUUGCUAAUCUUGCCAAUGGAAAAAUCAUUAAAGUAGUUGGGUUUAGUGAUGAAUGAGCCAUCUGAUUCAAUGAAUGAUGGAGGGGAGUUUGCCUUUUUUCCCAAAAUGUAAUUUAAGGUGCUCCAAAGCGUUUUACUAUAAUUCUUUGUCAUUUAUCUUCAUUUCAUAGUUUCUUCUUCUUUUUAUUCAGUUUAGUCACAUGAUUUCUCAAUUUGUAGUGCGUUUGCCAAUCGGUUGUACAGCCAGACCUAUUUGCCAUUUCUUUUGCCUCAUCCCUCUCAACCAUACAAGUUUCCAAUUCUGUCACGUUCGUCUGAAGGAGGAGACCAAUGCGCAGCGUUGUGAGUGAACAUGAUGACUUUAUUUAUCAAAGCGACCACGAAAAAACAACAAAAGACGAUACGUGAAGUUCUCUAUGACACCGACUGAACAUAGCACAAGGAAACAAAAACCCACAAACACAAGGAGAAAACACACAGAAUAUAUAUGGCUCCCAAUCAGAGAUAACGAGCCGACAGCUGACACUCGUUACCUCCGAUUGGGAGUCAUUAACCAAUCACCAAAAACACAAACAAAUGAAACUCACCCAACCCAACCCCACCAAAUGAAAUACACCCUGGCUCUAACACACAGUCCCGGAGCCAGAGUGUGACAGUACCCCCCCCCAAAGGCGCGGACUCCGACCGCGCCUAACCCAAAAAUGGGGAGGGCUGGGUGGGUGUUACUCCACGGAGGCGGCUCUGGCGCUGGUCGUGAUCCCCACCCCACCAUAGUCAUUACCCACUUAAUUAGCCUCCUACACAUUACCACCCCCCAACUACACCCCACUGGGUUAAGGGGCGGCACCGGACUAAGGGGAAGCACCGGACUAAGGGGCAGUACCGGACUAAGGGGCAGUACCGGACUAAGGGGCAGUACCAGGCUAAGGGACAGCACCAGGAUAAGGGACAGCACCAGGAUAAGGAGCAACACCGAGCUAAGGGGCAGCACCGGACUAAGGGGCAGCACCGGGCUAAGGGACAGUACCUGACUAGCUGGCGGAUCCUGGCUGGCUGGCUCAGGCGGAUCCUGGCUGGACGGCUCUGGCGGAUCCUGGCUGGCGGAAGGCUCUGGCUGAUCCUGUCUGGCAGAAGGCUCUGGCUGAUCCUGUCUGGCAGAAGGCUCUGGCUGAUCCUGUCUGGCAGAAGGCUCUGGCUGAUCCUGUCUGGCAGAAGGCUCUGGCUGAUCCUGUCUGGCAGAAGGCUCUGGCUGAUCCUGUCUGGCAGAAGGCUCUGGCUGAUCCUGUCUGGCGGAAGGCUCUGGCUGAUCCUGUCUGGCGGAAGGCUCUGGCUGAUCCUGUCUGGCGGAAGGCUCUGGCUGAUCCUGUCUGGCGGAAGGCUCUGGCUGAUCCUGUCUGGCGGAAGGCUCUGGCUGAUCCUGUCUGGCGGAAGGCUCUGGCUGCUCCUGUCUGGCAGAGAGCUCUAGCGGCUCCGGUCUGGCGGACGGCUCUGAAGGCUCAUGGCAGACGGGCGGCUUUGCAGGCUCAGUACAGACGGGCAGUUCCUGCGGCGCUUGGCAGACGGACAGUUCAGACGGCGUUGGGCAGACGGGCAGUUCAGGCGCCGUUGGGCAGACGGCAGACUCUGGCCGUCUGAGGCGCAUCGUAGGCCUGGUGCGUGGUGCCGGAACAGGAGGUACCGGGCUGAGGACACGCAUCUCAGGGCUAGUGCGGGGAGAAGCAACAGGGCAUGCUGGACCCUGGGGACGCACCGUAGGCCUGAUGCGUGGUGCCGGAACUGGAGGUACCGGGCUGAGGACACGCAUCUCAGGUCUAGUGCGGGGAGUCGGAACAGGGCAUGCUGGACCCUGGGGACUCCCAUAACGCCUAGUGCGGGGAGCCGGAACAGGGCAUGCUGGACCCUGGGGACUCACCUCACGCCUAGUGCGGAGAGCAGGAACAGGCCGGGCUGGGCUGGCGACGCGCACCGUAUCCCUGGUGCGAGUGGCCGGAACAGGCCGGGCCGGGCUGGCGAAGCGCACCGUAUCCCUGGUGCGUGGAGUAGGAACAGGCCGGGCUGAGCUGGCGACGCGCACCGUAUCCCUGGUGCGUGGAGUAGGAACAGGCCGAACCGGGCUGGCGACGCGCACCGUACACUUAGUGCGAGGGACCGGAACAGGCCGGGCUGGGCUGGCGACGCGCACCGUACACUUAGUGCGAGGGGCCGGAACAGGCCGUACCGUACGGGGAACACACACUACUGGCUUCAACCGAGGAUCAGGAACGGGCCGGACCGGACUGGCAACACACAUCAGUCCUUCACGCCGUGCCACACACACUUCCCUCCUUCUACUCGCCAAUAGCCCCCUUGACCUGGUAGCCUCCUGAAUCCGUCCCUUCUCUGCCUCCGUCAGCCCCCUUAACCUGGCAGCCUUCUGACUCUGCCUUGUGGCAGCCUCCUGCUGCUCAGUCGCCCAAGCCAUGUGCCCCCCCCAAAAAAUUUCUUGGGGUUGCCUCUCGUCCUUCCGACGUUGGCUCUGCCGACGCCGUUGCUCCUCUCUCCGUCGCCUCUCCUCUGUCUCGCUCCAUGGACGGCGAUCCAUGCCAUCCAGGAUUUCUUCCCACGUCCAGGACCCUUUACCGUCCAAAAGCUCUUCCCAUGUCCAGACCCUCGGCUCCUGGACACGCUGCUUGGUCCUUUGAUGGUGGGUUUUUCUGUCACGUUCGUCUGAAGGAGGAGACCAAUGCGCAGCGUUGUGAGUGAACAUGAUGACUUUAUUUAUCAAAGCGACCACGAAAAAACAACAAAAGACGAUACGUGAAGUUCUCUAUGACACCGACUGAACAUAGCACAAGGAAACAAAAACCCACAAACACAAGGAGAAAACACACAGAAUAUAUAUGGCUCCCAAUCAGAGAUAACGAGCCGACAGCUGACACUCGUUACCUCCGAUUGGGAGUCAUUAACCAAUCACCAAAAACACAAACAAAUGAAACUCACCCAACCCAACCCCACCAAAUGAAAUACACCCUGGCUCUAACACACAGUCCCGGAGCCAGAGUGUGACAAAUUCCUCAUCAAUCAAUGGGGAUUUAACAGUUUUACAGUCAUUUUCUUAUUGGGGGCAUGCUUAUUAGUAACUGGGAUAAGCAAUUUCAUAAAUGUGUCAAGUGCAGCGUCUGGUUGCUCCUCAUUACACACCACAGACCAACAAAUAUUAUUUACAUCAACAACAUAGGAAACAGUACAAAACGUAUUGUAUGACCUCUUAUACACUAUAUUAGGCCCAGCCUUUGGAACUUAGGUUUUCCUAGAUAUGGUUACUAUAUUGUGAUCACUACAUCCGAUGGAUUUACAGUGAGGGAAAAAAGUAUUUGAUCCCCUGCUGAUUUUGUACGUUUGCCCACUGACAAAGAAAUGAUCAGUCUAUAAUUUUAAUGGUAGGUUUAUUUGAACAGUGAGAGACAGAAUAACAACAACAAAAUCCAGAAAAACGCAUGUCAAAAAUGUUAUAAAUUGAUUUGCAUUUUAAUGAGGGAAAUAAGUAUUUGACCCCCUCUCAAUCAGAAAGAUUUCUGGCUCCCAGGUGUCUUUUAUACAGGUAACGAGCUGAGAUUAGGAGCACACUCUUAAAGGGAGUGCUCCUAAUCUCAGCUUGUUACCUGUAUAAAAGACACCUGUCCACAGAAGCAAUCAAUCAAUCAGAUUCCAAACUCUCCACCAUGGCCAAGACCAAAGAGCUCUCCAAGGAUGUCAGGGACAAGAUUGUAGACCUACACAAGGCUGGAAUGGGCUACAAGACCAUUGCCAAGCAGCUUGGUGAGAAGGUGACAACAGUUGGUGCGAUUAUUCGCAAAUGGAAGAAACACAAAAUAACUGUCAAUCUCCCUCGGCCUGGGGCUCCAUACAAGAUCUCACCUCGUGGAGUUGCAAUGAUCAUGAGAACGGUGAGGAAUCAGCCCAGAACUACACGGGAGGAUCUUGUCAAUGAUCUCAAGGCAGCUGGGACCAUAGUCACCAAGAAAACAAUUGGUAACACACUAUGCCGUGAAGGACUGAAAUCCUGCAGCGCCCGCAAGGUUCCCCUGCUCAAGAAAGCACAUAUACAGGCCAGUCUGAAGUUUGCCAAUGAACAUCUGAAUGAUUCAGAGGAGAACUGGGUGAAAGUGUUGUGGUCAGAUGAGACCAAAAUCGAGCUCUUUGGCAUCAACUCAACUCGCCGUGUUUGGAGGAGGAGGAAUGCUGCCUAUGAACCCAAGAACACCAUCCCCACCGUCAAACAUGGAGGUGGAAACAUUAUGCUUUGGGGGUGUUUUUCUGCUAAGGGGACAGGACAACUUCACCGCAUCAAAGGGACGAUGGACGGGGCCUUGUACCGUCAAAUCUUGGGUGAGAACCUCCUUCCCUCUGCCAGGGCAUUGGAAAUGGGUCAUGGAUGGGUAUUCCAGCAUGACAAUGACCCAAAACGUACGGCCAAGGCAACAAAGGAGUGGCUCAAGAAGAAGCACAUUAAGGUCCUGGAGUGGUCUAGCCAGUCUCCAGACCUUAAUCCCAUAGAAAAUCUGUGGAGGGAGCUGAAGGUUCGAGUUGCCAAACGUCAGCCUCAAAAUCUUAAUGACUUGGAGAAGAUCUGCAAAGAGGAGUGAGACAAAAUCCCUCCUGAGAUGUGUGCAAACCUGGUGGCCAACUACAAGAAACGUCUGACCUCUGUGAUUGCCAACAAGGGUUUUGCCACCAAGUACUAAGUCAUGUUUUGUGGAGAGGUCAAAUACUUAUUUCCCUCAUUAAAAUGCAAAUCAAUUUAUAACAUUUUUGACAUGCGUUUUUCUGGAUUUUUUUGUUGUUAUUCUGUCUCUCACGGUUCAAAUAAACCUAACAUAAAAAUUAUAGACUGAUCAUUUCUUUGUCAGUGGGCAAACGUAAAAAAUCAGCAGGGGAUCAAAUACUUUUUUCUCUCACUGUAGAUGCUGCUUUCAAACAGAUUUCUGCAGCAUUAGUAAAGACGUGAUCAAUACAUGUUGAUGAUUUCAUUCCUGAGCUGUUUGUAACUACCUGGUAGGUUGACUAAUAACCUGAACCAGGUUGCAGGCACUAGUUACAGUUUGAAACUUUCUCUUGAGUGGGCAGCCUUAUGAAAGCUAGUCAAUAUUUAAAUCACCAUGUUGUUUGCGGACUGCACGACCUAGGCUACACAGUUUUGGUGUAUUUCAUUCCAUUUACGAGUUGGGCCGUACGAACUACCUUCUGUGGCGCCUUGCGGCCGGAUGCCGAGCAGUUGCCAUACCAAGCACUGAUGCAGGUGGUCAAGAUGCUCUCAAUUGUGCAGCUGUAUAACUUUUUGAGGAUCAGAGGGCCCAUGCCAAAUAUUUUCAGCCUCUUGAUGGUGAAGAAGCACUUUUCACAGCUGUGGUUGUGUGUUUGGACCAUUAUAGGUCCUUAAUGAUGUGAACACCAAGGAACUUGAAGCGCUCGAUCGUCUCCACUACAGUCCUGUCGAUGUGAGUGGGGGUGUUUUCGGCCCUCGGUUUCCUGUAGUCCGCGAUCAGCUCCUUUGUCUUGCUGACGUUGUUGUCCUGGCACCACACUGCCAGGUCUCUGACCUCCUCCCUGUAGGCUGUAUCAUCAUCGUCAGUGAUCAGGCCUACCACUGUCGUGUUGUUGGCAAACUUAAUGAUGGUGUUGGAGUCGUGUGCGGCCACGCAGUGGUGGGUGAACAGGGAGUACAGGAGGGGGCUAAGCACGCACAGCUGAUGGGCUCCCAUGUUGAGGGUCAGCGUGGCAGAUGAUUUUGCCUACCCUCACCACCUGGGGGUGGCCCGUCAGAAAGUCCAGUAUCCAAUUGCAGUGGGAUGUGUUUAAUCCUACAGGGUCCUUAGCUUAGUGAUGACCUUGGAGGGCACUAUGGUGUUGAACGCUGAGCUGUAGUCAAUGACCAGCAUUCUCAAGUAGGUGUUCCUUUUGUCCAGGUGGGAAAGGGCAGUGUGAAGUGCAAUAGAGAUUGUGUCAUCUGUGGGUCUGAUGGGGCAGUAUGCGAAUUGGAGUGGGUCCAGGGUGUUUGGGAUGAUGGUGUUAAUGUGAGCCAUGACCAGCCUUUCAAAGCAUUUCAUGGCUACAGAUGUGAGUGCUACAGGGCGAUAGUCAUUUAGCAAAGUUACCUUGGCGUUCUUGGGCACGGGACUAUGGUGGUCUGCUUGAAACAUAGGGGGUUUACACACUGAGUCAGGGAGAGGUUGAAAAUGUCAGUGAAGACACUUGCCAGCUGGUCAGCGCAUGCUCUGAGUACGUGUCCUGGUAAUCCGUCUGGCCCUAAAGGUCUUACUCACUUCGGCUAUGGUGAGCGUGAUCACACAGUUGUCCGGAACAGCUGGUGCUCUCAUGCAUGGUUCCGUGUUGCUUGCCUCGAAUUGAGCAUUCAAGGCAUUAAGUCUGGUUAACUCGCGUCACUGGGCAGCUUGCAGCUGGGUUUCCCUUUGUAAUCUGUGAUAGUUUGCAAGCCCUGCCACAUCCGACGAGCGUCAGAGCCGGUGUAGUACGAUUUGAUCUUAGUUCUGUAUUGACACUUUGCCUGUUUGAUGUUUCAUCGGAGUGCGUAGCGGGAUUUCUUAUAAGCGUCCGGAUAUGUUUCCCGCUCCUUGAAAGCAGCAGCUCUAGCCUUUAGCUCAGUGUGAAUGUUGCCUGUAAUCCAUGGCUUUUGGUUAGGUUACGUACGGUCACUGUGGGGACUACGCCGUCGAUGCACUUAUUAAUGAAGCCGGUGACUGAUGUGGUAAACUCCUCAAUGCCAUCGGAUGAAUCCCAGAACAUUUUCCAAUCUGUGCUAGCGAAACAGUCCUGUAGCUUAGCGUCCGCUUCAUCUGACCACUUCCAUAUUGAGCGCUUCACUGGUAGAUCCUGUUUGAGUUUUUGCUUGUAAGCAGGAAUUAAGAGGAUGGAGUUAUGGUCAGAUUUGCCAAAUGGAAGGCUUUGUAUACGUCUCUGUGUGUAGAGUAGAGGUGAUCUAGAGUUUUUUUUUGCCUCUAGUAGCACAAGAGAGAUGCUGGUAGAAAUGAGGUAAAACAGAUUUCAGUUUCCCUGCAUUAAAAUCCCUGGGCACUAGGAGCGCCGCAUCUGGGUGAGCAUUUUCUUGUUUGCUUAUGGCCCUAUACAGCUCAUUGAGUGUGGUCUUAGUGCCAGCAUUGGUCUGGUGGUAAAUAGACAGCUAUGAAAAAUAUAGAUGAAAACUCUCUUGGUAAAUAGUGAGGUAAUCUAACUCAGGCGAGCAGAACCUGGAGACUUCCUUAAUAUUAGAGAUCGCGCACCAACUGUUGUUGACAGAGACACGCCCCUAUCCCCUCAGCUUACCCGACGCAGCUGUCCUGCCGAUGCAUAGAAAAAACAGCUACAUUUAUAUUUUCCAUGUCCUUGUUCAGCCAGGACUCUAUGAAACAUAGGUUAUUACAGUUCUUCAGAGUACGUUGAUAGGAUAGUCUCGAACUGAGCUCGUCCAGUUUACAUUCCAGUGAUUGCAUGUUCGCCAAUAGAACAGUGUGUAAGGGCAACUUAACCACUUGCCGUAGCAUUCUCGUUGGGUAUCCUGCAUGCCGGCCCCUAUUGCGCCACCUCCUCCAAGUGACGGGGAUUUGGGCCUGGUCUGGGAUGUGAAUUAUUUAUUUAGCCUCUGAUUCGUUGAAAUAGACGUCCUCAUCCAAAACGAGGUUAGUCAUCGCUGUUUUGAUGUCCUGAAGCUCUUUUCGGUCAUUUGAAACAAUGGCCGAAACAUUAUGUACCAAAAAAGUUAGGACCAGCGCAAAAAAACACACAAAAUAGCACAAUUGGUCCGGAGCCAUCCCCUCCGGCGCCAUUCUCAAAUUCAUCCCACUGCCCUUCUGACUCACAGUCCUCCUACCUUUAUGGUCUACUCUCCAAUGUCCUAUCUGGUCAAUAAAACAAAACAAAAAAUACAAAAACUCCAAUGUUGCAAUGAGUUGUGUAGAGUUGGGGACUUGAGUUCUCAAAUUUACCAAUUGACCUUACAGAGAUUCAUAUCUUCCUGAUUUUCAAUGUAACUUGCUUGGAUCAUAACAGCUCUGGCUCAGUUUGUUUGAACUAAUAUUGUGCGAACCGAGUUAAGGAUAGAAAAUUUACUUGAGACUUGACUGUUGCGUUUUUCCUCCCAGAACAAGAUCAACCACUUGGUCAUCAAGGACCUGCUGGACCCUAUCAAGGAGCUGUUUGAGGACGUACGGAGGAAAGCUCUGAUGAGAAUGGAGUACGAGGGGCUGCACAAGAGCGAGGCCAUCACCACGCCCGGUGCCCGCUUCCACAAUGAUCCGGCCGGCUUCGCAAUGAACCGAUACGCCUACUACGUCUGCUACAAGUGCAAGAAGGUAAUCAGAAUUAUGUUUCAUAAUAGAAUGGAUGUUUCCCUUAAAGGGCUAGUUCACUUUAUAAAGUUUAAAGUUAGUCUAUUCAGUGUUGUGUCAAUUCGAAAAAAGAACCUAAUUAGCAUAAUCACAAAAAUCAGUUUAAGCAAAACAAUUAUAAACAUUUGCAUGGAAAAUGGCAGCCUUCCCAUCUGCGGUGGAAGGUGGCCGAACUACAGUGGUGUUUGUCAGACAAUGAGACAUCCUGAAAAUCGGUCUUCUCACAAAAACGUCUGUACAGUUUAGCCUACAAACUAAUAUGACCCCUCUAUGGAAAGAUUAGACUCUCACGAACACGUACAUAUUUUGCUGUAGGACGCACACAAGACUCGUCUGAUGGUAGCCCGGUACCAGUUAAAAAAAAAUUAUGGAAGUAUAUACGGAACAGGGUUUCUGUUAGCCGGUAAAUGCCAGCUUUUGGCCGAUAAUUCUUUUUAUGAAAAGCCGAUAAAUCAAAUUGUCCCCCUAAAAAAAUACAUUGCAAAAUAAUGGUUUUUAUUAAUUGAUGGAAAUAACAGUCGAUGUGCUCCAACUUCAAAGGCAAAUAUACUUUAUAGGCUAAUAAAUCCUCAAGCUGCUUGGAAAUUAGUGUUGGUUGUGUGUUUUUAUUUUUACUCACACAAAAGACACCAGGUACUCAUAAGGGACUUCAGCUAAGUGUACCUCGACUUGGCAAAAUUGGAAAAGAUUGUGUUGAUUAUCCCCAUUUCCAGAGUGCCCGCCGAGAUGGAAUUAUUUCUCCAAAACAGAGUAAAGACGGCCUCAAGAUCGCGCCUUCUUGAGGACAAAGCUGAUGCGCAUCGCAAUUGGUGCUUAUUCAGAAGCACUUGGAAACGAAACAUUGUUGCCAACUAUUCACAUCGGAUGUCUAGAUGUUCAAUCAAUAGGCAGCCAACUGCAUAUAGUAGGAAACAAGAGUUAUCAAUAAGCCACAUAUAUCACACAUGACAAAAGUCACGACCCCACGAUAGUUCAAAUUACAAUAAACAUAACAUUUAUUAACAUCAUCCAGUAGAACUGUAAAAAGAGAGUGAUAUAAUUUGAGCUUUGGAAACAAGUGCUUUUAUAAAUGCGUGGCACGGGCCAGGAGCAUUGUACAAUAAGCUUUCUCCCAAUGAACCAGCCUUAACGAAUGUUGUUUAUUUACAUAUCGAAUUUGAUUGUCCAACAUCAGUUAUAUAAUUUCUUCAUUUUGUGGCCGCCUACAGUGUCCUCUUUCCACUGCUGGGGUGCUGAAUCAAAUCAAAUGUAUUUGUCACAUACGCUGAAUACAACAGGUGCAGGACCUUAACAUGAAAUGCUUACUUACGAGCCCUUAGCCAACAAUGCAGAGUUGUAAAAAAAACAAUACCGAGGCUAUAUACAAGGGGUACCGAGUCAAUGUGCAGGGGUACGGGUUAGUCGAGGUAAUUGAGGUAAUAUGUACAUGUAGGUAGGGGUAAAGUGACUAUGCAUAGAUAGUAAACAGAGAGUAGCAGCAGCGUAUGUGUAGUUUGAAGGAAUGUGUGUGUGUGCAAGAGAGUCAGUGAAAAAUGGGGGUCAAUGCAAAUAGUCUGAGUAGCCAUUUGAUUAACUCUUCAGCAGUCUAAUGGCUUGGGGUUGUAUGACAAAAAAUAAUAUACAGUGGGGAGAACAAGUAUUUGAUACACUGCCGAUUUUGCAGGUUUUCCUACUUACAAAGCAUGUAGAGGUCUGUAAUUUUUAUCAUAGGUACACUUCAACAGUGAGAGACGGAAUCUAAAACAAAAAUCCAGAUAAUCACAUUGUAUGAUUUUUAAGUAAUUAAUUUGCAUUUUAUUGCAUGACAUAAGUAUUUGAUCACCUACCAACCAGUAAGAAUUCCGGCUCUCACAGACCUGUUAGUUUUUCUUUAAGAAGCCCUCCUGUUCUCCACUCAUUACCUGUAUUAACUGCACCUGUUUGAACUCGUUACCUGUAUAAAAGACACCUGUCCACACACUCAAUCAAACAGACUCCAACCUCUCCACAAUGGCCAAGACCAGAGAGCUGUGUAAGGACAUCAGGGAUAAAAUUGUAGACCUGCACAAGGCUGGGAUGGGCUACAGGACAAUAGGCAAGCAGCUUGGUGAGAAGGCAACAACUGUUGGCGCAAUUAUUAGAAAAUGGAAGAAGUUCAAGAUGACGGUCAAUCACCCUCGGUCUGGGGCUCCAUGCAAGAUCUCACCUCGUGGGGCAUCAAUGAUCAUGAGGAAGGUGAGGGAUCAGCCCAGAACUACACGGCAGGACCUGGUCAAUGACCUGAAGAGAGCUGGGACCACAGUCUCAAAGAAAACCAUUAGUAACACACUACGCCGUCAUGGAUUAAAAUCCUGCAGCGCACGCAAGGUCCCCCUGCUCAAGCCAGCGCAUGUCCAGGCCCGUCUGAAGUUUGCCAAUGACCAUCUGGAUGAUCCAGAGGAGGAAUGGGAGAAGGUAAUGUGGUCUGAUGAGACAAAAAUAGAGCUUUUUGGUCUAAACUCCACUCGCUGUGUUUGGAGGAAGAAGGAUGAGUACAACCCCAAGAACACCAUCCCAACCGUGAAGCAUGGAGGUGGAAACAUCAUUCUUUGGGGAUGCUUUUUUGCAAAGGGGACAGGACGACUGCACCGUAUUGAGGGGAGGAUGGAUGGGGCCAUGUAUCGCGAGAUCUUGGCCAACAACCUCCUUCCCUCAGUAAGAGCAUUGAAGAUGGGUCGUGGCUGGGUCUUCCAGCAUGACAACGACCCGAAACACACAGCCAGGGCAACUAAGGAGUGGCUCCGUAAGAAGCAUCUCAAGGUCCUGGAGUGGCCUAGCCAGUCUCCAGACCUGAACCCAAUAGAAAAUAUUUGGAGGGAGCUGAAAGUCCGUAUUGCCCAGCGACAGCCCCGAAACCUGAAGGAUCUGGAGAAGGUCUGUAUGGAGGAGUGGGCCAAAAUCCCUGCUGCAGUGUGUGCAAACCUGGUCAAGACCUACAGGAAACGUAUGAUCUCUGUAAUUGCAAACAAAGGUUUAUGUACCAAAUAUUAAGUUCUGCUUUUCUGAUGUAUCAAAUACUUAUGUCAUGCAAUAAAAUGCAAAUUAAUUAUUUAAAAAUCAUACAAUGUGAUUUUCUGGAUUUUUGUUUUAGAUUCCGUCUCUCACAGUUGAAGUGUACCUAUGAUAAAAAUUACAGACCUCUACAUGCUUUGUAAGUAGGAAAACAUGCAAAAUCGGCAGUGUAUCAAAUACUUCUUCUCCCCACUGUAUAUGUAUGCACUCACGAACUGUAAGUCGCUCUGGAUAAGAGCGUCUGCUAAAUGACUAAAAUGUAAAAUGGGUAGAAGCUGUUAAGGAGCCUUUUGGUCCCAGACUUGGCAUUCUGGUACUGCUUGCCGUGCGGUAGCAGAGAGAACAGACUGUGACUUGGGUGGCUGGAUGUGAUGUACUGAGCCGUACGCACUACCCUCUGUGGCGUCUUGCGGUCAGAUGCCGACCAGUUGCCAUACCAAGUGGUGAUGCAACCAGUCAGGAUGCUCACGAUGGUGCAGGUGAAAAACUUUUGUAGAAUUGCAGUGGGAGUGGGGCGGGCUGGCCCGGUCAUGGCUAGAAGGAUCCAGCUUUUGUCAAAUUAACGUCAAAAGUUAGCUAACCCUUUUCCUAACCUUAACCUAAUUCUCCUAACCUGCUACGUAAAUGAUCCUAACCUGUUACGAAAAGUCAAAUCUGACGUUAAUUUGACAUAAGCUGGAUCCCUUCUAGCCAUGACCGGCCUGCCCUGGUGUUCGUAGACAGCCAUGUUUUGUUAUUUAUUAGGCCUAAUUAAAAUGUUAAUGCUUAGGCUAAAUUAAAUUAGAGGCCUAGAUUUGUAUUUGAAAACAGCUGUGUUUUGUUAUUUACUAAUUAAAAUGUUAAUACAAAUAGCCUAUAGGACACGUCGUUUGCAAAUUAUGAUACAAAUAUAAUAUUUGGAAGUUAUUUUAUUACUGUGUAUGUAGGUGACUAGUUCUUCUUGGCGAUUUAUUUUUUAUUUUUAUGAUAUUCAUUUAUGAUUUACAGCAGGGAUUAAGAGGCGCAACGUGCAAUGUUUUGCUUUUCAAUUAAACGUUAAUUUAUAUUCUAUUCUGAUUAAUUACAAUAAUCUAAAUGUGAUUUUGAGCACAGUGGGUGGACGCCCUAAUGCGUUACGUACCCAAUGCAUAUGGAUGUCCGGUAAAUUUCUCAAAUGUCCGGUAAAUUAAAAUCUUGCCGGUCACAUUGACCGGCGCCAAAAUGAAACCAAAAAAGGGGUUAAUAUGGGUAAUUUAAAAAAUAUAUAAUUUCCUGAUCUUUCUUAUAUAUCUCAGAUAUAGGACAGACACUUUAAAACACAAUUCCUUUUGAUGUAUGAAUCUGUUAUUCAGUGCAUUUGGAAAGUAUUCAGACCCCUUUUUCCACAUUUUGUUCUAAAAUGGAUUUUAAAAAAUUAGUCUCAACAAUUUACACAGAACCCCAUAAUGACAAAGCAAAAACAGGUUUUUAGAAAUGUUUGAUAAUUUAUACAAAAAUAAAAAACAGAUACCUUAUUUACACAAGUAUUCAGACCCUUUACUAUGAGACUCGAAAUUGAGCUCAGGUGCAUCCUGUUUACAUUGAUCAUCCUUGAGAUAUUUCUACAACUUGAUUGGAGUCCACCUGUGGUAAAUUCAAUUGGUUGGACAUGAUUUGGAAAGGCACACACUGUCUAUAUAAGGUCCCACAGUUGACAGUGCAUGUCAGAGCAAAAACCAAGCCAUGAGGUCGAAGAAAUUGUCCGUAGAGCUCCGAGACAGGAUUGUGUGGAGGCACAGAUCUGCAGAUAGGUACCAAAAAAUGUCUGCAGCAUUGAAGGUCCCCAAGAACACAGGGGCCUCCAUCAUUCUUAAAUGGAAGAAGUUUGGAACCACCAAGACUCUUCCUAAAGCUGGCCGCCCGGCUGAACUGAGCAAUCGGGGGAAAAGAGCCUUGCUCAGGGAGGUGACCAAGAACCCGAUGGUCACUCUGAAAGAGCUUCAUAGUUCCUCUGUGGAGAUGGGAGAACCUUCCAGAAGGACACCCAUCUCUGCAGCACUCCUCCACCAAUCAGGCCUUCAUGGUAGAGUGGCCAGACGGAAGCCACUCUACCAUAAAAAAUUAUGAAUUUGCAAACAUUUAUAAAAACCUGUUUUUGCUUUGUCAUUAUGGGGUAUUGUGUGUAGAUUGAUGAGGGGGAAAAAAACGAUUUAAUAAAUUUUAGAAUAAGGCUGUAAUGUAACAAAAUGUGGAAAAAGUCAAGGGGUCUGAACACUUUCCGAAUGCCCUAUUUCUUCUAUAGGCUAAUAGCGGUAAGGCCAAAUUCAUCAAAUAUUGUUUUUAUAUAUUUUGGGGUUGCUAAAGGGGUCCUACAUUUCCAAAUCAAAUAGCCAAAUGAUCCUUUGUCUGACCAUCUUAAAACAAUUCCAUAUGUUAAUAUUAAUUAUUAAUUAAUUAAUAUUAAUAAUUAAUUAAUUUGAUUAAUAUGCCAUUUAGCAGACGCUUUUAUCCAAAGCGACUUACAGUCAUGCGUGCAUACAUUUUUGUGUAUGGGUGGUCCCGGGGAUCGAACCCACUACCUUGGCGUUACAAGCGCCAUGCUCUACCAGCUGAGCUACAGAGGACCACAUUCAUAUGUUAGCAUAGGCUUAGACUUGUGAAAAUAUGGUAGCAGCAGGCAUACAGUUCCCCUACAUGGAAUGUUUCGGAAAGUAAUAUAUUUCGCAGAGGUCUGUCAGUCAGUUUCACUUGUCUCUAAUAAACUACUUUGGGAGGCUUAUCCCCUGACCCAUUCCCUUCCUUCCUCUGUUGCAGGCAUACUUUGGGGGAGAGGCGCGCUGUGACGCGGAGGCAGGACAGGGAGACGACUAUGACCCCAGCGAGCUGAUCUGUGGCGCAUGCUCAGAUGUGUCCAGGGCACAGGUGGGUGGAGGAAAAGCUCCAGAGAAGGCCUUAGGACAUUGA